AUGGGAAUGAGCAGAAGGACAUUCCUGAUGGAUUUAGCAAGAAGAAAAGGCUUCAGGGUAGAAAAUGAGCUAAGGUAUGGGGGAAAAAACCACCACUCCACCCUCACCAUUCAUUAGAUUCUUUUGUAUGUAGACUUGGAGCUUAACAUCUUUUGCUGACAGUGAAGUCCUAUGCAUGUCUACUCAGAAGUAAUUUAUCCCAGGUAAGUAGGGAUAUGGAAUUGCAGCCUUAGUGUGCAAGGAUGUGCUUAGAUAUUCUGUAGCUGUCUUUUAGUAAUUUUUCUGUCGCUUAAAAGUUUUGGAAACUGACAGGAAGAUAACGAAGCAAAGAGAUCUGAAUUGAAUAAUAAGUGGAAUAAGUGGGCUGUUUAGCAACAUUUCUGUGAAACUUCACUUAGCAUUCGAGUUACAUAUUUAGUUUGAUGUCUAUAUAGCUUCAAGGAAAUGAAUGUUCAAAUGCACUCUAGUUCAACAGAGGUGUAUUCUGCGUAUAUGCAUAGGCUACAAUUCUUGACUGCUGCAAGAAACUUGUAUCCCAUAGGAACAUAGGAAACUGCACCAUACAGGAUCAUACCAUUGGUCCAUAUAGCCCAGUAUUGUUAACACUGGCUGGCAGCGGCUUUCCUGAGUUUCAGGUGAUCAAGAUGCUGGGGAUUAAACCUAUACCCUCUGCAUGCAAAGCAUGUAGUGCCACUGAGCUUCAGCCCUUGCCCAGACGACCUUCAUGUGAGUCUUCUUCCUAGCUUUCAGCAUAGAAUCAUAGAAUUGUAGAGUUGGAAGGGACCAGAAGGACAUCUGCAAUGCAGGGAUCUUGUCCAACAUGGGGUUUGAACCAACAACCCUGAGAUUAAGGGUCUCAUACUCUACCGACUGAGCUCCCACCUUCCCCCCCUCAAUGGACUUCUAGGCCAUUUAGAAAAAUUAUAGGAAAAUGUGGGAACCACAAUGAUAGUGGCUUCAGAUUCGGAAAUCCUCCUGAGACAAGUUACUGUAUCAGUUCUGAAGCAACAAGAGUCCUUCAUUUUACAUUACUGCUACUCAGUAAUUCAGACAUUUCAUUCUUUUAAUGAUAAAGGAAUAAAUUGGUUUCUAAACAAUUUUCAGAUCACCAGCCUGAACACACACACACUUUAUCUUCCUCCGUUUGUUAUGUGCCGACACAUCCCUAAACUCUGCACCUAAAUGUAUUUGUAGAGUUCACCCAUAAAAUCUUUUAUCUCCCUUUCUGCUAGAGUCUGAAUAGGCAGUUCUUUCAUAUGCACCUUUUAAGAGGCUGGUGUGCUUUGGAGUUGAACAGAUUUCCAUUCUGUCAUUAUUUUUAAAUCUUUUCUGAUCUGGGCUGAACAGAGUAUUGCAAAUAAAGGCCUCUUCCUGUGUCUUUUGAGUAAACACAGACAUACUUCUCUUUCUCUUCUGGUACAUCAUGGUCAAUGGCAUCCACAACAGACUGUGUGCAUUCUUUGCCAUCAUGUGACUGGUGACUAACGUUUGUCUGACCAGUUGUCCCAGUUGUCUGACCUCUUUUGUCAUUCCCAUGCUUUAGGGCACCAGUGUAGCAAAAUUGCUUAUAAUUUUUGCUCUUAAUUCUUUCAAAUAGUAUCUCUCAAGUCAAGUAGAAUAUUAGGAGUGCAUCUAAUUCAUCUCGCAAUGGCUUUCUGAUCUCCUUCCAUACCGGCAAUGGUUCCUGACCUAACAUGAUGGUAUGAUGAAAUUUAAUCAAACAUGCUUGUACCUUAUUUACUAACAAAUACCAAUUGCAUAUGUAAAAGAAUGUGCAGAAAUGGUGAAAUGGAUGUUCCAGAUGUUGUCCUACCAUCAUCCCAAGCCAACAUAGCCAAGGAUCAGGGCUGUCAACCAUCCCUUAUUUGGUGGGAAACUCCCUUAUCCCAGUGCCAUGUCCCACUGCUGUCCCUUAUUGAUGUCCCUUAAAUUUCCCGGGUUUCAAAGGAAGCAGCUCCUCUCCCUCCCUCCCUGCCAGCCAGGGAAAGAUUUGUAGUGGUAGACUAGCAUAGAUGGUCUGAUCUGCGGGUUUACUUCGGGCGCUAUUUCCCCCCCCCCUCCUCCCGCCCCACCUGAUGGAACUGAGAGCUGCAGAUGGAGCACGAGAGAAAAGAUACAGAACUGCAGCAGCAUCUUCGUAGCUUGGACUUUGUUUUGUGCGAAAAGUGGUUGCUGCUUGUAGUUAUUUAACUGCAGUGUUUCAUCAGCUGGUGUCUUGAGCAGCAACCUCUGGAAAUGAAGGGCUAAAAACCGGUGCUGGUCUCCCAAAUUAUCUGGUCCCUUUUAACUUUGUAUUUCAGCUGGCUGACUAAAAUCCCUUAUUUUGGCUGCUGAUCCCUUAUUUUCGAGGCUGCUGGUCCCUUCUUUUCAAAUCUGUAAGUUGACAGCUAUGAUCAGGGAUGAUGGGAGUUGUAGGCCAACAACAUCUGGAGAGCCACAGGUUCCCAUACCUGCUCUAGUGUGACCAAGAUACAGAAUUCAAAGCAAACCUAUGUUAAUGGGGGCUGGGGUGGUUCCUGGAGGCUCCAUUAAGUUAUUAAGUUUCCAAGCUAGGAAAGAUGCCUGUGUGUGUGUGAUGGCAGAGUAAUGCCUUUGGAGCAAGGAAAAGGUGGAGAAAGAAAAUCUUGCAAAUAUGCUUCAUAUUGUUAGUGAGGAAAUGGAAUGCAUCGCUUUGUUUUCCUGCAUCCGUUCUGAAUUCACUUCAGCCAAGACCAUUUAACCGUCAAUUUUAAAAUAUUGUCAACAAUAUCUGUGGAAAUCCCGCACUUCUUACAUUUAUUUAUUUUUGCCAAGAAGAUGAUGCAGCUGUAAAAGUAUCAGAGGAAACUGUGGCACUGUUGGCUGAGCUGCUGCUGUUGUGAGUGCAGAAAUGGCAAAGUUCCCAGAUCGUCAGCUUUAUACAUAUACAUUAAAUAUGCACAUUUUAUAUAAAGGGAUAUAAACCACAGGAAGCAGAAGUUAAACAUCUCUAACUGAAAUUUGUUGUUGUUGAGACAACAAGGCAGAACCUAGCUCGGUGUUGAUAAGAACAUUGAUGCACAGUGAAUCUGAUUACUCAGAUAUGUUUUUAACUUAGGAAACAUAUCCCAUCUUUCCACUAAAAAAACUGAGCUUACAAUAUCAAUGGAAAAAAGCAAUAAAACAAGCAAUUAAAACAAUUUAUAAUCCAAAGCAGAAGCAGGAUGGCAAUUCUUUGGAUCCUCCCUUCUAUAAUAUGCCUGACUAGUGGAAUUUCAGAACUGGCAUUUCAAGAUGUAUUAGGGUCAAACUGCACAUUACCUUCACUGUGUAGUUCUGCCCUUGAGUGCACCAUCCCUCUCUCCCCAGUUGCCCUGAUAACUGGACUGGGCUCCUACCCGCCUCCCUGCUGCAGCCUGCAGUUUGCACUGCAAACCAAGUUUUCUGUGUCUGUGAUAAUGAGUCCUGUUAUAGGAACAUAGUGGUGAGUAUUGACCCAGCUCAGGCACAUGGUGUAGUGGCAAAGGCAAUAGUUGGUUGUAUUGUGAUGGUUUCACUCCUACCUGCAAGGUCAUACUAGGGGGUGGUUCAGUCACCUAAUGUUAUUCAGUUGUUGUUGUUUAGUCCUUUAGUCGUGUCUGAUUCUUCGUGACCCCAUGGACCAGAGCACACCAGGCAUGUUAUUCAGUAUUUGUAUGUAACUACUGGGAACUGCUGUUUGGCUUUUUGCAGCACCAGGUCAUUAGUACAGCUCUGUCUCUCCAUUCCAUCUGAAUCAGGAGGUGCCUGAAAUCAGUGACACAGUGCACGAGGACCAAUGUACUGACGCUGAAUCCUGAAAAGGCAGAUGUUGCUGUAGAUGGACAGUUCCUGUAUCUGGGAAUUUGGUGGACAACCUGUUCUGGGAGCGGUUGAAAUCCUUCUGAAAUAACAGGUUCACAGCCUGCGGGUUCUCUUGGAUUCCAGUCAUGUCACUGGAGUCCCAGGUGGCUUCGAUGCCUAGAGGUGUUUAUGGUCAUACUAGACUGCUUUGGCAGCUACAGCUACAGUUCCUGGACCAGGGCAGCCAGGGCUUAGUAAUCUAUGCUGUAGUGACUUUCGUCUGAACUACUGCAAUGCACUUUAUGUGGGGCUGCCCUUGAAGACUGUCUGGAGGCUGUGGAGAAUGCAGAAAUGUAAUAAAUACAUAAUAAUUGUUAAUUUUUCUGCUCUGCAACAUAUUCCAGCAUUCUCUGGAAGGCGUUGGCUGGUUGUUAGCUGCUGUGGCAAGUCAAGUCACUGUGCCACUGCAGCUAAAUUUGAUUGAUUGGCUCUUGCUUCCAUCUGGUAAAUUAAUGACUCAUCAUAUAUUUCACAUAUGGCUUAUGCCACAUGAAAUUAUGCGAGAAGGUGCUAUCCUAUUUGGGCGGUAAUUUUAGAAACAAGUUUUGGUAAGUGUCUUAAACGGCUUAGCACGCUAUCCCUUGAAAAGGACAUUUGAAGCACAUUUCCUCCUCAAUGAAUUCUGGGCCCUGUAGUUUACAUCUCACAGAGUUAUGAUUCCCAGAAACCUUUAAACCACAGUGCUCAGAAUUCAUUGAGGGAAAGAAUGUGCUUCAAAUAUCCUUUAAAGGUAUAGUCACUAUGCAGUCCCUGCUCUGCCUAGAUUAAACCAGAGGACUGGUAUAUUGAAGAUCACAAGCCUGUGGGCAUCAGGCACAAGGCUUGUGCUAGUUUUCAGCUGCCAUAUGUAGAAGCUCAAGUACAGACAGCUUAUUGAGAAAUACCAGCAGUAGCACUGCUUGAAGGGUUUAGCCCAACUGUCUCUUAACUGUUAUGAAGCUCCAAGUCAAUGAACAGGCGCACCAUUAAUUCUUAAGGCUGUCAGAUAACCUUAAGGAGGCUCUUCAUUGCAACAGCAUGUGGGCAGGCCAAAUGUUUUCAGUGCUGCAGGCAAUGGUGGGGGAAAAACAUGUGCCUUAAGGGCAUCAAUUGAUACUGAGCGUCAGAGGACAGUCCAGUCUGAAGGUGUCAUCGAAAGCAUCGUGGCAUCAAAUCACUUCCCCCUGUUCAUUUUGUAGACAGGAAAAUUCCAGGUUAUUCCUGAUAACUAGGCGAAAGACUUUUUCCUUUUUGUUUGUUUAUUUCCUAGUGAUUCUGUCACACACAUUGUGACGGAGAAUAAUUCCUGCGCUGAGAUCUUGAAAUGGCUACAAGCACAGAAGGUGGAGGACAGUGCAAGAUUCAGGAUCCUGGACGUCUCGUGGUUGACAGCCUGCCUGGAGGCGGGAAGGCCGGUGGAUUCAGAGAAAUAUCGGCUUGUAAGUAAAGUGUGAGAUCUCAGUGUGAGAUCAACAGGCUGGGCAACAUGUUGGAAAAGUCAAACCACAAAUAAUGGAUGAUCGGGCCAGAAUACUUAGGUGUAAAUGGAUUUGAAAGCUUGCUUCAUUGAAUCCAAAGUGGCUGAAAUCCAAGGUACUUAACUUGCUUGUUGAAUCACAGCCGGACUUGGCUUACCUAAUUUAUUCUCCUGCCAAAACAUGGCUUGGGGUUGUUCUCAUUCUCUGUGGAAGCCCCCUGAGAAAUAUGAAGCAAACAGAUAAUGGCCUAGAGUCAGUGCUGGUACACAUGAUCUUCUCUGCCCUUCUGACCACCCACCUCCAUAAUUUCCCUGAUAGCCAGCUGUGAUGAUAUUGGAGCGUAUUUGUAUGGAAAAGCAGCAUACAAAUUUAAAUAAUCAAUAAAUAAUCUAUGGCAAAGUACAUGUAAUUACCAAAUGCCGAACUCUGAGUUGGUCAGCUUUUGGGUGCGUAGGGGGCUGCUGCCACUGAGGCCAGGUGAUGUAUCUUUUUUCUUUUUAAAAAACACAUUUUCUGUCAUUUAUCCACAUACAGAGAAGUGGACUCUCCCAUUUCCCACCUGGAAGCCCACUUCUUCUCCCAGUCUCUCAGCCUGGGAAGAAGAAGAGGAAGAGUUUGGAUCUGAUAUCCCGCUUUAUCACUACCCGAAGGAGUCUCAAAGCGGCUAAAAUUCUCCUUUCCCUUCCUCCCCCACAACAAACACUCUGUGAGGUGAGUGGGGCUGAGAGACUUCAAAGAAGUGUGACUGGCCCAAGGUCACCCAGCAGCUACAUGUUGGAGGAGCAGAGACGCAAACCCGGUUCUCCAGAUUACAAGUCCACCCCUCUUAACCACUACACCACACUGGCUCUCCACACCACACUGGGAGACCCUUUCUACCCUGCCUUUCAUGUAGGGAGGGCGGUCAUGGAUCCUAAGCCCCUUCAUUCUGCUGACAUGUCCCUCAAAGCAGGACUGAAGACAUAGGAGCCAACUCCUAGGGGCCAAGGUCCCUUCACCCCCUCCCCUAAAAUAUUUGAGGGGGUCAGGACACAGCUAGCCGACAGAACAGAGGACAUGGUGGUAGCUUCUUAAAGACCCCCCUGUCCACCCAACCCCCCCACCGUAAUAUUGCUCUGUUGCGGAAUGCUUUCAAUGCAGGAACUUUCUAUUUGUGUGUGAGCACAACGUUAACUCUCCAAUCUGUCUUGAACAUUGUAGCACUGUCGUUUCCCCUAUAACUUUAGUAAUGUGCUUCAUGCCACAAGCCAGAGAACCACGCCACUAAUUGUAUCUGCCCAGCUGAGUUUGCAACUUACUUCCUCCCUGCCCUGCCCAGAACGGCAGCCUCCACCACAAGCAAGACCCUGUUCUUAUUCAUUUAAGCCUAAUGCAGCUCUGUGGAUAUCUUGAAGAAAAUAAUUGCUUAAUAGGAAUUAGGACAGCCCUGCUAUUGGAACGCCUUAUGUGUAGUCCUCAUCCCAUGUCAAUUACAAUGUCCAAAGAAUGGGCAUAAAAAGCAAGUGCAAUUUCUGCCAUCAUGGCAAGCUCAGCAAGUGCCAUCAUGACUACAGGAGGGAUUGCAAGGCUGUCCAGCUACAAAAGUGAAUGCUGUGCUUUAAGAGAUUGUGGGUGUGAGCAAGUCAGAGCAUAAUUACACGGAGAGAACAGUGGCAGCACCGUUAAGUGUGAACAAGCUGUUAAUGUAUAGUAUCACUUCAGUCUUCUUGUUCACAGAACCUGGAUGGCUCAUAGUUGGAGAAUGCUAGCUGGAGCAGAGUUUCCGAUGAAUUAGCUCUUGUGAGUGCAGAGCCAGGGAAUGACAAUUGAUCAAGAAAUAUGGAUCUGGCAUCAUCAAUAAUUUAAACACUCUGCUGAGAUGCAAGUCUCUAUCACCUGAGCAGAUAAAAAAUAUAUAUUGCAGUUUCCUAAUUUCUUCAGGAUAUUGCAGGGCCCAGAUUUCUUUGGGAUAUUGCAGUUGGCUGAUUUGUUCCGGAUAUUGUGAUCGCUCUGUUCAGUACAGGUGUUGCACACCCUGGAUAAUUUGCUAAACUUUAUUAAGAAGGAACAACUCUAUUCUGGGUGAGCCCUAAGCACGUGUCUAAAAUCAAGUCGACAAUCCAAGUCUUGUGUUAGCAAAAUCCACAUGUGCCCACCAGAUGGUGAUAUUGCUCUCAGGCACCGGACGUUGUACAGCGCUUAUAUUAUUUUUUUUGUAAAAAAAAUAUUGCCAAUGGAUUUGUUGAAGAAAAGAAUAUAGUCAAUACUUUGGAUAAUGCCUGUUUAUGUCAAUACAUUUGUUGAUUUAUACAGGUUAAGCUUCGGUAUUGGCUUACAUGAGGGGCUAUGCUAAAAGAUUAAAAGCUCAGGGAGAGAUGAUGUAAUGCAGGAACAGGUAAUGAAAAUCCCUCUGUGUGUGUGUGUGUGCAUGCAUGUAUGUAUGUAUGUAUGUGAGUGCACACACACACACGCAGAGAGAGAGAGAGAGAGAGAGAGAGAGAGAGAGAGAGAGAAAGAAACUCAGUAAUAUUAUAUACAUUUGCAUAACAGUUAAGGGAUUUGAUGUAUAAUAAUUGAGCUUUCCAAGUUUAUGGUAGCAAUUUCUCUCAACUGCGCUACUUAUGCCCCAAACUACAGGACAGAUGUCAAAGAUUUGAGAUGGUUAGUUCUACUCAGAGUUGACCCAUGGAUAAUGAUGGCCAUGUAUGGUGUGGAUCUGACCACAGGCACGUUAAUUUCAAUGAACCAACCAAGCCCAGGAAGCUUCUGCUUGGUUUAGGGAGGGAGGUGCGAUGCAGUGAUGGGGUCCAAGAGCCCCCCUGCCCGGUUUUGGGAAAGAGGCAGCAGGGUCCUAGCAUUCUGUCAGAGGCCUGGGAAGCUUCAGCCUGGCUUAGAGAAGGAAGCACGAUGCUCACAUGUACAACAUUGUGAUGUUCUGAUAUCGCCUCCCCAAUUGCCCUCACAAGCUUGCGCCUCUGUCCCUAACUGCUCGCCUACGAAAAAUUUCACCACACACCACUGUUUCCUUCCUCAGGCUGCGGCUUCUCUCAGACCUGAUGCAAUGCUCUUCCCAUGCUUUAUGUGCUGCAACACAAUCCUUUUCUCUAUGGCUUAACACAGGGGUCAGCAAACCUUUUCAGCAGGGGGCCGGUCCACUGUCCCUCAGACCUUGGGGGGGGGUAGACUAUAUUUUUUGGGGAAAAAGAAUGAAUUCCUAUGCCCCACAAAUAACCCAGAGAUGCAUUUUAAACAAAAGCACACAUUCUACUCAUGUAAAAACACCAGUCAGGCCCCACAAAUAACUCAUAGAUGCAUUUUAAAUAAGAGGACACAUUCUACUCAUGUAAAAACACGCUGAUUCCCAGACCAUCAGCAGGCCGGAUUGAGAAGGCGAUUGGGCCGGAUUCGGCCCCUGGGCCUUAGUUUGCCUACCCAUGGCUUAAAAGGUGCAAAUGUUUCAUGCUCUAAAUGCUUACCCGUGUAGGAACAACUCUGGCUUCGUUCUGUAUAAGUUGGCUAAUUAGAAUCCAUCUCAAAUGAACUUUUCAUAAUCAAGACACAUAUCAAAGCAGUAAGAAUUUUAAUGAAAUUAAAAACAACAACAACACACCAAACACUGAAAUUGAACAGAAGGCAGGGAAGCCCUUGCCUUAAGCAUGUUUAAAACCAGCCCAUGACGUUUUGCUACCACAAUGGUCUUUCAGAUUUUCUGCUGCCUCCAGGAAUAAGGAAGAGUUGAAAUAAAGGUUAAUUGGUUUUUAAGGGUUUUUCAAAUUAAUUUUGUUGUAAUUUAAUUGGAGCAACAUGAAGUGGAGAUUUGUUUUACAAUGAUCAGCUAAUUUUAGACAAGGGUCAGUGACAAAAUAAUGGACUCUACUGGAGUGUGGACUCUGCCACUGCAGGGGAGCCCAGUGAGAGGAGGAAAGGCCAGGAGUAGCCAGGAGGUGAGGGACAAGGCAGUGAUCUAAUGCUACAACUGGGCAGAAUGAGGCGGUUAUCUCGGGUGGCAGAUUUUCGGCAACAUUAAGCAAUAGCAUUAAAACAAAAAAAAAAUCAUUUGGCUCUCACAUCCAGCCACACAAUAUCCUGGUUGUCCCAUUGUGAUUUUGCUCUGUUGAAGUUGCACAGAGCUAGGAUCAGACACUGGGCAACCAUCCCUGUUCCGAGUGGGGCGACCAAGAUGAUCAAGGGUCUGGAAACCAUGCCUCAUGAGGAACGGUUGAGGGAGUUGGGUAUGCUUAGCCUGGAGAAGAGAAGACUGAGAGGUGAUAUGACAGCUAUCUUCACAUAGCUGAAGGGCUGUCACAUGGAAGAUGGAGUUAGUUUGCUUUCUGCUGCUUCACAGGGUAAGACCUGUGGAGGGUAAGACCAAUGGAUUCAAAUUAGAAGAAAGGAGAUUCUGACUAACCUUUAGGAAGAAUGUUCUGACAGUAAGAGCUGUUUCAGAGUGGAACAAACUAGCUUGGAGGGUGUUGGACUUUCCUUCUGAAAUAUACUUGGAGUUGCGUAGCGAUUUCAUGCUCUUUAUUGCAGCUCAUCAAAACAGUAAAUGAAUCCCCCCACCCCCGAAACCAUUGGCUUUAUAUACAUUAUUUACACAAUAGGUCCCGUGUGAUUGGCUGAUUCUGCUUCCCUCAUGGAGCGUGACUGGCCUGCUCCUGCAGGCCAAUCGGUUGUUGCAUUCUAGGAUCCUUUUGUUGUUGUUUAGUCAUUUAGUCAUGUCCAACUCUUCGUGACCCCAUGGACCAGAGCAUGCCAGGCACUCCUGUCUUCCACUGCCUCCUGCAGUUUGGUCAAACUCAUUCUGGUAGCUUCGAGAACACUGUCCAACCAUCUCGUCCUCUGCCGUCCCCUUCUCCUUGUGCCCUCCAUCUUUCCCAACAUCAGGGUCUUUCCAGGGAGUCUUCUCUUCUCAUGAGGUGGCCAAAGUAUUGGAGCCUCAGCUUCACGAUCUGUCCUUCCAGUGAGCACUCAGGGCUGAUUUCCUUAAGAAUGGAUCAGUUUGUUCUUCUUGCAGUCCAUGGGACUCUCAAGAGUCUCCUCCAGCACCAUAAUUCAAAAGCAUCAAUUCUUCGGCGAUCAGCCUUCUUUAUGGUCCAGCUCUCACUUCCAUACAUCACUACUGGGAAAACCAUAGCUUUUACUAUACGGACCUUUGUUGGCAAGGUGAUGUCUCUACUUUUUAAGAUGCUGUCUAGGUUUGUCAUUGCUUUUCUCCCAAGAAGCAGGCGUCUUUUAAUUUCGUGGCUGCUGUCACCAUCUAGGAUCCUACCUGCCUAUUAUUCUAGGAUCCAAGCUUAGAACACAACACCUUCAUUGGAGGUUUUUGAACAGAGAUUGGAUGGGUAUCUAUCAGGGAUUCUUUAGCUGUGAUUCCUGCAUUUCAGAGACUUAGACUAGAUGAGCCUUUGGGUUCCUUUGAACUCUACAGUUCUAUAAUUUUGUGAUCUCAGCAUCCCCUGCAGGUCCCAGCAAGGAGGCAAUUUUCUGUUUCAAGUCUAUUUGUGUCUUCAAAAGCUGGCAGAAUGCAACUGAUGCAGUAUUAGUGUAAUAUAAUAAAUUGACCAGGCUCCUAUCAUAAGUCUUCAUGCCACAUUUUGCACCAAUUGGAGUUUCCGGUCACUUUUCAAAAUCAGUCCCAUGAACAACGCAUUACAUUAGUCCAAUCUGGAAGUGACUGGAGCAUGUGCAACUGGCAAUUUCCUUGUUGCAAAAAUGUAGCAUCACUGAUUAUAUAUGUUACAAAAUCUUCUGUCUAAACAGGCUCUUGGAAUUAUCUAAAAUCUCAAGAGAGUACAGUAUAAGUUUUAUAUUGAAAGGAACUUGUUUAAGGUGAUUAAAUUAUUUUCCAGGCCAUGUUGAUACUUAAUCAUGUUGUACCAGGCAAACUGAGGCUAUAGGUCAUAAAUUGCACAUAAUAGACAUAUUAUUCAGCCUGCUCUUGCAUAAAAUCAUUGAAACUAGAGAACUCAGAAGUUGUAAGUUUUACAAAGUUAAGAGAUGACUUAACUUCCGAAAUUUCCCACGCAGCACUACUGUCUUCUGAAUUUCUUUAGCUGGCAUUGGGUCUCUGGCAGCCCAUUUAGCUGUGAUAUGAUGUCUGCAGUUUAAAAUCCACCAUUAAAGUAUAAUUCACAGAUUGUAUUAUUAUCAAGUCUGAAUGAUUUUGUCGCAGCCUACUGAAUCCCUUUGGGCUAUUUGCCAAGUCAGGCUCAGACAUACGCACACUAAUUUUCCUCCUUUCAAAACACACAGCAAAAAUUACCAGAAAGCUGCGCUUACUACUGCUAUUAGAAAUUAUCCUAAUACGAAUGCCAUUGAACAAGUAAAUGAAUUUCUAGUCCCCACUGGAUCAUAUAUAAUGGCAACUUUUAGAUGAAAUAUUAUUAGCGGAAGGGCUUAUCUAAUAUGGCAAAAGUCUUUUGUCCCAUAUAUUAUAGUCAUGUCUCUGAUGUAGACAUGGAAGAAAGCUUUUCACGCUAUACCUGGUUUCCUACAUCUUUGUCCUUAAAUGUGUCAAUACAGAAUGAACCAAUCUGGAAUGGGUGCUUUCCCCCCCAAACGGAGAUGUUCUAUAAUUUGACUUGGUGAAUCAUAUUUAUUAAGAAGGGGAGCAGUACUAGGUGCUCUCAAGCAACCUUAAGAAUUGAUUCUUUUUCAAACUCUGCUUUUCGUAAGAGGAAACCACUUAUAAGCCACUUGUUCUUUGAUUCUCUUGCUGGACAGCUGGGAUUCAGUUGACAACUUUACCAUGUUACAGUAUCAGCUCAACAUGGAGGCCUGCUUGUCUUUGGAAAGGAGAAAGCAAUGUAUUUUCCUCAUUUGGGUACUGGCUGGGAUAAAGAACAUGGCAUGGAGAAGAUUUAAUACUAGUCAGAGCAUGUGUGGCAAUAUGACUUAGCCAGUCUAACCCAGGGGCAGGAAACCUCAGGCUCAGGGGCGAAAUGUGGCUCUCCAGGUCACUUUGUGUGGCUCUCCCUAGCCACACCCUCUUUCCUGAGGCCACGCCCCUUACCAGCCCUUGAUUUACAUCCUGCCUUAGUAUUGCUUGGUUGGAAUGUGUCCUUGAACUCUAAUAAUGACUCUUGCUGGAGGAUAGAGAGAGGUGUGUGUUGCAUUAAGAAACCAGCCUAAUGUACUACAAAGCUAAAAAAAAUUAUAUUCAUUGUUUUGCCCAGUUUUGUCUCUGACCCUCCACACUAGUGAUAUGUGAAUCUGAGAAUGUUGCCCAGAAGGGAAUGGGACCCACAGGCUGUAUGUUUCUCCACCCUUCUGGUCUAUCCCUAUCUUUCUCCAGAAUCUGUGUUUUAUGGCCAUUUGGUCACCAUAGAGACAUUAUUCAUAACAACUUUUUCAUGGCAAAUGCAAAGUUUGCCCUCUGGGAGAAGGGCUACAUGCCCUGGGUAUGAACCCUGGGAUCUCCUGGAACAACUCCUGGGCAACAGCUGCCAGUCAGUUUAGAUAAUACUGAGCUAAUGGUCUAAUCUGAUAUAAGGCGGGUUCCUGUGUUUCCAUGGUAACUCAAUACUUGAAUAAAAAGCAUCAUGCCUGGGAAUGAUGGGAGAUAAUAUGAAAGUUCUAUCAGUGGUGUUGGUCCCAUUAUGGAUCCUUCAGACACAGGCCAAAUGAUGCUGCGGUAAUUUGGUAUCUCCCAUAGCUGGCAGUAAGAGGCGUUUGUGGUGUUCAUUCUAUAUUGGGAGCAUCACAGUUUGAAACUGUUGCUGUCAGAAUAAGAGAAAGAUGGCGUGAGAAUAUGGCUGGGUUUGUUCAAAAGCACAUUGUCUCCAUGAGAGAAACAGAAGGGGCUGUUUGCUUGAAAUGUUUUGCAACAUGGCGAGAAAGGAACGGAAUAUAUUCUAUAGAAAUAGAAACUUGGCAAUCAGGUUUUGAGGUAAUUAUUAGAAUGACAAAUUGCCCAUUUUCCCCUCCUCUCUCUUUCUAGGUGGGUGAAAAGUGUUCUGCUACUUCAUCCAUGCAGUCAGUGGAUACUUCAGUUCUUGGUACGGAAAGCGUCUCCCAGUAUGCCUGUCAAAGGAGGACAACUUUAAAUAAUUACAACAAAAAAUUCACGGUAAUAUACAUAAUAACUUUCUUCUCAGAAUAGAGGGUCACACUAAACCACAGGCACCUUGAGGAACUAGUUAUAGACUAAAAAUACAUUGUUCAUAUAGUAAUACCUACGCAAACGUCCACCUUGUGUAGCGUCCAUUCCGGCAAACAUCUGCAAGCAAACCUGGAAGUAUCAGAAUGACUCACGCAUGCGCAGAAGCACAACCGCUCUGUGCAAGUGCGCAGACGUGGCGCUUUGCCCCGUAUCCUUUUCGGCUAGUGACCGGGGCUCCAAAAUGGAUCCCGGUUGCAAAACAAGGCAUCACUGUAUAGCUGCCCAGGAAGCAGCAACACCUAAGUCGGAGGAUGAACAACCAUCCUAGCCAUAUUUAUUAAGAAGCCUAUCUUGCUUACUUUUAUGGGAACUAUUUCUAAAUAUGCACAGAGCUUUGGCACAAUUCUAGUUAAUGAAUACAUUUUUUAAAAAAAGCUAAUCAAUAAACCGUGGGUUUUUUUAAAGCACUUGUUCCUUUAGAAUGGCUUCUUGAUCUCACACAACCUUGCUGUGGUGUCAUGAAGCACUCCUGGUGGUUGUGCGUGGGUCAAACAACUUUGUGGGUAGGGUUUUUCUCAAUCAGUCAAGAUCUGCACAAUCAACUUUUCCCCACAUGGCUAUUUAGUUCACACACAAUUCCCAGCAACAUGGGAUCAUGUCGUGGAGAAGUAAUGUAAUGUUUCUUGGUUUUUUAAAAAAUUGUUUUUGUAAUUAUUGCGAACUGUUAUGAGCCCAACAUUUGUUGUUGGAAAAGCGGAACAGAAAUAUCAAAUCAAAUCAAGUAAUUCCUAUGCUGCUCAGUGUGUGUAUUUGUUUGUACAGUGGUACCUCGGGUUACAUACACUUCAGGUUACAUAUGCUUCAGGUUACAGACUCCGUUAACCCAGAAAUAGUACCUCGGGUUAAGAACUUUGCUUCAGGAUGAGAACAGAAAUCGUACUCCGGCGGCAGAGGGAGGCCCCAUUAGGUAAAGUGGUGUUAAGAAUAGUUUCAGGUUAAGAACGGAUCUCCGGAACGAAUUAAGUACUUAACCCGAGGUACCACUGUAUGUGUGAAUGAGUGAGAGAGACAGAGAGAGAAAAUGACUUGUAAACUGCUUCAAGAAUUGCUGUAGCAACUUAAUUUAUGCUUCCUGAUAGACACAAUAAAAACGACUGUCAUGUGGUUAUAUAACCAUAGAGUUGGAGAGGACCUUGUAGUCCAAUCCUCUGUUUGAUGUAGGAAACCUCGAGUUAGAGGCAUACCAUCCCCAGUAGAUGGUUGUCAGGCACUUGCUUAAAGGCCUCCAGUACAAGAGAGACCACCAACCACCUAGUGUCUAGGUCCAUUGUCAUUUUCUCCUUAAUGGGUUGGGACAGAUGGUAGCUUGUGAUUAUUUCAAUGUGUGCCUCACUGGCAUUUUCAACCUACAUUUUCUGUCCCACCACUGCUAUUACCAAUUAACCUUUUCAGACUAGAGCUUUCCUGCCACAUGGGAAUAAAAAAUGGUUCUGUUUUGUGAUUGGCAAACACCAAAACAAGCGCAUGCCUCAUUUCAGUGCGUGGUUAGUUGCAAUGUGGUUUUGGUCAGUGAGCUCAGUUUAGUUAAGCAAACCAUUCUCUCUCAGCCAACCCCCCCCCCCCCAAUUUGUAACAUUUGUUGCUGUUGUUAAUUACUCUUGGCCUACUUUAUAGGGUUGGAAACAUUACUGAGGACUGUGUAACCUUUUGAGAACUUGUGAAAAAUGCCAUGUAAAUGUCCUUUUCUAAGGAAUCUUUCCCCACGGUAUCAAUAGCUGGGAAAUGGGCUUUCAGAUAGUAAAGUUUUUCUGCUCUUUCUGUAUUAUGUCAAGUGAGUAUGAGCAUCCUCUGUUAGGCCCUGAGGAUUCUAAUCAUUCUACCAAAAUGAGGAACAGAUUGGCUAUGAUGGGCUACAGACUGCAACUGACUCCAGCUGAAUGUUGAAUUUCAUUUUCCUGAGCCACUCAAAAUUCAGAGCCUGUUCAAGCUGCUGUGUUGUCCUCCUUAGUUAUGAAUUUUCCUCUGCAAUCAUUGGCUGAAUAUUACCCCCACAAUAUUAUUUCAGAUAUGCCUAAACAUAAAGAUUUAUUGCUUUGUUUUGGCUUUUUAAAAGUUAAGCUCUUUUGUCAUUUCCCCCCUACCUCGUUAAACUGACAGCUCAAAACAAGGGCAUUUAUUAUAUAGUUUUUGUGCCUGCUUCAUGCCGCAUCUGAACUCGCUUGCAGAAUCUCCAUCUCUCUCAUGUCCCUCAUUAAAGUAACAGCCAUGACACUUUUGUGUUUUCCACAAGUAAUACUAAGUCAAGGUGGUCUGCCUAGGGAGGAUGGGAGCCAUAGUCCAAAAUAUUGGGAGGGCACUGGGUUGGGGAAGCCUGCUAUAGCAUAAUUUGGAACCAUUUAUGAGGCCUACUUUGUAUGAAGGCAAGCAACUGCUUAUAGAUAUACAGUGGUACCUUGGUUUAAGAACAGCUUAGUUUAUGAACAGCUUGGAUUAAGAACGCUGCAAACCCGGAAGUAGGUGAUUUGGUUUGUGAACUUUGCCUUGGAAGCAGAACAUGUUUCGCUUCCUGUUGAGUGUGUUUCAUUUGUAAAUGGAGUUCCCCACUGCUAUGGGAAAGCACACCUUGGUUUAAGAAAGCUUUGGUUUAAGAAUGGACUUCUGGAAUGGAUUAAGUUCGUAAACCAAGGUACCACUGUAUAGGUAUUUCCAAUGAAUUCCAGAAGUCUGCUCAGCAGUUAGUUAAGUGGUAAUGAGAAUAAAUGUGAGUAGAAAGUCUGUGGAGGUGAGGAAUUACAACCUUCUUGGGAAAGACAUAACCCGCCACGAGCCAUGCUGAGCUUCUUGACUAGGCUUGCCACCUGCCCCUAGAAAAAUGUGAUUGUCCGUUUUUAAAGAGAAAAGUGUCCUGUGUCCUGUUUGGAUGCCUUUUUUCAUGUUUUCAAGCUCAUCCUCCUCCUCAAAACUGUGUGGGCAGAGAGUAGGUCAGACUUGGAGAACAAGAAAGGGGGUAUGCAUGGCUUUGGUGGAGAGCAGGUGGAAAGAGUUUUUGUGUGCUUGAAGACAGAGACUCAGAGUCGGAGAGCUAGAGAGAGUAAGGGCUUGCUUUGAAGUCAUUUCUGCACCAGGUAAAGUAAUUUUUAGCUCCCCAAUUCCCACCCUGACCUGUCCUGUAUUUUGCCCAACCAAAGGUGGCAACCCUGCUCUCGACUCAAGUGUCAGACUGGGGAGGUGGCAGAAUGAGCACCCCCCCUGCUGUUCUGCCCAAGCUCCUCUUGUGCCGCCUGAGUCCCCGCUGAUCUGCAUGUAAGUUCAGGACCAGUAAAUUAGGGCAGACCGCUUUAAAAUGCUGCUGCUGCAUAGCAAGCUUCAUGUCCAAGCAAUGGCCUCUGAUGGGGACCUAAAUGUCCAAGUGGGCAAAUGUGGAGGCAGGUUAUACUUCAAGCACCCUGGCCCCAAGGCUGGACAUGAUUUAAAGGACAAGACCAACACUUGGAACUGGGCCCAGAAAUAGGCUGGGAGUUGUUCCAACCAGGGAAGGGCUGACAUAAUAUGCUCAUAGCAGCUGUUCCCAAGGAGAGAACAACGUAACUGUAUUGAACUCCUUGGAGAAAAUGUAGUGUAUAAAUGUAAUAAUAAUUUGUCUUGGUGACUCGCACGUUGCGUAGGCCUCAUGUUCUAUGUUUUACUUUUCCUGCCUUGUUUGUUGCCCUCUACAGUGAAGAGGCAUUAAAUUCCUCCAUUGAGAAUAGGCCUAAUCUUUGUCUUAUAAAUGUUGAUGUCAAAGAAAAUAUUAUAUAUUUACUCCAUCAAUAAUAGGUCAUAUGGUUAGUCGGCAUCCAGUGGCUACUGAGAAUGCUCAGUCCUCAUCCGUCUUUCGCCUCCCCCUUUUGGGUUCUCCCCACCUUUUUUUGGUACAUUGGGGUUCUUCUAAGCAUGCUGAUAUCUCCCUCUUGUGUGUAGAUGUUGCUGCUUUGGCUACACAAGCAGCACUGUCCAUGACAGGACAUGAUAGUGGAAGUGACCCAUAAUGAACAACAACAUUGCAAAACAAGAUGAUGCCUCUGAGGGGAGGGUAUGCCCAGUCAGUCCAUUGCAGCUGUACAUGCAUAUAAUUUUGAUGUCUUUCUUCUUAUUUCAAAAUAUAGUCCAGCUGGCUCUCAAAUCCAUCACUCUAAAGGUCAGUAAAAUUAAACUCUGAAAGGCUGAACAGUGGCAGUUUUAAACAAUUGAUGACUACACCCCAGUGGGUCAUUUUGUAGCACCUCAAUAAAUCAGAUGUGUAGUUUUUUUUUAUUUUAAAAAAAGUUUGUGCGAUACUUUUUACUGUUAUUUUUACUUAUUAUGUUCUCUUCAUUUGAAAGCAGUUCGUUACAAGUAAUAAAACUGCAUUCUGAAGCAUAUUUUAUUGCUUUGGGAUCUCCUGAGCUUCCACUAUUCUGAAAAGCUGUGAAGGGGGGAGAGGUCUCUUUCAUGGUAGAUAUAAGCCCUUCACUUUGCAAAUAUCUUCACUUGCGGUUAAAGUUUCUUAGGUGGACAGAUAGUCAUUUGCAUCAUCUGCUAGUGCUACAGCCAUCAUUGCGAUGUCAGAUGGUUUUUACCUGUGAACUACAGGGGCUUUGUGAACAUCCUUCAGUAGCUAAGUUUACAAAGGUCUUUCAGAUGUGCCCCCCAGGUUUCUCCUCCAAAUGGGGGAAAUAUGUGGGGUGGGGGAUUGAAGGUGUACUCCCCCCUGGGUGGAUGGGAACAUACCUUUCUCAAUCAAAGGAAUAACCAGGAGAUUUCAGCUCCCAUUUGUUCCUUUGAAGCCCUUAGGUGGGCACAGCUUCCUGAAAACGGCGUGAGCCAAAUGAGGAGGUCUGGAGGACCAUCUUUGGUCUGUGAGCUAGUGGUUCCUCAGUCCUGGCUUAGUGUGCCAUGGCAGAGAGCAAGGCCAGAAAUGGGCUUUUUUCCUUCUCAGGAGAUUAGAUAUUCUACAUCAGAACAACCAGUCAAUGCAGGAUAACAGAUGCUAAGGCUUGGUCAGUUGUUGACAGAUCAACAGAUCAACUAGAGGGCAAUAUAAGAAUUAGCACAAUGCCCACUUGUUGUGAUCCCCUCCCACCUGCAUGUUAAUUCUACAUAUGUAAUAGCAUCUACAUUAACAUAAAUUGAUUUUGCACUCCCAUGAAACUCUGGGAGCUGUAGUUCUAGGAAUCUCAAUAGAUAAUUCUUACCAUCUUUGCAUGCUAUGAUUUCCAUGAUUUUUUUUGCAGUGCAGGAGAGACCUUAACGAGUUAAAUAGGUGCAAAAUUGCAAUAGGUUUGCACAGUAGAUAUACCUUGAAAUGACGAGUAAAUUGCAGUGGGACCACUUAACAUCUUGUGAUGAAGAACAAUGCAAGAACAGCAUUUACUGGGAGGAUUUUCAUAGCAAUAGUUUUAUAUUUAAACUUCUGUCCCGCAGCGUUUUUAUCUGGGGCCUGUGCUUUGACUGUAAUUCAUACAUUCAGAAAAAAGAUGUCCUGAAAGAUUAUUUUCUGUGCAAAUACGGAGCUGCGAUGAGGCAGCAGUAUAAUUUACUUAUACAAGCUGUGGGCAACCAACCAUUAAAUGACGCAUUGUCUCUGGCUGAAUGCCACAUAGCCUGCAAAUUAGGUCCAAACUGUCUUGAAUUAUGUGCUGGUGAUAGCAUCUUGUUAUAACCACUUUAUUUUAAGAUAUAAAUAUAUUGCCUUUUCUUUCCCUUUGUAACUUGGCAAUAGCUUUUUUCUUGCUGUUGCUAUUUUUAGCUUUUAAUGUUAGCACCGCAGUCUGUGUUGGUCUUUGAUAAAGACAGGGAUUUUUCACUUAGAAGUGACCCCUGGGACUCUCAAACCCCAUUUUUGAGCUCUCUUGUAGAAUAGCGGUUGCUUUGUAAAGGCAAUUAAAUGUGCCAUUUUCCAUACUCUCAAGUCAAGCAAGAAAACAGGUGUUUUGCUAACACCGCAGCCACUCUCAUGUAAUGAGGCUGAAGAAAUCUACUUUUCUUACAAGUCGUGGUUUUCAGCGUCUACUUCUAGGGAUAAAACUUGUGCUACGUUACAUCCUAAAUCAUAAUUGUCAGGUGAUGCCCAGGGCUGCAACAUUUCCACACUCCUCCACACUAUGGUGUGGACCAGGGCAGAGUGGCCACAAGCUCUAAUGCUUUGGAUAAUAAAAAAUGUAGGCCAAGGGACCUCAUCAGCCAACCUGACAACCAGAUGGAAUAAAGGAGGCCAGAGCUACAGGCCAUUUUGGAUGGCCCAAGGAGAAACUGAGCAGUUGGGGAGGACUGAGAAAGAAAGCAGAUAUUAAUAUUGCACAGUUUGAAGUGACUGGAAGCGUAAGAACUGACUCCUAUGGGAAGAAAUCAUGGUUCAGACCCAUAAAAAUAUUAUUCGGCGCUCUUUGAAAACAGAACAUAAGCAUCAAAGAUACAACCCAAAUAUCCAGACAAUGUCAUGUGCUGUCCAGCACAGGACCAGCAUCUUAGAAACAAUACACAGCUCCCCAAAUCAAACUGUAUCUCUCCUCCCCAUUCCACCCUGCCUUAGCCUGCCGUGGCUAUGCAUGGGCUGGGCCUCCGCAGUGGCAGUUUCUCUUCCUCCUUGCCUGCUCUCCAGAAACUGCUACGAGCUGCCCAAGGGAAGAGGUCAGAUGAUCACUCUCAGCCACUGCCUCUCAGGACAAGUGCCAGCUCCUCCUCCUCCCUGAGCUCAGUGGCGGUGGCACUGCUGGGGUGUGUGUGGAAAUGCACAUUCUGGGAUCAGAUCAGAAGCUGGGAUGGCUUUCAUAAUUCUGGGACUGUACCUGGAAAAUAGGGGCACUUGGAGAGUAUGCGAUGGGAGUUGUGGUCCAUCAAUGUCUGGAGGGCAAAGGUUGCCCAGACCUGUUGUAGACAGAUGUGCAUGUCUCACACAUGAGUGCAAGGUGGAUGGGUUUUGAGCAGACCCACCCCCCACUUUUAUGUAGCAUUUUCAGAUUGCUAAUUGUGCCUUACUAUUACUUAAGUUUCAAAAAUGAAAAUGUAACUUGUAACCUGUAGGCAGUUCCACAGCAGCCCUAUGUGUCUUCUUGCAUGAUGAAGGAUUAAUAAAUGUCCGAGAGUGUAAAAUCACAUGGUAGUUUUCAACUGGAGAGUCUUUAAUUUCUUUCUCUGCUUCUGUAAUAAAUCAGUAACAUGGUCACCGGCUACCCUCUCUGAGCAAAGGAUUCUUCACACAUUAAAGCACCAAGACCUUGUUGCCUUCCUGUCUCUUUCCAUAAGGCACAGCUCAAGCCUGCAGUGUGAUUUUUAUGAGCCAAAACAAACAUUGUUAUUCUCUCCCCAACCCUCCAAGAAGGUUGGUUAGCUUAGAAUAUUAAUACUGAACUGCAAUAAAAUGCAGAAGGACAUUUUUCUUAUAGACAAAUACAAUUUAAUUCUGAGAACGGAAAGUAGUUAAGGCUGGCACAAAGGGCGGAGCAAUCCUGUGGUUCAUUACAAACAGUUUUUGAAUUGUACUGGCCUUGGGCCAUUACUCAUGAGAAUAAGAAAGUGGAUGUUUGACUAUAGACUGAAUACCAAUUGCCUUACUAUAUCCGGUAUGUGGGUGAUGGGAGAUUGUUCUUUUUUUCCAUUAACGUAGCAUUUCAUUAUUUUGUCCCCAUUCCUAAAAGAUUCUGUUGUGUCACUGACUUUGGUAAACAAGUAAAUUAUUUUUAAUGCAGUUUAAAUCUGACAACUUGGUGACAAUAUCUUCUAAAUAACAUUUUAUUUGUAGUGUAGAAAGUGUUUAGGGAAGAGAAAUUCACAAACUGAUGUGUUGAAACAAUAAAGUAAUAGAGGGGUCUCUGUGAACCUUAGCACUAUGUGGAAGUUGCUUGCUCUGAAUGUGGAAGGUCCUGUACGAGGGGCCCAAUCCACCGGGAAAGUAGCCUAUGAAAGAAAUGAUUGACAAAGUCUUGAGAUCUAUUUCUGCAAACUUCGAUUCGUUUAUGGAAAACCUUCCCCCUCUGAGGUAUGGUUGGUGCUGACUUUGUGGCCAUUUUCUCCUCUGCAGUUAAAAAAUAUGCAAACGACAAGCAUGCAGUUUUGUUUAGUUGUAUAGUUAACACCAAAACCAGAAACUGUAAUCUUUUUAUGGCCAACUUCUAGAGUUGGAGACAUCUGUAAAAUGCUUUUAUAAGAGGUGAAAACUGGAUCAACUUUGCAACUAAUUAAAAUCUCUUGGAGGUGAUGCAUGGACCAGAAAUAUUACAGCACUGCAGGAAUCUGGGGUUCUCCUCUGUACUAGAUUAAUGUAAAUGAACUGUUUUUCUAUGUUGCUUUUAAUACACAGUGUGGAAUUUUUACAGACAGUAAAAAUUAUCCGUAUCAUAUACUGAUGUGGUAUCCUACUAGGAUACAAGCCAAUUAAAUAUUUGUUAAAUCCAAACAGUUAGCAGUGCUUUCCUUCUCCCUUGAUGCUGAUUACAUGGCAGUGAGAAGAGAUAGAGGUGGUGAAGCAGAUUUUUAUUUUAUUCUAAUCCUGAGCAAAUAAAUCAAAACAUGCCAAAAUGUGUCUUACAGGGAAAAGGCAGUCCUACAAUUUCUUUCAGCGUUUGCUGGCAGUGGUUUGUUUAGGGAGGAAUACAUAUUCAAACGUUAGUCUGAUUGUUUAUUUAAAAUGUCUUAAUGAGCUCUUGGGUAGUUGGAGAAAACACAGAGUAAUGAAAACAUCACUGAAAUGAAGGCUUUGAUGACAUCUUUUAGCUGACUGUCAAGAAUGUUUGAGUAGACAUGGCAUUUUAGUUUUCUUCUCAGUUUAAGGCAGUAACACAUUUUCCCUCAAGACCUGUCCACCCACUAGCAGAAAGCAAGGAGUAGCCUACCUAAAAUAGCAAUGGCAUUAUGCUUUCUAUCAUUUAACUUGAUAGCUUAAGCAAGUGCAACGUGACUGGACCAUUGCUUUCCCUCUCUUUCUUUUUUCCACUUAGAUUGCCUUUGUUCUUUAAGGCAGCUUUAAUUAUUUCUUGUGCGAACCAUGAUGUCCUUUGCUACACCCAUCAUGCACUGGCAUUAUUUGAAAAAGUUCUGCCUCUGGAUAACUCCUCUCCAUGAUACAGACAUACCUUGGUUUUCGAACAGCUUAGUUCUCGAAUGUUUUGGCUCCCCAACACCGCAAACCUGGAAGUGACUGUUCCAGUUUGUGAACUAUUUUUGGAAGCCGAAUGUCCGAAUGGGCUUCCGAUUGGCUGCAGGAAGCCGCACUUUGGUUUCUGAAUGUUUUGUUUCAAUGGAUGUUUGUAAUGUUAAAAAAUAUAGAAGAAGAAGAAGAAGAAGAAGAAGAAGAAGAAGAGAGACCUCUCCACAAAGACCGAAAUUAUGGCUUCUACACACACACAAAUCUGACAAGAGGCCCAUUUCAUUUUAACGGACAGGCUAUUCCCCCCCCCCCACCGGUUGGUAAUCAUAAUCCAAAGGGAGAAUAAAAUUUGUCAGCAAUACUUUCUGCUCUCUGUGCUCUACAUGAAGUUAUAUUGGAAGGGGUGACGGUAAUAUCCUCAUUUGCUCAGGAGGAAGCAAUCGCUGCAAGAGCAAAUAGGAAGAUAAUAGAGCUCGUGGAAGGUGAGUCAGUAGCAGCAACAGCAGCUGGUGAACUCAUGAUUUGCCAAGAGCAUCUGGCAAGGUGAAGCAAGCAUGAGUGUGCUUGGAUGCAUUUCCCAGCCAUUUCUACUUGCGUUGGCAUCUGGAGGACUGCAUCUGCUCCUUCCUUCCAGUGGCUAGUAUAGACAGGGCAGGUCUUUAUUACAAGUGUUUCCUCAUUAAGAGGGUAAUAUGUGAAUCAUUGUAAUAAUGCAUUCCUCAAGGAAAGACCCUACAAAUGUUUGAGGUUCAAUACACACCCACACAGGCAGUUUAGUUACAAACAGAGGUAUUUGGGUCAAAAUGUAGCAAGAUCAACUUUCUUCUACCUUGACUGAAAGUGCAAAAAAGCAGAGGGAGGCAAAUGAGACUUCCCAAAACAUAAUAUGCUCUCUGAGUGAAACAUCUGCCCUGUUUUUCUAUGAUGGAAGUGAAAACAGGUGUCAAAUGCGUAGGGGGGAGCCGAUUAUUUCUAAGUAUGUGAAAGAGACAGAAACAAGCUUAAAUAAGAGUUUUCAUUUUAUUUUCAAAGUGUUCUGUAAUCUAGUUCUUAUACUGCAAUUUGCAGAAGUCAUAUUUUACCAUUGAAGGUAAACAACAUGGUUUGGAUGAAUAGUGUACGAGAGCCAAACUAGACAUGACAUUUGUUAUGUUGUCUGCUUUUCUACAACUCAUUCUUUAUUUUAUGAAUAGCUGGUGCACUUGGGGCUGGUGAGUUUCCCUCCUAUAGGGUGAGGGGUCCUAGUUGGGACUGUGAUGGGGCAAAGAGUUAAAAUAGAGGUGGCUAACCAAUGGCCUUCUAGAUGUUACUGAACUACAAUUCCCAUCAUCCUCUGACAGAAGAACAUAAGAGACUGCCCCAGAAUGAACUUAAUUUAGGUUCAUCUUACCUGGCAAUUAUGAGAACUUCUUUUUGGUGUAGUUCAGAAAUUCAGUGAACUUUGUGACACUUAAGUACUUUGUUUCAAACACUGAUCAUCUUAAGAGAAACUAGUAUACUUAAAAAGUUUUGAAAGCCAAGGUUUUUUUUAAAGAAACACACACAUUGAUCUGCCACUUGAACAUUUCAGUAUGUUAUCUAACCUUGCCAGACGUUACAGUGUGCCCUAGACAUUUUUGGUUUGUGCUUUUGCUUUCUCAUCAGACCUAAGAUUUUUGUCAUGCCUUGCCUAAUAUCUGACAAGCCUGGCAUUAUCUAGGUUAUUCCCCCCCCCCCCAUGAAAACAUAACUCGACAAUGAGUGAACAUAACAUACAUUGUUGUCAACAGACAUAAUGCACCGUCUUAGUCCGGUACACUUUAACAGGAAAGGAUUUGACAUUUGCGAACUUUCCUUGCAUUUCAGUGACCCAAACUGGACUCCCAAAUUAGUUUGAGGCGGCAACAAGAUGUUAUCUUGGCAAAUGCAUUUCUCCAAACUCACAUUUGCCAAGAUAACACGUUUACUGAACUGAGACAGCACAUUAUAUUGUCCACUGAGAACAAUGGCUGCUAAAGGUCUGUGUAGAAGACAGAUCUUUGGUUGAGUUUUCUUGCUUUAAUUGUAAAAAAGGGGUCCAACAAUCAAGAUAUCAUUAGGCUUGUCAGAUGUUAUUAGAUAAGAUGUGACAACACUCUUAGGCCCAUUGGAGGACCAGUUAACAAAAAACCAUGGUCAUGUAGUGGUAAAUUUUGAAGUGAAGGUGAAGGAGCUAAUAAUGAAAGCCCCCCUAACCCCAUAACCACAGAGUCCAAAAAUGGAAACAGCUGUGUCAAGCCAUUAUUUAUUCACUCCCUUCCCAAACAGCAAUACUACAUGAUAACAACCAAUGUAUUAGGAUCAGAACAACGUCAUUCUAUGUAUAGUUUCCCUGGGAGUAAUUUCCACUGAACACAACAGUGCUCACAUAGGUUUGACUCAUAAAACACAUUGAGCUUUAAUGAAAGGUCUUCAGCUAGCUGAAAUACAGCUUAUAACUUUUUGUUAGAAAGUGCCCAUCAUCUUGCAAAGAAGUGUUUCCAUUUAAACUGCUAGCCUGAAGUUGGAACCCUAUCAAAGAAAAGGAAAGAAAUACCCAGGCUGUGCUUGUUUAUAUUCCUCAUUCCCUUCGUUGGGCACUUCCCUGGACACCUUCAGACUAUUACCAUUUUGUGGGAGGUUUGUGCAGUUAGUGGAUUAAAGCACUCUUUUGUCCUAGCAAAACAAGCCCACUUUAAAAAAAGAAAUGGACUUUGUGUGGUUAGGGAGAUGAUGUGGAAAUGACUUCAGUGUGAAUGCUCCUUGCCAUAUAGCCUUCUUGUAAAACAAACCAGAAUGCAUGCUUAAUAAAGACAAGAACUGUGAAAACAGAUCAGGACCAGUGCUCAAUAUAUAAGAGCCCCAGAUCAAUUUUUGUACCUACUGACUCUUCCCCCUCACCCACCAUUUCCUCCCCUCAAUUGUUUUGAAGAAACAAAGAUGUCACACCAUGACAUACUUGACAAAGAGGAUUUGGGCAGAUUUCUCAGUAUUACAGAAGCUGCAGUAUUUCACCUUUCCUGCCUCUGGUGUUUUGGUCAAAUUGGUGGUGAUAUGUCACCUAUUCCUCUUUAGGUCAAAAAGCCACAAAGCAGUUCAUGGAAAGGUCCUUUUAUUAAGUGUACCUAAGAGCAAAAUGUCACAGACAGUUACUAGCUACGUUACAUUCACUGCUGUCUAAGGAAGUCUGUGCAUCAGCUUGCAAGUUUUAAACUUUCUGUGUAUGGAAUGUAUGAGUGUCAGUUUUUUAACAACUCAUUCUCUGCUUCUGUCCUCAUUCCUUGCCCCCCCCAAGGAUGCGUUUGAAGUACUGGCUGAAAACUAUGAGUUCAGAGAAGAUGAAGGGCAUUGCCUUGCAUUUAGGAGAGCUGCUUCUGUGUUGAAAUUUCUUCCUUUUGCUGUUGUUAGAGUAAGUGAUAUUGAAGGAUUGCCUUGGAUGGGAGAACAAGUCAAAGCUAUCAUAGAGGUAAGUUAUAGUGCCUUUAAAAACACACACAGAUACAUUGUCUUUUUAGUGUUUUGAUGUUAGCAGGAUUGUCGAAUGAAGGUAGAAAACAAUUAAAGAACAGGUAUUGUGGGAUGAAUAAUAAACCCAAUUAAAUGAAGGCUACAAACGCUGGACAAUGCAUUUAGCGAUAACUUGAUUCUGACCAAGCUAAGCCUCCUAGAGCAAAAUAUAUAUAGGAGACUUAGUUUGGUCAGAAUUGAGUAUACACUUCCAGAGUUAACGCCCAGGCUUUUUAGACUUGUCUACCUAUGUCCUAUCUGGAACCAAAGGGGGGACAUUGUUUGCCAGCUGUAGAAUAUAUUGGCAUUAUUUUCAGCUCUCCUGACUCCACGACUUAGACUGCAGCCUUCAGGGGUGCCAACUUGGCCCCACGACUGUGCAGCAUGCAUGGCCCUGGCACUGAAAUUUGUGGGUGCCUGGCCCCUUCAUGGGGAAUUUUGUGGGUGUUUGGGUACCCAUGGCCCAAGGAAUUGGCAUCUAUGGCAGCCUUCAUCUUAAAAGAAAACUGCCAAGCUUUUAGAAGUUAAGUUUGUAAACAUGACCUCAUCAGACUUUAUUCUCCUAUAAACAAACCCUAUAAAAAAACCUUUCUACAAUAAAGAUCUGUAUGCAUCUCAUAUAUACAGGAUAUAAUAGAAGAUGGGGAGAGUCCUCAAGUGAAUGCUGUGUUAAACAGUGAAAACUAUAGAUCAAUAAAAGUAAGUCUAUUUUGCUCUUUUCUUCUUUUGCACAUAGAAUUGAUCUUCUAGCUUGCCCCCCUAAUGUGUUGCCUUCCUUUCCAUUCAAUGUGCACAAUCGCUUGGUUUCAGACAUGAAGGGAAAUCUUAUUAUUUCAGUCAAUGGAUCAAAUGAGAAAAUGACUGCUUAAGUGUACAUGUUCUCUCUAUUGAAACAAAUGAAAUAGCUUUUACAGGCAAAGGAGCAUCACAUGUCUAUUAAAGUUCUCAAUCCUGUAAGAAUUACUAGAUGGAAACUAUAAGAAAACAAAUAUUAAAUGUUAAUUUAGAUUUUUUUAAAAAUAUAUAUAUAUAUUUCCAGUACAGUAUUUCAAUGCCACCUUUCAGGGCCAAAGUUAUUCUGAGGUGACUGACAUACAAAGUUAAUAUAUAAAAUAUGUUACAAUGAAUGCUCAAAGUCUGGUGAAUUUUGACAUUUACACAUAAAUCCUGGCUUCAAAGAAGAAUUUUAUGACUGUCCAAAUUAUAUAUGUCAACAUUUGUACAACUGAGCAACAUUUUCUCUCCUUCUCUCACACAGAGGUUAGUUGGAUUUGGGGGAAAUGGCUAUUAAGAAGAAACUGAGUAUAAUUUCAAGGUUUUUUAAAAUAUAUAUUUAAAAAGAUUUCAGAACAAUUACACCACACUUAUUUUUCUCAUGUAGAAAAUGUAGAUUCUCAACAGUUUGUGGGGUGGUAAUACAGCUGUGAAAAAAAUCACACACACACACACACACACACACACACACACACGUAACAGAAUUUCAUUCUACAAAUAGUUUACUACAACCAGAAACUGCAAGUAGCAUUGCAUAGCUUGACAUCAGAAGAACAAAAGGAGCAAAAAGAUAGAAAGGAAGAUGUUUGGAUCAGAGAAAAAAGAGAAACAAACAAGCACUAGCCAACUCACAAGACAUGUUACAGCCUCACCUACUGUUGGGAAAGAACAAAAUAUGUUCAUAGACAGUAUACAUUGAUCAGUAGUUUUUGUUUUUUUGUUUACCUUUUCUGACCAGGAACUCACCUUUAACCCAAACAUGCCUUUGGGACCCAUUUCUUAAUUUUUUAAUCAUCUAUCUAUAUGAUGGUAGCACUGCAACCAAGACUCACUUUAUAUCAAGCUAUCACUUAAUAAUAGGUCCCAACCCAUGGACUGAAGACCAAUGAUCUGAAUCUCUUUGCACGUUGUAACUUCUUCUGCAUCUCUUUUCAAUGGUAGGUGUACCAUUCUUCUGUAAAUUCCAGAGCACAUCUGCAAUCUUUUCUUCAGGUGGACAAUACUGAAUGUCAACAAUUUCUUGUUAAUGCCUGCUAAACCUUUUCAGACUCUUGAUUGUGCUUGAACACUGAUAUUGGUUCAGGUCUAUCCCGUCUUAAAUUUAAUCUAAAUGGCUUCUUGAUGUACUUUUGCACCUGCGACAAAUUAUUCUUCCAUUGAGGGAGGUGCAUCAGCUGCAUCCUUUCAACUGGUCCAGCUAAUAGUUCCUUCCCCAUGUUGAUGGACUUGAGAGUGGUGGCACCCCCAGCCUAGUCAGCCUCCACAUGUCCAAUUCUCUUUUAAUCUACAGUUGCUGGCAGUUGCAAUUUCGUGUGGAUUUUUCCCCCUUGGCUACCAUAUCCCUGUUUUCACUGCAUUCCAGUCACUUUGUGCUCUGACUUUUCCUGCACAACAUUACUGCAGCUCCAGCUCUAUCCCUAUAGAUGUAACAGCAUCAGUAGUGGACAGUGGACUGGGCUGGGCAGGGUUAUGUUGCAUGUUGCUGCCUGUUACUGAAAGGGUGACAGGAGAGGUUGUUGUGUGGAGCUUGAAGUGAUGCCUACUUCAGCCUACUUCUAUGGUGGAUUUCACUUUGUUUGAGCACCUCACUUGAGCAUUCAUCCUGAUUUGUUCUGCACAAAGCUUGCAUGGAGGUUCUGUGAUGUCUGCUCUUCAUUGAGCAAUGGUUCUGAUUUGUUUGUGUGGAAAUUAUAUGACUUUCCAUCAAUCCAUUGUUGUUGUCCCACACUUUCUAGCACAUUUCCCCAUCAGUUUCCUUGCUUUUUUACUUGUACAUUGUAGUGCAAGGGUGCCAGAGUACUUGAACCUACUUUAAUUGUGCAAACCUAAAUUUGCUGGUAUGUGAUUGAAUUCCUCCCACAAAAUAGUUACAAUCUGGAGUGGACCUUUGUAUCUUUUCCAAGCUGAAAUGUCCCAGUAUGAUUGAGAUAUUUUUGUUUCCAAUUAAAGCUCCUGUCCUCCUUUCCUUCCAUCUGGAUGCUAGAGUGAUUUGUGAUGUUUCCCAGGUCUUUCAUUUCAAAAUGUUGAUUUGAUUUGCAUAUUAUCCUAUCGCUUGUAUCACUUUUGUUAAAAGCAAAUCAUUAUAUCAACAAUGAAAAAGCAGCCCACAUAUGCCCAUUUAUUCUCUUGUUUUCUGGAGUGCAAGUUUGGAUUGGUUUUACCUUGUAUGAAUCAUUCCUUGGUAAGUACUUCAUUUAUUUUCUCAUUCCGUGCUCCAGCAGCCAGUUUAAUUCCAUAGACACUCUUUUGAGGUUUACACAUGAGGUUCUUGUCCUUUAAAUGGGGUGGCUGGUCCAUGUCUUCCUUUACGGCACCAGGCAAGAAGGCAAUAUUUAUGCCUAGGUCCUUGAUUUGCAUCCCCCUUCUGGCUGCCACACUUAGGAGUGCUUUUAUAGUGAUGUGCUUUACAACUCGGAUGAAUGUUUCAUCAUAUUCUUUGGCCACAAAUCUAUAAACGGAACACCUCUUCUGCACUGCGUAUUAUUUUAAAUGUCCAUUUACAUCCUAUAGUUUUCCGUCCAGGUAGCAACAGGGUGAGCAUCUAUGUCUUAUCAUUGUGAAGGUUUUGGUUCUCUCCUGCUGUUGCCUCUUUCUGCUUCCUGGCCUCAUUGUUGGGCAGAUUUGAGAUUACUUUGCAGGGUGAAAUUUCAACAUUUUCCCUCUCUUGGCAAAACCUUUGGCUGUUCCAGUUGAAUACCAGGCACCCUCGUUUUUCUGCUUCACGAGAGACGUGACAGUGUGCCUGGAAUAGUCUUCCAUGAAGGUCACCAGGUAUUUGCUCCCACUUGGCAUGUGAGUCCUCUUGGGUUCACAAAUGUCACUGUGGAUACUUUCCAAAGAAUGAGUAAUCUUGCUUUGGAUGCUUUUGGGAAGUAGGGUGCUUUCACUUUUAUACAGCACAUGCCCUACACUCCAGUGGCAUGACAACAUCCUUGUCUCCUUUGCUGAAUUUUGUUUUGUGAACUCCUCUAUGGUCCCUGUAGUUCUCUGUCCUAGGCAUCUGUGCCACAAGCGGGUGCUGAAUGGUAUUUCAGCCUGCUUGUUCUUGUAAAUGAAUUUGUACAGGGGUUUGUUCACAAUUGACUUCUGAUUUUUGUUCUUCUGGUAAUGGCCUCUUACCUGGUCUGGAAGGUAGGCAGUGGUUGCAGCCCAGCACGGCAGCCCCUCACACACCUGAUGGUCAAAUUGACUUCACCAUGGUGGCCUGCCAUUGGAACGCCUCCCCGGCUGGCUGCCAUCCUGGUGUUUGAAUUUGCCCAAUCAGGGGCAAGCUGAGGGUGGGGGUGGAGCCUGGGUGGUGGACCUGAGUGGAGAAGUCUUCACUCUGGCCCGCCUCCAGGAGCUAAAGGCUGACUGGCCCCAAGGAUGGCACAAUGGAAAUUUACAAAUUUGUGAUAAGAUGUACAAAAUUCAUACUAAUCUGAACAUCAGGUUUUGGGGAGAUGUGCAAGUUUCUCCAUCCCAUUUUACUGAAGGUGCAGAAAGCAGAAGCACAAGUCAUCAGGAUUAAUUUUUACUUGUGAGUAAGUUUAGUUGGCUCCUUUGAGACUAAUUUCAAAGGAAAUUUCUUUGUCCUGAAGUGUAAGUGCAGGUAAAACUACUCAUUAACAGAAAGACAGUUAUCAGUGAAUCUAACUUGACUCACAGUUUUAAAAGAGACAAUAUUCUUUAGAGGAAGAAAAGUUUUUAAUUUUGUUUCCUUUUACUAUCAUUGAUAGCCCAUUUUUUAUAUAAAAAAGAAAACCAUUCUAAUCUUUACACAAGAACUAAUACAACUUCUUGGAAUCCUCCAGAUCCCAUUAAAACACUGCUAAGCAAACAAAGUACUAAAAAUUAAUAGAUAAGGAUCUAAAUAAUUUCUGAAAAAUGAGAUUACAAAAUACAAUUACUCUUCCUCAUAAACAGAAAGCUGCCCACAAAGAGUAGGUAAUUUCACUCUUUAUAUCUUAAAUGUCGAGUAAUAUGUAUUUUAAAUUGUCCAGGAUUUCCAUCCCCUUCUUUUCUUUAUCAUAAUUGCUUAAAAAAAUAGUCUCAUUAGAAAGACAAGAUAAAAUUAGCAUGGACCAUGUUUCAAAGGCUGGACUCACUAGGAAGAGAAUUAUAAUGGGACUUUACAGACAGGUCUCAAGACGAAAGAAUGACUGUGAAGCAUUGAGGAAACACCACAUUGAUAAAAUAGAUAUAAAAGUGCAUUGUUCAUGUAGGAUUCAUAUCUGGACAUGUUUGCUGUACUUCACUUUUCCUAUAAAAAUAUUACUAUAGCAAUUGUCAAUUAGUCAAACGCAUUAUUUGGAAUAAUCCACCAGGACUUUUCUCCUGUAAAAGCUUCAGUGAAUGGAAGGAAUAAGACUCAGACAAGUGUAUGGAUGUGCUUUUGAAUAAGUCCUGUUAAUUCCUGUAAGACCUGUGCAGGAGAAGCUCCCAGUGGGUGGUGCCUAUUUCUGGCUAGCUAGCUAUAUGAUGUUUCUUGAAUAUCUAAUAGAAUCAUAGAGUUGGUAAAACUUUUGAGGCUAACUAGUUCCACCCCUCCAUUCAGUGCAAGACUUGAAGUUCUCGUACAUAAGUUUAGUGAGUUUUGUUUAUUUAAUUUAUGAGUAACAGUAAUAAGAAUAAGAAUAAUAAGAAUAAUUUAUACCCCGCCCAUCUGGCUGGGUUUCAACAGCCACUAUGGGCGGCUUCCAACAAAAUAUUAAAAUACAACAAUUCAUCAAAUAUCAAAAGCUUCUCUAAACUGGGCUGCCCUCAAAUGUCUUCUAAAAGUCAGAUAGUUGUUUAUUUCCUUGACAUCUGAUGGGAGGGCAUUCCACAGGGCAGGUGCCACUACUGAGAAGGCUCUCUGUCUGGUUCCCUGUAGCUUCGCUUCUCACAGUGAGGAAACCACCAGAAGGCCCUCGGUGCUGGACCUCAGUGUCCAGACAGAACAAUGGGGGUGGAGACGCUCCUUCAGGUAUACUGGGCCAAGGCCACUUGCAUAUCUUGAUGAUACUGUCUAAACACCAAACCCUUCCCAAUGUUCUGUCUGAGCAAACAUUGUAGCUUGCCAGAUAGGACAAUACCCCCUUUUCCUCUUCCCCCCAUGUGCUGUUCUGUGGGCUUUGCCAACACGCUCGAGCCAAUGUCAAAGUGCAGGAGAGGGGGCACAUGGGAGAGGAGAGGGAGGAAAUUGCCUUGGCAGGGCUUCCAUUGGCGAGGUGUAUUAGGAGAAUCCUGUCCCAAGAGUGGCAGAAAGGAUUGACACUGGAAAAUCUGAAGAUCUGCGUACAACAGCAUUAAGAGUCUUUGUCAUCUCCAUAAUUCAUGCAAUCCUACCAGACAUGAACUCUGUGGUCAUCAUUUGCAAUGGAGUUGGGGCAAUGGGAUUGAGACUCUUUCCUUUGUGCUGAAAUGCCAAAGAGGGAAACAUGGAAGCAUUGUUGUCCACAGCUAUCCCAAAGCUCCACAGCUCAUUAAACUGAGCAUCAUUCCAUUCUAUCUAGCUCUUCACUUCUGUUUUUGGAGUGGGACUGAAGACAUCUGAGAAGUGGUACAGGAUGGGUUUCCGGACACUGGAAGAAGUAAAAUGCGACAAGAACUUAAAACUGACAAGAAUGCAAAGAGCAGGUAAUGUCCUGUUACCAUGGAAUCUAGGUUAAGAAUAGCUAUUACUGAUGAGUGUAAAAAUAUGAUCUAUUUUCUCCACAUAUGUCUUACAUAUUUAUUGGCUAUUCACAGAAUAUGUAAUAAAGCUGAAUAUUUUUUUACCAGAACAUGCUUGUUUUGAAGAUCUCUAUUUCCCAUGAUAAAUUACAAGGUCAAUCAUCCUAGGUAAUAUAAAGAAAACUCUCCUGAUUGGUUUUAGGUUGGAAAAUGAGAUGUUUCAUAUUUUAUCUCAAUAAACAUUAUCUUGAUAGAAAGCAUUCUCUUGUUAAAAUGAAAUAAAUUAGUAUUGCCAACAAAUAUUGUUCUAAGCCACAAAAUAACUGCACAAGAAUCACAUAAAUUGGAUUUUAUGCUAUAAAUAAGUCGAAUUCUGUUUCUUUGGUAGCUCAGUGCUCAGAGAGAAUGUGCCAUUUAUUUGUUUUAUUUGUCUUGAUGAUAAUCUUCUCUUCUUCCCUUCCAUCUUACUUAAAUGUUCACUUUUUUCUUCAGCAAAAACAAAACCUAACCGUCAGUCCUUCAAUGCCAACCAUGAGCUAGAAAAUAGAGUUCUGGCCUCUGGAAUUUUACAAUAUCUGUCGGUUCAGUUUUCAGGAAGAAUUUUAAAUGAAACUUCAUACUCAAAACUGUUUGACCAUCUCAGUGUGUUACCUCUCAUUUUGCAUAAGAUAUAAAAAAAUGUAUACUUUUUACAUAAUAUGUACAACAAUAUAGACUUAUUAUUUGAGGCCUUCUGUUUCAGUGGCCCUUUGUCUGGUUUCAAAAAGAAGCCAUUUUUGGAUUGAGUUUAUUCUGUAUGAAAACUAAUCACUGAAUAAUUUCAGCCCCUUUCUUCCCCUGUGUGUUCUGCCCCCCAAGGCUCUCUGCUCUCAAAUGUUGCAGGCAGCUCUGUGGUCUAAACCAAUGAGCCUCUUGGGCUUGCCAAUCGGAAGGUCAGUGGUUCGAAUCUGGAUGAUGGGGUGAGCUCCUAUUGCUCUAUCCUAGCUCCUGCCAACCUAGCAGUUCAAAAGCACGCCAGUGCAAGUAGAUAAAUAGGUACCGCUGUGGCAGGAAGGUAAACUGCAUUUCCAUGCAGUCUGGUUUCUGUCAUGGUGUUCCAUUGCACCAGAAGCAGUUUAGUCAUGCUGGGCACAUGACCUGGAAAGCUGUCUAUGGACAAAUGCCGGCCUGAAAGUGAGAUGAGCAUUGCAACCCCAUAGUCGCCUUUGACUGGACUUAACCAUUUAGGGGUCCUUUACCUUUUACCUUUACAUAAACUCUGUAGUCCUGCUUUGUGUUUUCAGUGUUGCAAGACUCCUAGAGCAUGAUCUGAACCAUGGAUCUCAUGAGAGUGCCAAGUGCAAGUUCCUUAACCAGAGCUAGCCAUCCAUUUUCUUUCAGAUUCUUAUUCCUGUGCUGCCCCCAUCCCACUGGCAGUACAAUAGGUAUAGAUAGCCACAUUUCCCCCUUAACUGGAAAAAUCUCAUUCUUCAAGACUUCACUUUUCUGUUUUGAAAACAAGGAUGGUCUUAUUGCAGUCGACAUCAUUACCUAUAUUUUUACAUCCUCUUUUUGUGUGGAUGGGAGGAAACCUCAUGGAGCAGGUUGCAUCAUCAUCAUCAUCAUCAUCAUCAUCAUCAUUUAUUAUUUAUACCCCGCCCACCUGGCUGAGUUUCCGCAACAGUAUAAAGUAGCCAAUCAAAAAUAAUCAGAUAGAACUCUGGAAAAGGACAAAACCUGAAUAAAACCAGGCAUCACUCUUAACAAUGCAGUCCUAUGCAUGCUUGCAUACCAAAGCAAGCAUCAUUGAAUCCAUUGUACAGUGGUACCUCAGGUUAAGUACUUAAUUCGUUCCGGAGGUCUGUUCUUAAACUGAAACUGUUCUUAACCUGAAGCACCACUUUAGCUAAUGGGGCCUCCUGCUGCUGCCGCGCCGCCGGAGCCUGAUUUCUGUUCUUAUCCUGAAGCAAAGUUCUUAACCUGAAGCACUAUUUCUGGGUUAGCGGAGUCUGUAACCUGAAGCGUCUGUAAUCUGAAGCGUAUGUAACCCAAGGUACCACUGUAUCGGGAAACAAAAUAACACACUGCCACCCAAAGAAUAGCAACGUCAGUGCUAAACAAGUCUUUUUUUGUGAAACUUUCCAACGACAAAGAUCACUAGAGAAAUCUCUACCCACCCAUUCAUUAUAGGAAGCAGGGACUUGUAGAAAGGCUGCAUGGCAGAUCUUAACAUCACGGCAGGUUUGUGUAUUUGGAUCUGAACCGCCUUAAUGGGGAAACCUUCUGGGAUAGGCAGAUUAAAAUAUUGUAAAAUGGUUGACCCUGUGGAGCUUGUGCAUCUUCCAGUGAUGUUUAAUGGAGCUUUUAUUUUGAAACAGAGGACACGCAGAAUUGUCACAUAAGAAAAUAGUCUCCUUUAAAAUAAAACAAAAUCUUGGAUAUUUCCUUUCCCCUGCAUUCUAUUUAAAAAUAUAUAUUUUUUCCUGGUAAAAUGUCUGCAUUUAGUUGAAAAAUGCCACUCAUUUAGCAUAGGAUCAAAAGCUCACUGACUCCUGUCGCUUAGGGGAAUUUUCUUGCAAUGAUAUCACUACUUUGCAGGAAAUUUGACACACAUAUUUACAUUCAUGGAAUAUUAGCCAGCUUUUGGUUAGAAAACAACAAUGGUGAAUGAACUGUUAGCGAAAGUUAUUUAUUGACCUUGGUACAUUUCCAUAAUAUAUUAUGAUCAUUAUUCCAAGCCUACGAGGUAGCUAAUUUUUAGCUUAGAUGGCAAGCAAAGACUGACAGUGAGUUGAGCAACAUCCAAUUAGUCCCUGCUUCAUCUGGGACUUGAACUUAGGCCUCCUAGAUUUUCAAGCUUAAUAUGUUGUCCACUAGACUAUGCUCAUUAUACCAAACUUAAAUUGCUUUUCAGGAUUCCUGCACUAUGAAGACCUUGUUAGCUGUGUAUCUAAGGCAGAGGCAGAUGCAGCAAGCCUAAUUGUUAAGGAAUCUGUGCAGAGAUUUUCCCCCAGUGCUUUGGUAACUUUGACUGGUGGUUUCAGAAGGUAUGUAUAAUGAACCAUGAGCCCUUUGGCCACCUUUGAUUUGUGGGACAUCAUGUCCCAAAGGGUGACGUGGGGGGUAAAGCUCUCUUGGGACCAAUCUCACAUACUGUCCAUCCUCCGAGGCCUCAAUAAAGCUGCCCCCCACCAGUCAUCCUUCCCCCGCUCCAAAAACCAGGUCAUUAAAAGCUUCCAUUGUCCAGGUAUCUACUGCCCAUAGGGUGUUGCAUUUGCGUUUUGGGGACCCAUCACCACCCCGAUUCCAACUGCCUCCUGAUAAGAAUUCUCAUCCUCUGUGCGCAUCUAGCUACAACACUGGGGGGAUGGGGAGGGGAAGACUCAGAGGAGGGAUGGGGAGAAGGACUCUGCAAAAGUGCAUUUGAGUUUUUGCAUGUGUUCACUUAGAAAGCUCACAUAGAUUCAACCAACCCUUUCGUGGCAAGCGGCGGGAAGCUAUCACGUCUAUUUUGGCCCUCAAUCUAAAUACCUAGCAGUGUAUAGAAGCAACACGUACACCUGUCUCAGAGGCAGGACAGAUUGAGGGCAACACUCUCGAAGCAGCUCUGAAGGCUGGAGUGACCUCUCUGAGACAGAUAUGUCUAUUGCUGCAAUGUUAUAUUUUAUUCAGACAUGUGCGUGAUUCCUAGGAUUGCUUCUCUGUUAUUUAAAUGAUUUCUCCCCUAUAUUGCUUUUUUUGACAAGGGAAUACAGACACUACUUAGUAGCCUGAUAAUCCCCAAAGUAUUAAUCUUCAGGAAAAUUGAUCUGAAGCCCAAGACAGUUUGUUAAUGGGUGGAUCAUUGUUUCCUAGUUGUAUUAGAAAGAGGGGCGUGUUUUCUGUAAAUCUGCUGUCUUAUCAGCACAGUGAAGACGUGAUUGCUGUUUGUUUUUCUGUUUUGUACCUUUUGAAGUACAUUUAUAUGAAAGUGAAGCAUAUAUUACUCAUCCAACUUUCUUCCCCAAGGUUCUUACACAUGCCACAUCAACAAAACAUGACAGCAGAAGCUAAGAUAGUUCUCUGCAAUCUGUUCAGCCCAUGUGUUGCAUUUUUAUAUCUUGAGGUUUAACUGUAUAUCUCUGCUUUGCAAAGAGCUGAGUUUUAGCUAAGUGUUUGUCAGAGUUGGAAAUUAAUGUUUUGCCAGUUGUUCCAUGGUGGUACUGACCUGUCAUCUUGUUUGUGGUGAAGAAAUCCAGCAAUAAUUUCAGCACUGAUUUUAACAUUCAACCACUUUCCAUGCUAUACUAUUCCAAAAGUGUCAUGUUAAUUGUCCCUAAGUAGCGCUGAAGUAUGGUUCCUUCUCUUGCCAACAUUUCCUUCACAUGAAAGGUCACUCCAGAGAGGCAGAGACUUCAGGUGAUAAGAUAAAACAUGGCUAGUUCUUCAACCAGAGGUCACUGCCUUUUAAAAAAGGAGGGAAAUGGGUUAUUGACAGUAAUCUGACACUUUUUUUUUUUUACAUCUUUUCACAUGAGUCAGCUAUCAGGCCACACUGCUCAGUUCAGAAGCCACAAAACUUUUCAGCAGAGGCAAUUUCUAACCAAACCAAUCAUUUCUACUUUCUUAAAUGCCUACAUACAAAACAAGCUGGUUUUUCACUGACCUGAAGUGAAAUGCAGCUUAUGUCAGCCACAGGUUAGCUCUUAUUCAUAACAAAUAAAAUAUGGCAAGCAGAUAUGAAACACAAAUCUAUGGACAGUAAAUAACACCAAAAUAGAUUUACAUUGAAAUAUAAUGCCUUAAUUGGUUUGUGCAUUGCAGCCUGAGUCAAGUACAGAAAGCAAGCAGGUUCAAAGUAAAUCUGAAUCUAGAAAGCUAUGUGAAUAAUGCACCACUUCACAAUUCUCAGGUGAAGUAUUAAUCUUUCAGCUGAAGUCAUUGGAACUUACUCCCCAGAAUGCAUGCUUACGAUUUCAGACUUGGGCCAUAAUUCUGAAAUCACUUAUCUAGAAGUAAUCACUACUGAAGUCAGUGGACUUUACUUCUGAGUAAAGGUAAAGGUAAAGGGACCCCUGACCAUUAGGUCCAGUCGUGGCCGACUCUGGGGUUGCGGCGCUCAUCUCGCUUUAUCGGCCAAGGGAGCCAGCAUACAGCGUCCGGGUCAUGUGGCCAGCAUGACUAAGCCGCUUCUAGCAAACCAGAGCAGCGCACGGAAAUGCCGUUUACCUUCCCGCUGGAGUGGUACCUAUUUAUCUACUUGUGCUUUGACAUGCUUUUGAACUGCUAGGUGGGCUGGAGCAGGGACCGAGCAACGGUAGCUCACCCUGUCGUGGGGAUUCGAACCGCGACCUUCCGAUCAGCAAGCCCUGGGCCCUGUGGUUUAGACCACAGAGCCACCCGCGUCCCUCUUACUUCUGAGUAGACGUGGACAAAUAUGUCAUUGUUGUUUCUUAUUUUUCCAGUCCACAUUUCCAUACCGGCUUGUGAUUUAAAAAAAAACACCGUCAUGAAUAUUCAUUAGUAUUUCAGUGUGAAUCUCUCCUAACGUACAUAUGUUUCAUGGCAUUUUGCCUAAUAAUACCCUUUUUUUCCAAAGCAGUUUCCCUUAUUACAAUGUAUUUGUGUAUAUGAAUUUCACUAACAUAUGCAUUUUUGUGCAAUCUUUGCCCUAGUAUAUGCACUUUUGUACACAUUAUUUGACUGGAGAACUGCAUUGCAAAAUCAGCGGGAGCACAAAUUUUGAAGGCUGACUGUGCUUUGCUUUGCUUAUUGUUUCAAAAAGUACGAAUUAGGCUGGUUUGCCUUUCAAUGCAAACUGAAUCUAAUCUCCCCCUGCCCUACUUAUGAGUAAAUGUGGUUGGGAUUAGCCUACAUGAAAGUUGUACUUUUACUUGUGCAUGUGUAGUGGAAAUAAAAACCCAGCUGAAUUUCAAAUGUUCUUUCCCCCCCUCUUGUGAUUUGCAACUUUUAGCUUGUGUGUGUCUGGUGUACCAGGCUGGGAGAUGAUAAAAAUGCCUUUCAGCAAUCACACUUGUAUCUGGGUGAUUUUUGAAAAACAAAUGGCAAAGCAGAAAGUCUUGUGUAAAUUUAGAACAGCUGUGAUAAAAGACUAAAUAUAUCUCCUGUUUUUCCACCCACACCGUCAAUGGGAAUGCAUUUUAUUGUUUAUUUAUUAAGGCUGUUGAACAAAGCAGAUCAGUGGACACAUUUUGUUAAGAAUCAGCACAUGAUUUUAUGAGUUAUCAAUGUGGACUGCCACAUAUUAUGUACUGCUGCUGUAGAAUAAUAGGUAGGUACCACCUUAUCCCAAACAAGAAGUGUAAGACUUUAAACCUGUCACUAAGGAAGCUUUGUUUAUUUCUCACUCUUAAAACAAUAUUAAGGCAUCCCUUCUCUUUCAAGGCUAAUUUGGAACAAAGGCAAAGCCUAGGACUUUCUCAACUUGGUGCUCUCCUGGUGUUUUGAACUCCCAAUUCCCAUCAUUCCUGGCUAUUGGCGAUAUGGGCUGAUGGGAAUUGUAGUCCAAACUAUCUGAAGGACUCUGGGUUGGGAAAGGCUGCUUUAGAGAUUAAAGGAGUACCGCCUGCCAUAUAUCACUCAGCCAAAAUAGUAUAGAUCUAAAGUAAAUCGUUGGCUGAAAACCAUCUCAGUCAGGGAGGUAAGUCUGCAUGGGACUUGGAUGUUAACACAGUAAACGAUGUUGCCACUUUGUACCUAGCUGUGAUUUCUCUACGCCUUUUCCUUUGUCUGAAACAUUAGCUGUAAUAAAGGAAAAGAGAAUUUGCACUGAGAUGCUCAAGUGCAAAUGGCAGUAAUUUUUGUAGAUUUCUUCACUGUGCAGUUCUGGGGAUGACAGCUGUUAUUUCCUGGUUUUUUUGGUGGGAACAAAUCUACUUUAAGGGAGCAUUGUGGUAAUUUUGCUGCAUGGAUGCUUGAGACAAUCAGUUGGUUUGUACAUUCUCUAACUUAAACAAAUCCUAGUGGGAUUUGGCUGUUCUGUGAAGGACAGAGGCUAAGAAGAGCCUUUGGACAUGUUCCAUGCCCUCAGUUCUGCCUCUGGUAGACGACUCCGCUGCACAUCAGGGAUUCCCCCCAGGGACCAUACCAAUCCAUUCCGUCAUAUAACCCACCGAAAAUACAUUCAGACUCAGUCUAGAGAGUUCUUUGCAGAUGCAUUUAAUAGAACUUGCUGAUCUGGUGCGUCUUCAAAAAUUUACUACGAGAGAAUUGAGUGACAUGUUAUGCAGUGAGCUAUAUGAGCAGCAUCAGACAAACUCUGAAUGAUGAGACAAGCUCAAAAGAGACAUGUGCACAAGACAAGGGCAUGUGCUAAUUUGGUGCUUCCAGACCACCUAAAUCACAUGCGCUCUGUGUUCUUGAGCCGCUGCCUGUUUGAGAGUUGACAUCAUUGACCUAGUGCAAACAGCGCGAUGCACGUUACCUAUGCUGCCUUUGUGGUGUUGCCUGCAUAGGUAAAGGUAAAGGGACCCCUGACCAUUAGGUCCAGUCGUGGCCGACUCUGGGGUUGUGGUGCUCAUCUCGCUUUACUGGCCAAGGGAGCCGGUGUACAGCUUCCGGGUCAUGUGGCCAGCAUGACUAAGCCGCUUCUGACGAAGCAGAGCAGUGCACGGAAAUGCCGUUUACCUUCCCGCUGAAGUGGUACCUAUUUAUCUACUUGCAUUUUGACGUCCUUUCGAACUGCUAGGUUGGCAGGAGCAGGGACCGAGCAACGGGAGCUCACCCCGUCGCGGGGAUUCGAACCGCCGACCUUCUGAUUGGCAAAGUCCUAGGUUCUGUCUCUUUUGAGCUUGUCUCAUCAUUCAUUCUUGAGCCGCUGCCUGUUUGAGAGUUGACAUUAUUGACCUAGUGCAAACACCGCGAUGCACCAAAAUGCAGUAUUUGUGUGUGUUUAUCUAAGGAAAAAGAAAACCCUAUCCUAGCACCAUUGUCCACGCCAGAUGUUGGGAGACCCUUAAGCAAGAUAUCCUCAGUGAGGUUCCCUCCAUGAAUGGGUGCAUCUAUUUCCUACGGUCACUACCUGCCCUCUCUCUCCUGGCCCAGAAGGAGAAAUACUUCUCCUUCUUGCUCCUAUUACUGCUCAAAUACUUAGAGACGACAGGUGAACAGGCAGCAACAGAUGGAGUGUUGGCCUCAGGUACUGCUCAGCAAUGCUGAACCCUAAUGUAGGUCCACACAGCUGCUCAUCACUCAGGAACUGCCUUGUUAAUUAUUGCUAAAAGAAUGAUAACUUCUGGAAGAAAAAUGUGUGUUGAAAGUGUAUACAUUUAAUCCUGGAAGCAUGCAUUGAAGUUUUCACUCGGCUACUUCCACUUUGCAUUUGACACAUUACACAAUUAACCAUGUAAAUGGUUGUUGUGAUUUGUUUAUUGUGGGUUCAGUCUAGAACAGCUGUGUGAUACGUGUGAUCCUCCAGGGAGAGAGAGACUCUGUGUACUGACCGGCACUUUCAUUGAAAACAUCCAAGGGCUUAUCUGCUCUUCCUCUUGUCCCACUGCUUUCCCCUGUAGAAAGCAGCUCUUUGGUGCUCAUUUGGAGCAAACAGCAAUCAGAUUUUCAGCAAAUUACCGGGCUAAAGAGUCUGUUUUCCCUGGGACAGGAGCAGGGCAAAGGAAAAACUCCUUGGACCUUUGCUUUCUAGGCACAGGACAAGCAGAAAUUUGGAUGAACCCUAAGUAAACUUCCUAGAACUGAGCUUUCCGGGAGGGGGCUGAUCCUGGCACCUCUCUUGUAAGAGAGGUGCAUUGCACCCUGCCCUACAGCUCCUUCUUUCUUGUCCUUCAGUGGUAGAGAGAAGGAAGUUAAGCUGUGAUUCUGCUGGGAACCAGCCAGGAUCAGAGUUAAGCACCGUCUUCUAAGGGAAGAGAGAAGAAAGCUGAGCUCCUUUCAUUCUGAAAACCCUCUAAAUCUGGGAUGGGGAAUGGACUUCAGCUUCUAUUAUCCAUGGCCAUUGGCCAAGCUGGCUAGGGAGCAACAUCUGGAGGACUCCAGUUUCUCCAUCCUUGUUCUUGGGUCAGAUCUUGGCUUCCAUUUCCCACAGGAGAGCGAUGAAGAACAGGGAACUGAGAUUAACCAUGCUUUUGCAACCUCUAGUACAUCUAGGAUUUUCUGUUAGGUAUUUAAGUGCAUUCAAAAUUUAUCAGAAUCUUAUAAACCACUUUGUUUAUUGUUGACUAGAACCCAAAGCAGUUUUCAUAAAAGUGCACAUCAAUAAUAACAAAAUCAAUAAAAUACCAUGAAAAUAUAAUAUUAAUAAAUGACACUAAAAGGUGACACUUUCAUCUUCAGGCAGUUAGUACAGGAUUCAGUGACUGUCAUACUGGAAGCUUAUUCCAUUUCAUACUGGAGAAGUUGCAGUCCCUUGCAUGCUAACAUAAUUCACUGGCAUUCUUUAAUGCUCUUUGUCACAAGCAAGCUGAUAGAUGUUUAUUACUGCCCAGACGUCUUCAAAAGCUCUACAAGGGACUGGCUGCCGAUUAAUGUGACCCUUACAAGUGAGACACACACUUGUUGGCAAUUAUCUUCAAUGCAUAACUGCCCAUCUCUGUGGUCUCCUGUGGCGUCUCAAAGAGUGUUGGUGAUGAUAUGCAAACAAGGAUGGCAAAGCAAUAACAGGAAAUGGAGUGGAGUGAAUGAAAUGGGUCUAAAAAAAGAAAAGAGAGCUCUCCUUGUGAGUAGUUCAUGUGAAUGCAUUCAUCUGCAUACCGCAUAAGAGCAAGCUGUCAAAUACCCACAGGAGCCAAUGAAGUUAUCACCUUUGAUUCUUUCUAUAAUUUUUCUUUUAAGGUCACGCAUCAUCAUUUUUCCUACAUGAGGGCCAUCCACUUGACAACUCCGGGCUUCUAAAUUAUACGGACAUAUUUUUAGAAAGCCUGCCAUUGCAUAAAACCAAAAUGUUAAUGGCAUUGCUAAGUCAAAUUAAAUUUUAAUGGCCCUGGUUUAAUUUUUCUUUUAGCCCGUUCACAUCCUUUAAAUAGCAUUUAAUGUGAUUCAGUCGACUUUAAUACCGGCAGCUGACCUGAAUAGCCUUUUCAAUUAGCCUUUUUAGGUGAAGCAAAUCUGAUACGUUUUAAAUAAAUAAAGAUAGUUUUUAUUAUUGGUUAAAUGCCAAUAUUCAUGGCUCAUUUAAUCCAUUUAUUAAGAAGCAAUGUCAAAAGAAUAGCACUUCUUGUGGAGAUCCCUGUUUUAGUGAAUGAACUCCUGGUAGGGGGGGAAAGGGAUCUCUAUGUGUCUGUUGAGUAUGCAAAGGAAAUAGCCUGUUAAAUGUUAUUAAAAGAAAAUGAUUUGCUCAAUUAAAAUCACUUGACGAACGUGAAUGGGAAACAACAAGUUAACAAUGCAAAGAGCUGUGAUUAGCUUUUCUUUCUUUUUAUACCUUGCGUAUAGUGCAAUCUCAAAACAAAGUUAGAACUUCGCCUGUGGUCUCUAUAGCCAACUAUUCUGUGUUCAUGUAAUACGAUUUAAUAGAAUAUCUUCACAGCCAAUUCAAGCGCUUUAAAGACACAUAGGCUUAUAAAUAAUGGCAUUAUGGUGAUACUUUGAGAGAGCAACUGCAACCCUUUGGUGUGUUCAGCACCAUCUUUGAUUUGUUCACAAUAAUGUUGUUUCAGCUUUAUUUUAAUUUCUCUGUGACAGGCUCUCAAAACCAUCUGUACAAAGUGGAGACUCCUACUGAGAUAAAACCUUCACUGUACUUAGAAGUAGGGAUAGUGAGAGAAAUAUAAGCCUGAAUAUCAAGCAGGGAAAUCAACAACCCUAAUUCUGACAUGAUGGAGUUCUCUCUCUUUGCCUGUGUAAGCAUGUCGAAAGGACUAUGACUUCGCUGCACUGAAGUCUGACAUAAUGCCAUUUUUGUGUAACUAUUGCUAUUGUUGUUUGACUAGCUGCAGUAGUCGCAUAUAAAAACAAUUUUUUAUAAUUCUUAUGAAUUUCUGGACCUACCAAACCAAGUAAAAGAGCUUUUGGGGUUUUUUUUGGAAAUGUAUAUUUCAACAUUUUUAAAAUUUCAUUGUAAAUCACGAAAAGUCUUUUACUUUUUUACAUUCCCACCACAUAUUGCCCUCCUUUUCUUUACAUUUCCGACAUUUAUUAUUUGUUUUGUAAAUCUUGGCUAGUUUUACUGGUGUUUUACAUAUAUACCAUCUGCACAUCAUUUUCAUUAUAUUUUCUUUUCAUGCACUGCAAGCAGUGAAAUUUAUUCCCUCUUCUUUCAUGCUGCCUUUGAUCCCGGAGGCAGUACAGAGCCUGAUGGUCUUGCCUGCCAUGAUUUUGUCUGAUCCUCCUUUUAAAGCAGCCCAAGUUGGUGGAGCAAAUGGAGAUGGUGGAGAGUAGAGCUGAAAUCAAUGGAUUAAAGUUACAAGAAAUGGGCUUUGUAUUGAACAUUUAGGAUGAACUUUCUGAUGCUGGCACAAACAGUUUGACAGUGGGGGGAAAACCUCCACCAGAAUGUGGUGGUCUUUUUCUUCAUGAGAGGUUUCUAAGUAGAGGUAGAAUGCAACCUAUCAGGGAUGCUACAGCAGAGGUGACAGAAGUUGUGCAUUUGUGCAUUGACAGAAGUUCAGAUUAGAUACCCUUUGAGGAACUCUGAUUGUAUCUGGGAUAUUUUGGCUCAGCCAUAGGAAGAACCCAGGCAGUAUUCAUGGGCAGCUUCUUAUCAACCAUGUUUGCCUACACUUUUGUAUUGCAAUGGAAAAGAAAGUAUUCAGCAGGCAACAAGCAACAUAUCAGCCAUGCUCAUUUGCUUUGAGACAUUUAUCUUCUCAGAUGUUACACUCUGCUGUUACUUAAACUCACUUGCCCCCAGGCACUAUUAGAAUGUGUGGUGCACUAAAGGUGGUUUGGUGGUUCUGCAGCUAAAGUAUAUGUCAAUCGUACUAAAACUGAAUUAUUGAGAUGAAUUUAAGUGCUAGAAUUUCUGUUUCAAAUACUGAGUGUCUGCUGAUCAUGUGUUCCGAUAAUUUAUGAUGAGUGACUGCCAAGGCAGAUGUGAAAAUAUCUGAAUUACAUAAAAAUGUUGUUCUUAUUUAAAGAGAGACUGCACAAGCAAUUGUUGCCUGACAUUAAAAUGGAAGGGGAUCAUUCUGAAGAAUGUACCACUUUCAAAUCUGUGGGAGGAAUGUCAAGAUGUUCUAUACAAACCAACCUCAGCCAAGAUCAAUGAUGGGAUUAGCAGUAUUUUGCAACAGAAUUGUUAUCAAAUGGUUUUCUAGUAAUCUGAAGAGGGCAGUGGUCUUCUGUUCAUUUCUCCUUUUACAUGCUUGUAGCCUCAGCAGAGUUAUUUUGUCUAAGAAUGAGACAGUGAGAAAUUCUGCAAGUUUUUCAAGAAGGAAAGUGGAGAUCCAGAGCUUUUGAUUUUUCAGGGCAUGCACUUUAUUAUUUAUAGGAUCAAAUCAAAGACUAAAGAUUAUUGAGGUUUUAAGCGAUAGGCUUACUGUAUCUCACACAUCUCUUGGAUGGAGGGCGUUAGUCCAUACAGUGACCAAAGCUCUUCCAGGAGUUCCCAUUAAAAUUUCAUUCAAUAAGUAAUCUUGGCUGAAAAGGUGUCAGAAAAAUGUAGGCCUUUAAAAGUACCAAAACGAAGAGUAGUGGUUGUGGGGAUUCACCAGGGAGCUUUUUGGGGCUCUGUGCCCCUUGUUUGACUAUUAUAGGGUGUGAGAGUGCAUGCACAAUGUUGUGGCAAGGUUUAUGCAUACAACUAAUGUAAAUAACGUAACAUAAUGCUUGUCUGACAGACUGCAAAGACUUUAAAAGCAUAGUCGUGCUCUGAACUCAAACAGCAAUCCUAUAUCACCUACCUGGGAAUGAGUCCCAUUUGAUCAUGAGUAGGCAUUCAUACAAUUGCAUGUUAAAGUGGUUAAGCAGUCAUUCCACUCUUUGGGGAAACCAUAACAGCUAAACCUGCAUAGUCUUAGCUCAGAGGCAGAACUUAUGCUUUGCACACAAAAGGGUCUCAGGUUCAAUCCCUGCUAUGAAAGACCAUUGCAUGAUAUCCUGGAGAGCCACCACUAUACCAGAUGGAGCUGGUAGACAGCUGUCCUGGACACAGAAUUGAUCUGCACCUCCAUGGACAGCUGUGAGUCCAAUAUGACUCCCAGGCUGCACACCUGAUCCUUCAGGGGCACAGUUACCCCAUUCAGGACCAGGGAGUCUUCUGCACCUGCCUGCCCCCUGUCCCCCCAAAACGGUACUUCUGUCUUGUAAGGAUUCAGCCUCAGUCUGUUAGCCGCUAUCCAUCUUCCAACCGCUUCCAGACACUCACACAGGACCUUCACCGCCUUCACUGGUUCUGAUUUAAAAGAGAGGUAGAGCUGGGUAUCAUCCACAUAUUGAUGAACACCCAGUCCAAACCCCCUGAUGAUCUCUUCCAGCUGCUUCAUAUAGAUGUUGAAAAGCAUGGGGGAGAGGAUGGAACCAUGAAGCACCCCACAAGUGAGAGCCCAGGGGUCUGAACACUCAUCCCCCAACACCACUUUCUGGACACGGCCAAGGAGGAAGGAGUGGAGCCACUGUAUAACAGUGCCCCCAGCUCCCAGCCCCUCUAGACGGUCCAGAAGGAUGUUAUGGUCAAUGGUAUCAAAGCCACUGAGCGAUCCAGCAGAACUAAGAAACAGCUUUCACCUAAGAGGACAAAUGGUCUGAUUUGGUACAAGGCAGCUUCCUAUGUUCCAUAGUUUGAUCCUAUACAACUGUAAGAACAGACAAUACAAUGGAAGAUUAUUGGAAUGUUCCAACUGCUAAAUGGACACGGUGGGGGGGAAUGAAACAGAUUUACACAUCUUUGGGUUCUAAAUUUGGCAACUGAUAUUCAAGGUCCUCAAAUCCAGGAUGGGCAAAAGGUAGAUAGAUAGGUAGAUCUCUGCUGAGUGAUUUGCAAUAGAUCAGCAAGGGUUUUGUAGAUCAAUAGGCUGUCUCCCAGUCAGGUACUGACUACACCCAGACCAGCUUAAUUUCUGCAAGGUGACUGCAUCAUGUGCCCUCUUGAUUCCAAAUCAAUGGGUUGUAUGCAAUACAGCUCUAGUUUAAAUUCACUUAGCAGUAUACUUUUUCCACUGGUGAAAUGUUUGGUGCUAGUGGUGAGCAAAAGGUUGCUGGUAACUUUGCUGUGCAAUGGAUUGCACAGUCUGCUGUGCAGCUAGCCCAGGAAUUCUUGCACAAGCAGACCCAGAACGUCAGAUAAGGCCCAACAUAAAUAGCUUUUUUAUUUUUUUAAUGAUUCUCCUCCAUGGCUGGUCUUGUGCUAAUUGCUUCUCUCUCACCAUCGGUACCCCUCUCCUGUAAAAAUAAGAGUCACAAUUGGUUGCCUUUGACCAAGGCUCUGUGCAGCUCUGCUGGUGAGUCAUAGCAUUUGCACAUGUUGGAAUAUCUGAUGUUAAUAAUUCAGAUGUGGUUAAUGUGCUUGUAUGUGCAGGCCAACCCAGUGUAUGGCUCAUGUGGUGCCGGAGGUCAUUGGCUUCCCCACCCCCCCGAGCCACUAUUAUGCACUUGGCUGUGGGUGUCAGAUACUGGAGUUCUAGUAAAAAAUGAAGUAGAUCCUGCAAGCUUGUAUCCUGCCCAUCCCUGCUUCAAAUGGCAAUCUUUCCUUCCUUCCUUCCCUCCUCCUCCUCCUGCUCUUGUGCUUUUAGGGGCUGCAAAAUUUGCCUUAUUGGUAAUCCUCAGCCGUGUCCUGGUAAUGGGAUGAUGUGCAAUUUGGAGAAGCAGAAUAGGAAAUGCCACCUUUUUUUCGAGCCAAUGGCUCCAGAACCCCAUCAGCAGUAGCCUUUAGUAGCAAAGUCACCACCCUUAACAUUGUUCUUACUCGCUGGGACUGAUUAAGAGAGUUAAUUGUCAAGAACGGGCAAACUUAAUGUUUAAGUUCCCUAAUCAAAAGUAGCAGCAAGCUGGCAUCUCUUCUUUGUUUCUGAUCUAUCUACCAUUUACACUUUACAAACCCUCUCAUCUUUAAAUAGCAUUGUUUAUUCCUUCCCCUGAGCAAUGCAAGCAAAAAGCUUGACAUGUUCUUGCUAUUCUAGGGCUGUUUUGUUCCUCUUUCAUCUUAUGUAUAAAUACAUUCCUUCUUCAGUGUCAAUAUUUUAUUUCUGUAGGGUUGUGGAGGCUUUGCAAGAAAAAUAGUUUCCUUGAGUAGGGAAUUUGCUUCCAACAAUAGGCCUACUCAGAGUAGACCCACUGAAAUUAAUUGUCACAACUAACUUAGGUCCAUUAAUUGCAAUGGGUCUGCUCUGAGUAUAUGGAUGCAACUCUAUCUUCCCAUGUUUUAAAUAGUAAAUAGGUAUCAUAGCCUCAAUGGUCAGAUUGCUCAUUUUUGCUCAGAUUUGCCCAUAAUCACAGCUGGCCUGCCAUUAGGCAGAAUGAAGUACAGUAGCUACCUCAGGCAGUGGGGCAUGGAGAAGUGGAGAGGUGUUAGAGGCUGAGCUGGUGCAAGACACUCUGACACCUGAUGCCACCUCUGUCUCCUGGCUGCCCUUGAACACUGUCAUCCUCCUUUUUGUCAGGGCCGGCCUUAUCGUUAGGCAGAAUGAGGCAGCUGCUUCAGGCAGCAGAGGACUUGGGAGACAAGGUGGGAUUGAGAGUGGCUGCCUUCAGAUGCAAUACAGAGCACUGUUAGAUCAUCAGUGCCGAAGUAAGAUUCAUCUGCCAGUCCAUUUAGUUUCUGAAUGUGGAAAGGAAGAGGUGUCACUGUGUCCUUUGCCUCAGGUAACAAAAUGUCCUGACCCGGCCCUGUUCAUUGCUUUUGUCACUGCAGCAGCACUGAGCGUGCUGAGGCUCUCCAGAGCUUCACAUCGAACAGUAUCUUGCUGUAGUGAUACACCAGAUGCUGAAGGAUUAUUUAAAGCUUAAUAGUAGUAAACUAUUUACUACUUGAAGCCGUAUUUACCAUGUUAGAGUGAAGGAGGCACUCUGCUGAGCCACCUCACAUAUACAGUCAUACCUUGAUUCUCAAAUGCCUUGAUACUUGUACAUUUUGGAUCCCGAACGCCAAAAACUCAGAAGUAAGUGCUCUGGUUUUCGAACAUUCUUUGGACCCUGAACAUCCAACAUGGUUUCCACGGCUUCCGAUUGAGUGCAGGAAGCUCCUGCAGCCAAUCGAAAGCUGCGCCUUAGUUUUCGAAUGUUUUCGGAAGUCAAACAGACUUCUGGAAUGGAUUACAUUCAAGAACCAAGGCACGACUGUAAUAGCAAGGAGUGGGUGACCCAGCACCACUAAAAAAACUAUGUAAGAGUCCCACUGAUCACUUUGAUGAAAUGGCAGCAGCGUUCCUAGUGCUAAACUGUGGUGGCUGGCUGGCCAGGCAAAUCCACUGGUUUUCCCAGUCUGCCACCUGAGCAAAGAUCUCUGUUUGAUUAACAGGUGGGCCAGCCCUGCUUGGAAAACAGAGCUGCAUUCCUGAGCAGGCCUGUUGCCCUUAGGUAUGGUUGCGUGAAUGCUUUCGUAGUGGCAGUGAAAUAAGAUACAACUGGCUGUCCUGUCAGUUUCUGUAUAUGGAAAGGGACAGAUUCAAUUUUUUCCAUUGCUUCCAUUGCAUUGGAAAAUACUUAGCCUGGCCUGGGUCCAACCUUCCACAUUCAGAAUACAACAGAAACCCUGAAUUUUAGUAAUGUGUACAUGCAUUCUGUACAGACACUGUUCUAACUCCCUGGUAAUACUUUAAAGAAGGAUACGUUCGCGUAAGUUUUGGACAUUGCAAAUAAGCAGUGCCAGCUUUCUACAUGAUGAAUUCUGCAUUCAUCUUCAGAUAUCGCCUGGACAGCUUUGUGAUACAAGACCUUUUGGGGAUAUUACAAAACAAGCAGGACCAGAUGAGUGUGGAAGAAGGCUGUUUGCAAUAUUUGAAACAACUGUACAAAGAGAAUAAGGGGGAAGAGAGAAUAAGUCUCAAAGAAGUCUUAGCAAUGUUUCAGUGAAACCAAUUUGCUGGUAGAUCCAUAUGGAUGAAUUUAAUUGUGACCUCCGAGAGCAACAGCAAUUUAAAGGAAAUGAUUCACACAAAUCAAAUUAGCAUGGUGCGGAAGCCACAACAAUUACAUUCCGUACAAAAAUUCACCGGGAGUUCGUUUAUCAUCCAAUGUAUGAGACCUAAUUCCCAAGUCCCUCCAAAAUGUUAUGUUAUUUAUUUAUUUAACAACCUUCCUAUGCUGCUUAAAACCUCUAAGCUGUUUACAAAAGAUAUAAAAUGUAUAUUAAAAUUGUCAAUAAAAAUCAACUUUAAAAGCAAAACGAAGAAAAUCCACAGUUAAAAGUAUACACCGUAAGCUAAAGUUAUAGAAUAAAACACACAUCAGCUUUACCUGUCUGGGAAGGCUUGCCUAAACUGAAAUGUUUUUAGCAGGCACUGAAAAGAAUACAGCGAGGGCGUCUGGCUGAUAUCAAUGGGCAGGGUGUUCCACAGUGUAGGAGCUGCCUGCCACACUAAAAGAUUGAUUCCUUACAACUGUGGAAUGAACAUUUGUGACAGUUCCACAGAUUGCAGUGUUUGAGUGGGUCUAUAUGGGAUGAGGUCAUCUUUUGAUUAAUAAGACAGAUGUCAAAAAGUUAAGAAGAAGAGCCUUUUGCACCGGGCCAUCCAACAAUGAGGGGGGCGGGGUCAGAACAUUAAACCCCAAGAUUGUCUCUCAUUGCUCGUUUCAUAGCUUCAGCAAGCUUGGGUCUAUAGCAGCAGCCAACCACGGUCCCUGGUCUCUCGGUCCCUGGUCUCUGCCAGCCAAAGCGCAUUGAGUUCUGCUCACUUCCUGUUCAUCCUUCCAAGAAACCCCUGCCCCCCAAACCUCACCUCUUUUCCCCCUGUUGUGACAUCAUGACCGCUGUUACCCCGGCAACCUCCCCCUUGCAAUAGUAUUUCCUUCUGCUAACAGUGAGAGAAGAACUUCACCCUCUCCUUGUCUGCUGCUGAAUGUUUUGCAUUUCGUUAGGGAAAUAAAUAUUCCCACGUUCUUUGAUAGCACCCAUCUAACCCAAUCUCCUGAGGAAGAUGGCUUGACUUCAAGCCCCACAUUUACUAAUUUCAGAGAUUAUGGGGAAGAACUUGGCACUCAGGAAUUUUAGGGGAUCCUUGCUCCCUGCAAACCCACAACGCUACUUAGAUUGAAUCAUGAAGUCAUUUAAAAGAAUCUCUUAAAAAGUAAGAUCACCUUCACUGUACCAAAAAUGGUGGCCCAUUUCUGGAAGUAAAGAGGGAAAAAAACCCAUGAUGGAGCAUAUCAAAUUUCAGGCACCUAUUUAUUUUUUGGGGAAAAAAAGAAAGAAAGAAUAGGAGUGAAGGAAACAACCCAAAGUUUAGACAACUUAACUUUCCAAAACGAGUCCCUUUCAUGUCUCAUUGACUUCACCAGCUGUGUAAACAGCUGUGCACUCAUUACUGCCAUCCCUGCACCAAUUCAUAGCGAAAAGGAACACGAUUCCCAUUUUAUGUUAAAGGACUGUCCAACCGGUGUGAUUUUCUUCAUUUGGCUGAAUUUAAGUAAUCUGUUUUUCACUUCAGAGCACUUUAAUAGAAAAGCUGUCAUGUUUACAUAACUUCUACUACAAUUGCGCUGGAAGCCAAUAGCAACCAUUUUGCUUAUGGUUGGCUGAUUCUGAUGGGGCUGGUCCACUUCAGAUGAAUGCGAGAGCGAGAUUUGUAUUUUGGAUACCAGCAUAGAUGUCUAAAUAUAUUCUAUAUAUUCUGCUGGGUUUCCAUUUCCAUUCAAAAGAGGUGGCAGGACAUGAACGCAGAUAGAUCUUCUCUGUUCAUUAAAAGGAAUAGGAAAGCCCAGUUACACAGGAGCGCCCCGUUGCCUCAGAUCCAUCAGAGCAUGAACAGGACGAUGGAUUGACAGCAUUAUCUUUUGAAGGAUUAAAAACAACACUGCUAUGUUUGUUGACAUGCUAAAAUAGACGUGCAUUUAAAAAGAGCAUAUUAGAAGUUUCAGCGGUAAGUGAGACAAUGAAAUAAAUCAUUUCAAAACCUUCAAAGCAGACAGAGGGGGUUUGAGUUGAAAGCACACUUCCCCCAGCACAUCAGACUGCAUUAACCCAGCAAACAUUGCUGCCAUUAAGUAAUUUGUUACUUUUAUUAGAGCUUCGAUAAAUAAAAAUGUCUUCCUCCUCCUUCCUACGCAAUAGAGUAUCAUUGCUCAAACUUAUUUGUGUGUGUGAGAAAGAGAGAUUCUGAGUAAGGAGAAUAGAAAUAUAAUUCCAAAGCAAACAACUCUCUUUUGGAUAAUAAAAAUGGGAACUAGUAAAUUGAAAUUGCCUUGCUUCAAAAAACACACACCAAAAAACCCCUUUCUAGCAGUUGUUUAAAAAGUGCAACAAAUAGCAUUAUAAAACCAGAAUUUCAGAAUACAGAGCUUUCAUAAUUAAUAACCUGAAACACUGUCCACUUAUUUCAGUAAAUAAUUUUUAUGCAGCUGACCUUUCUCUUUUCCACAGCUACAUUAUUAAUGAAAGUGGAGCAAUCACUUGGUUAUUGUUUGAGCAAAUCUGGCUCUUCCCACUAAUCCAUUUUAUAAUUUAGUAACUUUGGUUAGCAGAUUAUGUAAAAAUAGUCUUUAAAUUAAGGCGUCUGCUGGUGAAAUUCUGAAUAAAAAGUAAUAAAAGCCUUAAAAAGGCAUUACUAGAUGUGUUCUACCAUUCCUUCUAACAUUAACAGCAAACUGAGGUAGCAGAGUGCCUAACUGUUUAGAAACAAAACUGGGCCACCAUAAAAUAAGGCAGUACUCUCCUCAUACUCAGGGGACUCCUGAGGUAAGCACAAGUAUUUUAGCUGAAAAGUUAAAACACACACUUUUUUUAACCUCACCAUAAUGAGCUGACAAGGACUUGUGAAUUUCCAGGAUUUGCAGAAUGCUGAUGAUAAUUGAGCCUAGAGAGAUUAAAAACAACAACCCUAGAGUAGCAUGUCCCACUCCCAGGAUACAGAAUUCUGGUUUAUUUUGCAAGGCACUCUUAUGCAGGCCUACUACCCAAGGAGUUCAGUGGGAUUUACUCCCAGGUGGGCGAUUAUUGGAAAUGGGAGAUGCUCAUAGUAAACAAAGGCAAACUCCAGGAUUUGAGUGCAGCUGUGUGUUUUGUGUUGUUUAGUUGUUUAGUCGUGUCCGACUCUUCGUGACCCCAUCGACCAGAGCAUGCCAGCUCUUGUUGAGCUGUAUAAUUACAUGGUUUGAGAGCAUGUGUACUUGAAGUUGUUGUUUAUUUAUCAUUACAUUUAUAUCCAACCUUUCCUCCAAGAAAGUAGAUGGUUCUUCUCCUCACCAUUUUAUCCUUGCAACAACAACAACAAGGUAGGUUAGGCUCAGAGACUGGCCCCAGGUCACCCACUGAGUUUCAUUGAUCAGUGAUCCCUCAAAUAAUUCAAUCAUCCCUCAAGUAAAUGGGUCCCAAGAUAUUAAGGACUUAAUAUCUUACUAAUCAACCAUCAGUAUGUAAACCUUGAGCUUGGUCGAUUAGUAAAUCUGCAGCCUGAGCAGAUCUUUGAACAGAACUAUAAUGUGCUGGUAGGAUCUCACUUCUGCCGGCUGUUAUGCUACAGAAUAAUUCUGCAUUCUGCACUAAUUGGAGUUUCAGCACCAAAACCAAGGGAGGUAACCCAGUCUUGAUGUUAUCAAUGCUUGGAUACUGUGGUCAAGCUAUCCCAGUCUAGAAAUAGCCACAGAAGUUGCACCAGAUGAACCUGGUGGAAGGCACUUUUAGCCACAAGGGGUCAACUGGACUUCUGGCAACAAAACUGGAUAAAGGAGCACCUCCCAAAUUGUGUACCUGCUGCUUCAGGGGGAUGGCAACCCCACUCAGGGCAAGCAGCUGACCCAUUUCUUGGACACAGGAACCACUCACCCGCAGAACCUGUGCUUUCCCAGUAUUCAAACUCAGUUUAUUUCCCUUGAUUCAGCCUAGCCCUGUAUCCAGGCACCAGUCCAAGCCCUGCACAGGCUUUCCUGAUUUAAAUGUUAUGGAGAAACAGAGCUGAGUGUCAUCAGCAUAGUGCUAGCACCUUGCUGCAGAUCUAAUGAGCACUCCAUAUAAAUACUAAAUAGUAUUCAUAUAUGGCUGCAUAAAAAUAGUAAAUCGUUCUGAGGAUAAAAUGGUGCACUUCAGCUCACAACAGUAAUAAUAAUAAUAAUUUAUUAUUUAUACUCCGCCCAUCUGGCUGAGUUUCCCCAGCCACUCUGGGCGGCUCCCAAUCAAGUGUUAAAAACAGUACAGCGUUAGAUAUGCAGUUGAAGAGCUCUUGACCUCAUAGGAAGAAGCAAAAUCACUGUAAGACAGUCCCCCAAUAACCAUCCCAUGGAACUGGUCCAUGAUCAACAGCAUCAAAACAACAGAGUGAUUGAGAAGCAGGGACAAGAGCUACUCCCUUUGUCCCAUUCUCAGUACAGGUAAUCCAUCAGGGUGACUGAGGCUGAUUUGGGCACAUGGCCAGGUCUGAACACAGAUCAGAAUUAAUCUGAAAUGAAAGGUCUGAAUUCUGGAUUGUCCAGUCUGUUUUAUCAUGUCACACAGGACAUUUCACCUAUUAGAAAAUUUGCUGCAGAGCGUGAGGAAAUGUGCUGACAGUUAUUUUGUGCGUGUAUGCAAAACCCAGAUAGAUGUUUUAAGACUAAGAAUUGCCGACUGUAUGCUCUUAACAUUUCAGCUGAGUACAGCUGGUCCCCGAAUAUGCAUCAAUAUUCACCGGGGUGUAUGUCUUUUAUUUAUAUAUUUAAACAAGUAGAAGGUUUCUGCCCCCCCAUCCCUUCAGCAUUGAUUGGCACUCACAAAAAUUUAUGCAUGCAGGAAGUUGCCAUGAUGUCAUUUGAAAUGCUUGAUUGGAAAGGAAUGCAAUUUACAAGAUCUGCCAAGACAGCAAAAGGAAAACUCGAGCCAUGUAUUUUAUGACUUCAUAUAAAACAGUGACAGAUUGGUAUGUUGCAUUUCAUAAGCUUUAAAAGCUUGAAAUUCUGUGGAUGGCUUCCAGGUACAGUUGUUUUAUUUACAUGAACCUGAGACUAGCAAGUCAAAGCUUAAGCACGGUGCUGGUUUUGGAUGGUAAAGUACUGGAGAGACUCCAGGAGAAUUAGGAAUUAUCCAGUCUGGAUAAUUUAGUAGUAGACUGGAGCUUUAGUGUUAAAACUUCAACUUGAACCAAAGCCCAAACAGGAGCAGCCUCCAGCAUUAGGCUAUAAUUAAAGAGCGUAACAUUUAUAUGCUUAAAGUAUGCACCUUUCAGUCUACAAUCAGCUUAGUCCCAGAUAAAAUGGCUGCCUAAGAAUCCUUUAUAAUUUUGCAUGUUGAAAUAAAUGUGAUGACUUUCUCCAGCUUUUGACCAUUUGAUUUAUAAAAAAGCUCUGGGUGAUACCCAGCUGUGGCAUCCCCACUUGUGCAACAGCUUACUAGUCUACUAGUGAAAAUCUCAUUCUUAGCUUAACAUAACAGCCAAAUCCAAUGGGCACGUUAACCCUUGCAAAAAGCAUUGUGCAGCUCCUAGUGAGACAGCAGCAAUGAUUAUAUUCAGUGACCGUGAAGCUUGCCUGCUCCCAUUUAUGCAAGAAUGUCAGUGCCCAAAACCGACUGCACUACCUUAAUGUUGGGUCUUGCCCUCCAGCUUUAGUAUUUCCUUUUUUCAAUUUCCCAACAUUUGUAUUCCACUGUGGAAGCCAAGGUGGCAUACUUGCCAUUUAUAUGUGGUAUUGUUAAUAAAUACCAUAUAGUACUCACACGUGUGCUGCCUUGGAUUCCACAGCGGAAUAUAAAUGUAAGAAAAUAAAUAAAUAAAAUAUGACUGCUAGAGGGUGAAUCCAGUGUAAUGUUAGUGCAGGAGGUUUAGAGAGCUGAUGUCAUUGUCACAGAGUGCAAGCUUUACUUAUUGCUAAGGUGGUAUUAAUAAAAAACAAAUUAUUUACACUUAGCUUUUGCCGAGAGGGAAAUAACAUAGGAGGUGGGUAUUUUAAAACUAAUUCUAGAAAAAAAAAUUGUUUAAUGCAAAAUUGGUUUUUGAUGGUACAUUAUUGUCUUCUACCGCAGAAUGCAAGAGCUGUUAAUGUACAGUGGUGCCUCGCAAGACGAAAUUAAUUCGUUCCGCAAGUUUUUUCUUCUUGCGAGUUUUUCGUCUUGCGAUGCACGGUUUCCCAUAGGAAUGCAUUGAAAAUCAAUUAAUGCGUUCCUAGGAAACCGACUUCAGACCAGGUCCGGGGACAGUCUGUCCCCGACCUCUUCUGAAGGCUGGGGGGGGACAAGGGCUUUCUUCCCACCCACCCCAGCAUUUUAAAAACCCGGGACAGCGGAGGGCUUCUCCGCUGUCCGGGCGAUCUUAAAAUGCUGGCGGGCGGCAUUUUAAAAUUGCCCCGGGACAGCGGAGGACUUCUCCGCUGUCCGGGGCAAUUCAAAGCCCCUGGGAAGGCAGGCAGGGGGACAAAGACUUUGCCCCCGCCAGCCUUCAGAAGAGGUCCUGGACCUCUUCUGAAGGUUGGCGGGGCGAAGUCUUGUCCCCCCACCUGCCUUCAAAAGCUGUCCAGCCAAGGCUUCGCGGACCUCUCCGCAAGCAGCGGCAGCACUGCCGCUGCUUGCGGAGAGUUGCCGGCAUGCCGAAGCCUGCGCGCGCUGAGAUCAGCGCGCCCAGGCUUCGCGGACCUCUCCGCGAGCAGCGGCUCAGCGCUGCCGCUGCUUGGGGAGUGUUGCCGGCAUGCCGAAGCCUGCGCGCGCUUAGAUCAGCGCGCCCAGGCUUCGCGGACCUCUCCGCGAGCAGCGGCAGCGCUGCCGCUGCUUGCGGAGAGUUGCCGGCAUGCCGAAGCCUGCGCGCGCUGAGAUCAGCGCGCCCAGGCUUCGCGGACCUCUCCGCGAGCAGCGGCAGCGCUGCCGCUGCUUGCGGAGAGUUGCCGGCAUGCCGAAGCCUGCGCGCGCUGAGAUCAGCGCGCCAGGCUUCGCGGACCUCUCCUGCCUUCAAAAGCAGUCCGGGAUAGCAGGGAAGCGCUUCCCGCUAUCCCGGACGGCUUUUAAAAUGCUGGCGGUGGGGAGCAAAGCCUUUCGGCCCCCGCCAGCCUUCCUGGACCUCUUCUGAAGGCCGGAGGGGGGGGGGAAGGCUUUGCUCCCCACCGCUAGCAUUUAAAAGAGGUCCCCGGAGAUUUCCCUAUGGGCUUUCGUCUUGCGAAGCAAGCCCAUAGGGAAAUUCGUUUUGCGAAGCGCCUCCAAAACGGAAAACCCUUUCGUCUAGCGGGUUUUCCGUCUUGCGAGGCGUUCGUCUUGCGGGGCACCACUGUACAUGAUAAUAUAUUUGUUUGUUCAGGUGUUAACGUUUUAAUUUGUCAAUGCUGAGUGGAAGAAAAUAGCUGCUUUUGACUCUGAAGAGAACAGCUUUUAAGUAGAAGUAGAAAUUAUGACCAAAUUUAAUCAUCAAAUAGAACCACUUUCAGUCAUUUUGGCACCCGCGGAGCAUUAAAAUAACAUUUCUGUUUUAUUAGUGAAGUCAUUCGUGCCCAUAUUCAGAUGGGUUGGUGCUGGUCACUUGUAUAGAAAAAGUGUGUGAGCCUAAAGGCAGAUAGAUAGAUAUAGUGAUUUGCAGCGCAAUCUUAUUCAGGUUUGCUUCUAAGCUGGUCCCCCCUGAGACUAUUAUCUAUCUAUCUAUCUAUCUAUCUAUCUAUCUAUCUAUCUGUCAUCUAUCUAUCUAUCUAUCUAUCAUCUAUCUAUCUAUUUAUCUCAUCUAUUUAAUACAGUGGUACCUCGAGUUACAAACACCUCAGGUUACAUACGCUUCAGGUUACAAACUCUGCUAACCUGGAAGAGUUACCUUGAGUUGAAAACUUUGCCCCAGGAUGAGAAUGGAAAUCAUGUGCCGGUGGCGCAGCGGCUGCAAGAGGCUCCAUUAGCGAAAGCACGCCUUUAGUUAAGAACAGUUUCAGGUUAAGAAUGGACCUCCAUUAAGAAUUAACGAAUUAAGUUCGUGUAUACUGCUCUUCAUCACAAGAUUUCAUGGCGCUUCACAGAAUAAAAUACAAGAUAAAAUACAAGUAAAAAAUUAAAAUAAAAACAACAAAACAAACCCCCCCCCCCACAAACAUUUAAAAGGCUGUAGAUAGAAUAUUAACCAGCCAAAGGCUUGGUUGAAGAGGAACAUUUUCGCCUGGCACCUAAAAAUAUAUAAUGAAGGCACCGGGUGAACCUUCCUGGGGUGAGCAUUCCACAAAUAGAGAGAAAGAGGUUUCUCUAUAGCAUCUAAGUGAUGGGAAUUCCAAGCUGCCCACCUGCAGACUGCAGUGUUGUUGUUGUGUUUGUUUUUAAAAAGCUACUUUUUAUUAAAGAUUUCUUGGUUUACCAAAGUAUGUGCAAGUGUUGAGGCCAGUAGGGUCUUAAACAAUAAAAUUAUAAUUUGUUAAAGGAAGACAACGAAAGAGCAAUCAACAAUGAAUUAAGAUGCGUCUGCCACUGCCAAUAAAAUAUUUGACUCCACUGAAAUAAACAGAAGUUUAGGCCUAAAUAGCAUUCUCCACCUGGAAGGGUUCUUUCCUUUUUCUUUGGUACAGGCACAACACUGAAACUGCAGGAAAUCUACUUCAGUAUCAGAACUCUAAACAGAAGACUGGGUGGAAGGAUAUGCAAUGCUAAGAGAGUCCUGGGAGAUAAGUGGGAUUUAAUGGUGCCGAAGUAUCAGGACAGCCUUAUUUUCUGGAAUGGCCUUCCACAUUCAUGGGACAUAUCUAAUCAGAUGGCAGCAGCUUAUUCAAAGCUGACAUGUUGUUUCAGCUACAGUAUUAUGUACUAUAAGAGCCACUGCUCCAUACCUCUCCAUGCUCUAGGCAUAUAAAACUCUGAACUGCAUGUCUCUUCUGUGAUAGUCCCAAGCCUACCACAAAGAGGUUUCCCCUCCCCUUGUAUAAAGAAUGCAGGUUUGAGUCUAUAAUGAAUUAUUUUAGACACAACCUUUGUGAUGUCUUGUCAUUCUGUGUUUUGGUACACCAUAUUCUCAUGGUUCUCUGUAGCUUCUGACCAUAUAUCAUGAUGAAUUAUAAAAUGAAAUCUUGCCUCCGGCUUUGUCAUCAAUCUUGCAUCUUUGUCCCCAGUUGGCAGAUGAAGGAAUAAAGAUCAUGCAGCAAAUGCUCAGGUGAGCUCAGCGCAGAGCUUAUAUGAUCAAAUGCCUGGGAUUUCAUCUCAACACAAUUCUUUCUCUCCUUUUGCUUCCCCGUUCAUUAACAAACAGAAAGGGUACAAUGGAAGAUAAAGCUGGGGAGGAAGAAUGGCAACUUUUUGCAUUUUGUUCUCUCCCGUGUUUUUCUCCACUGUUGUUCGGACUGACGCUGCUGAUUUGUUUGGUUUUGCAUUUUAGGGAACCUUUAUUUUCUUACUCUAAAAGUAUGUGAGCAGCUAUUUCACGGACAGCAUGAAUCCAAAUGCUAUUUUGAAAAGCUGUCUUGAAUGCACAUGUGACCAGAAACACCCACACUUAAUCUGGCCAUUCAGCGCAUGCUACUUCCUGUUGGAACAGGAAGUCUGGUGUGGACUUCUUCAGCUUUCCCUUGCAAGAGUCAAUGCUUGUUCUUUCCUAAUGGAAAAGGGGAGUGGGGAAUCUUGGAAUUUUCAUUUUUCUAGAAAAAGUUACUAAUGGUGCGGUAUUAUGCACCGCUGCUCAGAAAUAAGCUUCACUGUGUUGCAUCAAACUAAAUGAGUCGUGUCCAUUGGGUUGUAUCCAGUGUGGUGCUAAGCUAAAGUCACUUAAUGGUAUACAGUGGUACCUCGAGUUUCAUACGCUUCAGGUUACAUACACUUCAGGUUACACACUCCGCUAACCUAGAAAUAGUGCUUCAGGUUAAGAACUGUGCUUCAGGAUAAGAACAGAAAUCGGGCUCCGGCGGCGCUGCGGCAGCAGGAGGCCCCAUUAGUUAAAGUGGUGCUUCAGGUUAAGAACAGUUUCAGGUUAAGUACGGACCUCCAAAAUGAAUUAAGUACUUAACCCGAGGUACCACUGUACUUGUUCCGCUGGUGAAUUUUUUGCCAGACAUUGUUGCGCAAGAAAAGCACACAAGGAAGUUGCUAGUAACUUUGUUGCGCAAUAGAUUGCACAAAGAGUUCCUGCUUGUCCAACUGCUGCAUUUGAUUCCUUUUUUGCACAACAUUGUAACUUACCUGUUUGCUAGUGCAAGAGAAUGCUAGCAGAGAAUGUUGGGUACAGCUCAUUGAUUUCAGUGGCUCUACCCUGAGUACAAUUUAGAUAUUAAAAGACAAUGAGGCUUACUCCUAGGUAAGCAGAUACAGGAUUGGAGCCCAAAAGGUUACGAAAUGCAAAAUACAAUAAGGUUAAAUACGUUCUGGUUAUAAAGAAUAAAGAUAUACUUUGAAAGGUUAUUGGAUUUUUUAAAAAAUGGACUUCAGUAACUUGCUCAGUUUUUAGUUAGAAAGAGUUUCAGAGGAAAUAAUGCUAAAAUAAUGAAAAUAAUUUUUGAGCAGGUUCCAUCUAAAUAAUUUUUAAAAUUGGUUAGGAGAUUUAAAUUCCACCCUUUAUGUUAUCAUACCCAGGGUGGCAUACAGGGAUUGUGAAAUAAAUACGCAACACAUUGAAAGAAGAAAACAUCAGAAUGGUGAAAAAUAGAAAAGCAGUGGAAAUAAAGUAAGUUUUUUAAAAAAGUGUUUUAAAAGCCUGGGAUAAUAAAAUCCUUUACCAGGCACUGAAAAGACUUGAGUGGGGGCAUCAGGUGAGUCUCCAUGGGGGCGAGGAUUCCAUAAGCAGGGUGCCACAACUGAAAAUGGCCUUGGCAGAUGAUAUCAGCAUGUUGGCAGGCUCAUGUGGCUGUAGACAGCCCUGUCUAUUGCAUACAGCCAUGUAUGUUAUUUUUCUUCCAAGAGAUCAAGAUGAAAGAGACCAUCUUACUCACCGCAGAAUGAGACAACCCACCAGGUGGCAGGGGGGAGACUGUCAAGUUAACUCCGGCAGUUGCUAGCAGUAGAACUCAUUUUAUAGGUUGAACCAGCUAGUAAAUUAGCUUGUAAGUUGAGGGGGGGGGGGAAUAAACUCAACUCUUUAAGUAACCAGUACGAAUGACAAGCAAUCAAUGCCCUCCAAACUUGUGAAAGUUCUUCCAAAUUUCCACAUGUCUGAUUUCAUCCUCUUCACUUAUCACUGUCUCUUCUAAUAUAAUAGUUCUUUAAAAUUCAAGAAAGUAGAUCCAAACUUGGCUGGUGUUUGCAUGUGAGGCUUUGUACAAACUCUACACAUGACAUUCUGAGUAACUUAGCUGUUUGAGGUCCUGGCUGAUUAUUGGCUCCUUUGUGGAAUAAAUAACUUAUUUAUUUUUUAAAAAACACCCGUCAUAACCCUAAAUUAUUUCAGCUGCCUAAUAGCUAUCAUUUUCUGAAGGCUAUUUUUCAGUUGAUUCUCCCUCACCCAUCUACUCAAUAGGCAUUGAAAUGAUUGAGGUAAAGCUAUCUAUUAGCACUGCUAAUGCAGUUUGAAUUUGUGAAAUGGGCAUGUGACUCCAGAUACUGCUCUCAUUCUUAGGGUUUUUUAAAAAAUAAAAUAAAAUGGGUGGCUUAUAGUUUAUAGCAGUGUUAACAGCUUGAAAGCUGGCUCUACACAGUCCCUCCACCACUUGUUCUGCCUCAUUCACACAUCGCUACUAGAAUUACUUAAAAAGAAUAAAUAAAACACACUGAGGGCCUGUUAGUAAUGGGGGUGGGGGGAUAGAUUCUUUACUUCCAGUUUCUUCAAAUUUACAAGGAUUUCAAACCUACAAGGUGAGAGCUAGUUUCGUUGCUGCCUCCUGCAGGAGAAAGUGGGGCUGAGGGACAGAGCUUGUGGCUUGAGUAGGAAAUCACAACAUGCAUUUUCCUCUAUCUGUUAGUCUCGACCCUGCUCUCAACUGACUGGAGGCAUGCAAUGUUGCUUAUAUCUAACACUUAUUUCAUCAUCCUCUUUACUCAAAAUGUUAUUCAUCACCAGCAAUCUGUAAACUAUGAUUCCAGAAGCUCAAGAAUAGGGGAGGGGUGUCUGUCAGGUCAGGGACUGAAAGCAACCGUCCAGGCCUCUCUGCUUAGCCUCUUCUGCCUUGCUCUAGGCCAAGCUUCCUCAACCUCAGCCCUCCAGAUGUUUUGAGACUACAAUUCCCAUCUUCCCUGACCACUGGUGCUGCUAGCUUGGGAUCAUGGGAGUUGUAGGCCAAAAACAUCUGGAGGGCUGAGGUUGAGGAAGCCUGCUCUAGACCACUCUCCCCCAGGCCACACUGCCCACUGCCUCUUUUCCACACCCUCCUCAGGUGUCCUCAAACUGUGAUCAUGCCUAUUGCUUGGUUGGAUGAAGGAUGGAGAAAGCGGGAGCUUUUUUCCGUGAAAACCCCUGGCACAGAACUUUCAACCCAGAAUGAGAAUGUGGGAACAGGGAGUGCUAAAGUCCUCUACCACGCUGUACCAAGGUUCCAGUUGGACGCAACCCCAGCCCACCACUGGCAAUUUGUGGAAGAAAAAGGCCUGCAUUCAAGGACAAAUGAUAUGAUUUGUGUCAUGAAUAGUUUGGCCCUAAAUGCUGUGAUAGGCUCUCAUGUCCUUCUCUGUAACCUUUGCAGAUGAUCAUGAUUAUGAUGAUGAUUUAGGUACCCCCCCCCAUCUGACUGGGUUGCCCCAGACACUCUGGGUGGCUUCCAACACAUAUAAAAACAUAACAAAACAUUAAAAAACCUUCCCUUGCACUGAACUUAUGACACACAUAUUGUGGGAGCCUUUUUUUGUGGAACCUGGUUCAGCUGCACCAUAUUGUCCAUGGUAAAUCCGGCAAUUAAAAAGUUCUUUGGUGCCCCCCUUACCUUCAUGCCCUAAGUGUGUGCUUAUUUUGCUUAAUGGUUAAUCCAGCCUUGGGUAAUCAUAUAUAAGGCUGCAGCCUAAAUAUAAAUCCUCAAAUGAAGUAUAGUGUAACUAAACCAGACUAUUUUAGGAGCAAUGUAGAGCAUCAUGCUUUGUAGUAUAGUUGAAGAAAAUGAAGAGCAUAUCCUACAUCUGCAGUACAGUGGUACCUCCUGUUAUGAACUUAAUUCGUUCCAGAGGUCCUUUCUUAAGCCAAAAGUGUUCUUAACAUGAGGUGCGCUUUCACUAAUGGGGCCUCCUGUUGCUGCUGUGCCGCCGGCGCUUGACUGCUGCUCACAUCCCGGGGCAAAGUUCGUAACUAGGGGCAUCUAUUUCUGGGUUAGCGGAGCUCGUUACCCGAAGCAUUCGUAAGGAGGACAGUAUGUAACCCGAGGUUCCACUGUAGUAAUGAAAUACUUUAUGAUGUAUUAUUUUCAUAGUUUAGUGCUUUCAGAUCACAGAAGUCAUAAAAUGUUUUGAUAUUGAAGGAUGUGAUUCAGGGAAGUUCAUGAAUAGCUUUGGAUGCAUCUGAAAUGCUGCUUGUAGGGUGAAACAUUUUUAAUAGCACACAAAUUCUAACCAUCGUGCUAGCAUAUCCACCAUAAAUAUCAUUUCCAACUGAAAUCUAUAAGCAAUCGAAAUAGGAUAUAUUGUAUAUCAUAUUGAAUAACAGGAAUAUAAAAUUGCCAAAAUAUUUUGGAGGUGCAAAAUAUGUAUUUGUGCAGCUUUUCUUGUUUCUCCUAGCAAGGGCAGUGAUCGCUUUCUAGUCGAAAUUGAACCUGGCGUGCAUAACCCCCCAUAGCAACAUCUUUAGUUAUUAAAAGGAAUGGUUAAAAAUUACAAUUCUAAAACAUCUAACUUUCUGAGGGACUGAAAUGUCUCAGUGCCAUAAGGGGACAAAUUAAAGACUGGAACUUUCCAAAGCAUCUUGAAUUUACUCUGCAGAUACUGCAUUUUACGUUCUGUUUAUGUUUUCUUGUCACAUAUCUGGUUAAUGUAAGCAUUUAAUCUUGCAGGCCUGUGACUUUUUUUUUAUUAGUUCUUUUUCUUACAGUUCAAAGUGUUGGGGGCUUACAACUAACUGAUAGUUUACCUGGAGGCAAGAACAGAAAUUGAAGUCCAUUGUUUCCCCCUGUAAGCACUUGAACUCUAUAUGAGCAUGAAAAUUACCGAAUAGUUUGCGAGGUUUUGACAGAUUGUCAUGCUUCACAAAAAGAGUGUUUGAGUUCUUCCAUUAGUGAACUCUUUCUAAUAUGCUAAGGGGAGAAAUAGCACUCCUUCAAAUUCCAGCUAAAUAUGGUGAGCGUCUAUUCUUUAAACUGCAUUGAAGAGAUAAUUACUUCAGCUUCCUUUUUCAUGUGAUACUUUCACAAUGAUGCCUUAAGAAAAUGACUUUAUAUAUAACAAUGAAGCCUUCACUCUGGAAGCCAUCACAUAACUAAUAAAAAUACUUAGCAUUUAUAUAGUGCAUUUCAAGAGUAGAAAGUACUUCAUAUGUCCUGUGAUGUAUUUAGGUAGUAGGAUAAUGAGAGUACCUCUAAACAUUUUUUUUAAGAAAAAAGCACUGCAUACGGGUGGUAAUGUGGCUUACUAAUGGCGGCAGUGCCAAACCAAGCAUGGAAUUUCCUUAAAUAUGUCAAACUACUUCGUGCCUGGUCUGUUAUGACUUGAUUAGUUAGAGGUUAGGAAGAAUAGAAAUAUAUCUGCAUUUUCUGGAGGGCUCUUCCUGGUAUUAAGAGUUUUGCAUUGAUCAUUCAGGGUCAAACUACAGCAUUACCCUUGGUGGUCUUGCGCCUCUGCGUGGAUAUACCAACUGCAGGUAGCAUGGGGAUUCUCUGGGGCCAAGGUGUUAGGGGGCAUACUUAAAAUGACAGUGAGGCUGAGCCUCUCAGUAACACUCUGCAGACGUGUUUGUGCUUCAUCUUUGUUCUUCCAUGGCAAUAGCAGGUGAGAUCUGUACUUGGCUACAGACAGGUAUAUAAAUAAAUGUGCUUAGAAUUUGAGGCACUCCACUAAGGCUGUUAUUAAUACUGAAACACAAAAGACCUUCAUUACUCCUAUAUUGUAAAAGGAAAGAAAUACCUGAAUUGUGAGCAGAAAAGAAAGAGAAUAAAAUUACCUGCAACUAGACACUUUUUUUUGUAAUUAAAAUGUCAAUCAACAUUUAAACCAGAACGUUAGAUGGUGACAGGUCUGCCAGGCUUAUCAGAAGUUACUGCCUUGGAUUAAUAAAACACGUCUAGAUCUGUAUCUGUAUCUCAAUUAUUAUUUCCUUUACAGAAGACUAAUGCCUUCUUUUUCAGGAUUAACAGAAAAAGAAGCAACAUCACACCUUGCCCCAAAAGAUCUGUAUUAUCUAGUUUGAAUAAGAGAUGAAAUACAUCAAGCCCUUUAAAUUAUUGCUUAACAAAGAACAGUGACAGUCCUUGUAAAAGAAAUAGGAGAUUUCAAUUUGAUUAUGUUUUAAGAAACAUUGCUAUCAUUUUAUCCUGCAAGCUGUUUUCAUAAGGCCUGGGUGGGGGGAGUCUUUGAAAGUUGGACUUGGAUCUCAGCAAAAAGUUAUAUGGGUGUUUUUUUCCUCCCAAAGACAGAGCACCUCUGAGUUUUAUUCUGCUUUGCUUGUUUGUUAUUGACAGGGGCAAGAAAGCUGGACAUGAUGUAGACUUUUUGAUCACAGUUCCAGGAUCAAGUCAGGAGGAUGAAUUGUUACACCUAGUGAUUGACUUUUGGAAAAAGCAGGUAGGACAAAUUGUCGUAAGAUCACUGUGUUCAGCACUCUCAGCUUGAUGAAUGUAGGUAGAUGUUGAACACUUUAUCUGCUCCGAUCAACACCCCAGAAGUUAUUUUCAAUCACACUUAUUGGCUUGUGCUAAUUUGUGAGGGGUGCUAAAUAGAAAAGGGUACUAAUUGCAUUCUGCUCAUCUUGCUGUUUCUUGACCAGAGAUACUUAAUUGCUCAUUUGCUUGCCAGAAUGACCAGCAGAAUCUCUGGGUUGAUACAUGACUACAUUCUUUCUCUGAAGUUUAUUUUCUAAGUAAAAUCCAGUUGUACAACACUAUACCUCUGACUCAGAUUGCAGUGACAUCACUAAAAUGCCUCAGGUCACUGAAUGGGGAGCAAUGAUAUGGCUUAUAAGCCUUAUGGUCUAUAUCAGUUACAUGCAUUUUUAUUAAAAGAAAAAGGAUGAGUUAUUGAAAAUAAAAGGCAAAGUAGGAAUUGAGCAAUAGUGGCAUCAGAAGGAGGUGGGAUAAACACAGGGGAUGGUCUGAAAUGGCACAUGAUGCAGCAAAACAAAGACAAAUUCGGCUGAAGACAAAUCAGAGUUUGGUCAGUGUCUGGAUUAUGAUUUUCUAUGAGUUUCAUAAUACCAUGAAUUCAAUAUAAGCGUACCUUAAUGCAAUUAAAAACAAAACAAAACAGUCAUUGUUAGACAAUAAUACAAAAUAGCAUACUUCUAAAUUGUCCAGAUUUUGUUUAUUUAUUUUUUAAUGCCUUUUAAAUGUGUUGCUGGGAAGGGGAGGUUAUUGGGUUUCUUGGUUUUAUUAUGUAUUUUGUGUUCUCAUUUUGUAUUUUUAUGUUGUGAGCUGCCCUGUGAUCUUCAGAUGAAGGGUGGUAUACAAAUUCAAUAAAUAAUAAAUAAUAACAAAUGAUGUAACUAUCAGAUACAGUGGUACCUUGGGUUACAUACGCUUUAGGUUACAUACGCUUCAGGUUACAGACUCCGCUAACCCAGAAAUAUUACCUCAGGUUAAGAACUUUGCUUCAGGAUGAGAACAGAAAUCGUGCUCCGGCGGUGCAGCGGGAGGCCCCAUUAGCUAAAGUGGUGCUUCAGGUUAAGAACAGUUUCAGGUUAAGAACAGAUCUCCAGAACGAACUAAGUUCUUAACCCGAGGUACCACUGUACUAGGAGAAAGUUUUGUUUUGAUUUGCUGUGGAGGCAGCUGCAGCUGGGGAGGGAGGACAUAAUUAAACCUCCCCUCCCUGUGUGAGCCUCAUCUAGAUUUGCCCUUUUGCACUUCUGUUUGAGUUUAAGAGAAAAAGCACAUGCAUAGCUGCAGGCUUGUAGUUUGAUACACAGUCACCAUUUUAAAGGCAUGUCACUUUUGGAGAGUGGCUAAAGGAAAUUUCUCAAGGACAGUAGCUUCCGAAUUUUUUAUAUUCUUCUUGCCUUUUGUAACACUGCAUUUCUCAUCAGAGUGCUCAUAAAUUUUAUUCCUGUAUUUCUUGGAUGGCUUACCGAGAUGAGACUCCUUUCUGCUAGCUAUUCUGUUUGCAUUGCAUUAUGAAUAGCCAAGGGUGGGAUCUCCUCUAUAUCUAUUAUCUCUCCUAACCAGGAGAGAAUGAAUAUCACUACUGUAAUUCUUCGUUCUCUCUUCCCUCUGGAUAUCCCCUUUGAAGUGAAAGUUGCUGUGCUUUUUGUUAGAGUCAAGCUGCCCCAUUCUGUUGGUCUCUACUGAGACUUAGUGCAUCUCUCUGAAACUGAAAACUCGUCUCAGGAGCUGAAUCUGCCACUUUAGCUCUGGGUCUCUGAUUUUAUCAUCACAUUCCCUGAUUUGAGUCUGUAAUGGAUCUGCUCUCUCUGCUAAUUUAGCCCUCAGGUCUACUUUACAGCUUCUCAGUAAGUUGCUUGGGGCUGCUAUAUAUUUUCUUAUCAGGAUUGUCAUUACUCAAAUCAUUACUUCCUCUUUGAACUCACCUGAACCUUCCACCAUCUCAAUAAUUUUCAACAGAUUUCCCAACUGCUCUGUCUGUUAAGUGCUCACCAUUUCAGUAUUACAAGACUGAACACCAAGUACCUUUCAAAGGUCCUACUGUGUGCUAAAGUUUUUCUCUAAUUUCAGAGAUCCCCUAUUUAUUUGAGUUGGGCUCUCUCUGUUUUAGCCUAAGGAAUUUCUGGUGCUGCUUCUCCAACAGUGGCAGAGGCAACAGGGCAAGUGGGUUGACCACAGGAAUGUAGCAUCAAUUAUGUGGUGGGAAUGUGAAAAAAUCAGAGAGUUCUGGGACAUUGUAUAUAAUGAAUUAAAAAAGAUACUCAAAUUCCCAUUCACAAAAAGACCAGAGGCCUUCUUAUUAGGGAUAAUGUCAACUGAAAUCAAGAAAGAAGUAAGACCACUCUUUAUUUAUGCAACAUCUGCAGCCAGGAUUCUGGUCACAAUGAAUUUGAAGAGUGAAAUUACACCUACAAAGUCAGAAUGGCAGGUAAAAAUGACGGAAUACAUCCAAGUGGCAAUAAUGACGGGGAGAGUUAGAGGGUACUCCAUGCAGAGGGUGAAUAAAGAAUGGAUAGUAUUUAAAGAAUAUUUGAAAAACUACUAUGAUAGCAAAAAUCUCCUGGCAGACCUUGAAUGAUUCUUGUAAUAAACUAAAUAAUUUUUCUCUGAAGGAAAUUAAGGAAACAAAGUACAAUAACAUGAUGCUGUGUAAAAAAUAACAAAUGAGAUUCAUUUUUUUUGAGAACAAUCAGAAGUUUAUUUUAUCUUUCUUAUCUUUAGUCUUUAUUUUCUUUCCCCCUAUUUUUCGAUACAUUUUUCCUUUUUCUGUGUAGUGUACAUGCAUAAAUUUUAGCACGGUAAAUUGUUGUGUAAAUAUGUGUUGAAUGUUUAAUAAAGAUUUUUUUUUUAAAAAAGGAAUGUUGUAUCAGCAACUUCUACCACCCGAGGCGGCUGCUUCUCCAUGCCACAUUAUAGGGCCAGUCCUGUAUAGACCUCAUUUUAAACUGACUGUAAUUUUCAAAGCAGAGACAGAUGGGUGCCAACAACCAUUGUAGAAAGAAUGUGCUUUCAGCACUUUCAGCACAGACUUAGAGAUGCAUGAAUGAAGAUUUGAGCUGAGAAUGAAAUAUCCAAGCCAAGGACAGUAAGGCAGAAUAUGUGAUAACAUAGUGAUCUGUCAAUUGGGAAAGUUGAAAUCAAUUAUUCUUCUUGGAAUUUCCAUGGUUUGUAAAGCAUGAACCUGCUGCCUUGCUGCCCAUUCUUUCAGCUGAUUGCAACCCUGUUUCAGUCCUCUUAAGCCCUUUCCCUACCAUCAGGGCUGAAGGAAUUGGCUGUCAACAAAUAUCAAAAUGCAAAAAAAAAGACAAAAAGACCUAUACUCCCCCUGCCUUUUCUGAAAAGCAUCUUUGAUUGCUAUGCAAAUGGAAAGCAUGCUUUUAUACUUGUGACAGCAAGCCUGUCUCUGUAUUCACUCCUUUCCUGCUUUCGUGCAACAACUUCAAAGCCCAAAAUGCAUCAAAAAGAAAGCCACUAAGGUCACAGUGCCGACUUUCUUUCAGCUGUUUUCUUGUGAAAGAAUUCUGCAGCAUUUAACUUGUAAACAAUGAAUAAAUCUACCCCUCCCAUCAGUUCAGUAGUUUGGGAGCAUUGCUUUUCCUCAGCUGAAAGUUUAACAUUGUCACAUCCUCUUAAAGGCAGUUGAAAACAAAUGGGGUAAGUCAGGCCUAUGAUGCUUUUUGAUGUGGCAUCAUUGGGGAUAAGCGAGUCUAGGAACAGAGGCUAAAAAGGGACCUCUCAACUUAAAAGGGUAACAAUAAAACAGAAAAGCUGCAUUGCAAUUGAUGGAUUAUCUUUUACAAUAAUGUUUUUAUAAACAUGCCACACGGGCAUUAUAAAAUGACUUUGCUGUGGGCUGCCAUCUGGAAUGCUAUAGACCAGUCAUUAGUAUAUAUUGAUGCACUUUAAAGCAAAUGUUCUUCCACCCAAUGAUCUGGGAGUUGCCAGGAACUAAGACGGUUGGAUGGCGUCAUGUACGCCUCCUUCCGGCAACUCUGCAGCCAAGCUGGUGCUAAACGUAUUGCUCUGCUUUCCUUUGGACCACAUCAGAGAGGCUGAGAGUGGGGGUCUUGUCAUAUGAGUGGACCUCCGUAGUACUGUCCAGGCUUGCACCCCAGAGAGGUCAUUUCAGUGCCGGUAUCACAGCAGAAACAACGUGGGAGGCAGCAGUAACGAAUUACUGGUCUCUGCAGCCGCAGCAGGCACUGUGAUUCUCCAGUGGUUUCACUUCACCCCUGGAGGCACACUCCAUUGUCUCUCAAGACAGACAGAUGCCAACAACAAAAGCAAAGUUGAUAGAGCCUUCAUAUUUGGUGUUAUAUUUCAGUGCAUAGCUUGGGAUAAUAACAUAGAGGCCUCUAGGAGUUGUUGUCACAGUCAGAAUACCCCUCUCGAGGAGGCCUGGAGUAGGAGAAUUAUAUGUCUUUAGUAAAGGGUGGUAGAGAAAUGAGAGAUAAAAGAUCAUGGCCCUGUCCAAUCUUAGCCCCGACUCUACCCAUAGUCGUCAUGACCCUCUGAUAGGAAGGACCCCCUUGAAAGAAUACAGACCUCAAGAGCAAAAAUGUUGCCUCUCUACUCCCACUGUCUAGCCAUGCUCUCUCUUGUCCUGCUUUUAUGAUCUGUACUACCAGGCUCCAUCGCUCGAAGGAGACAUUGAUCUGCCUCUCCCCCACUGCAUGCUACAUAUAAUGUGCUUCCUCAGAACGGAAAUAUGAAGCAUAAUAUCCAAAGUAAUCACCAUUGAAAGUCAAUGGUAGUCUUGCAUCUGGAUAAUGUCUUUUGUUUUGUAAGCAUAGCCCUUGGCUUCAAAUCAAUAUCUUGAGUCCUAUUGGAAAUCUAUAGGCUUUUAGCUAUUGUCUUCAGAGUACUCUGAAAACAACUUCAAUUAAAUGUGUGUCCAUGGAGCUCUUUGAGCUUCAGCGUUGUGGGUUUCCACGUGUCAAAACUGCUGUAUGCCCUUCUAAAAUCACUAAAGUUAUUUCUAUGCCACUGGUGUAAUAUCACCAGGGCUACCUAUAUUCAGGGCUGAAAUAAUAUUUGUCACCAAGGAAAACUGAAUUCAUUUAUCCACUUUGGGUAAAUUUGUAUAAUUUCUCUUAUUUUACAUAGUCAGCAAUGGUAUAUUUUGUGUUUUACCUGCUUUUUUAUGUUUCUCAUAUUGUAUUUUAUUAUUUUAUUGUAGUAGUAGCAGCAUUGAUUUGGGCUACCUUGAGAUCCAUUUUGUGGAAAAGCAGGAUACAAAUAUACAUGGGUUCUUGGAAUUUUAUCCUAUAAUUGUUUAACUAUUGUGAUUAAAAAGAAAUGCCUGGAUUAGCAUGGUUUUAUCCUUAGUUUUUUUCAUCUGUGUGUAAAUUGCCCUGUCUUAAAUUAGAACAGGUUUUUAAUUGCAAACCUCCUUGGGGUGAAUGGGUGGGAGGAGAAAGGUCUUCAUACCUAACUGAAUGGCUGGUCUGAAAAUCCAGUGAUGCUAAAAACUCUUUUUCAAUCAUCUUAAUAGUUUUGCUAGCACAGACUGAAGGCAAUAUUUUUUUCCUGCAGCACAAUCAAUUUUGGAUAAAGCUGUAACUUGGUCACUGAAAACAAACUCUUAAAUGAUAGUUUGGGAUUUGCACAUUAGAUGGACCCUAAAAUUAUGCAGUUUGUAAUUUUUUCCAGCCUAAUAAUUUUCUCCUGUUCUUGUUGCUAGAACAGUGGUUUCCUGCUACGUGAAACAAUUACAGUCUCACUCAUGCCGACUGAUUUAGCAGCUGUCUAAAGAUGGAUGCAUUUGUGCUUGUCAAGCUAUGCUAGAAAGAGAGUCUAGGUCAAAUCCUCAGCUGGUCUGACUUGGCACAACGUCUCUGGGAGCCAAUGGAACGUUGCCAUUUUACACUCGCUGAGGCCUGGCAUGCUCUAAGAUGUUGUGAUGAUGAACGAUGCCUCUCUAGGCUUUUUUCUUUUAGUGUAAACUCUGCUGGGUGAGGGCUUACAAAGCAGGGCCAGUAGUAUAUCAACUGCUAAUAAUUUAUCAUGUCUUGGAUGGUUAAUACACCUGCAUUUGCUGCAGCAAUUGAAAUGAAGAGACAAACACAAGGCUCUGGGAUGAGAAAGCCACAACUUUAUUGAGUAUGAUUUGUAAGGCAUUCAGGUCAAGAUAGCCAGUACAGGGAAGAAACUAGCUUGCUCCAGCUAAACCACUAAGUUUCCAACUCAGGCUCACCACAUGGGGUCUGCCUUCAUAGUUUGUUCCAUUUAAUACACAUUUCCUUUAAGAGAUAAGUGAGCAUGGGUUUUCUCAGGAGCGUACCUUAGGGUUGGGUAGGUUGGCCCCUGCCAAGGGUGCAGGCUCAGUGUGUGUGUGUGCAUGCAAAAACCAAGCCUCUCCACUCUGUCUCAGAGUGGCUGGGACCUCUGCUUCUCUGGGUGGCCAGGUGAGUCAUGCAGGCUCCUCUGGGUGCCUUGGUGGAACUCUGUACCAAGGCCACAAGAGAUAGUGUCCCCCCUCCCAUACAGCUCCUUUCCAAGGGCACAAGGGACCCUAGGAUCGACCCUGAAGUUCCAGCUUCACUGCUACCUUGGAGCUUGCUGGAUGGCAGUGGCAGAAGGUGGACCUGAGUCCCAGAUUUGUCUGUCCACUGGAAUAACAAAUACUGCUCUUCAUUUGUCAUGUUUUGGGAGUCUACAUCAACUCCAACCUUCUGGCUGCUUUCUGCCAUUUCUUUAUAGCAUCCUAAUUGCGACUCCGACUUUCCCUACACUUUGAGUUCUCUCUACCCAAUGUCAUUUGCUAGUUUUACAUUAUCUCAACUCCACUUCCCACCCUUUUACUCAAUCCAAAGGGGAGUACAGACCUGGUUAAGUUUACAUUUUACAAAAUUUGUUAUGUUUCUGUGUCUUCUAGUAUUUAGGAUUCAUUCUCUUCCCUUAAGUUUCUGUUUCAGUGGUUCUCUUGAACUUGUGAAUAUUCCACCCCCUUGCAUACAGCAGCCCAUAUCUAAAAGAACCACAUUUCUAUUAAUUAAAUCUGUAUGUCACCUAAACUGAAGCUUCUAAGUGAGUCACAGCAAACAAAAUAGGAAUGCAAUUUGGAAUCCAUAAAUACGAUCACAUAAUAACAUCAGUAUGCCAUCUGUCCAUUAUACAACACUUUAUGAAAUGGUUUUCCCAUCCCAAACCUUAAAAAUAGACCACAAAACCCUAAAAACAUAAUACAAAAUGGCUGAAACAAUUUAAAGUCUUCACAAAGGCUGUAAGGUGACUUGACAUAUUCUGAAUGGCACCCUAUUAGUCUAGAUAAUAAGCUAACCUUGCAGUAGCUUCCAGAAUUUUAUUCCUCAAAAAAUGAGGAACCUUUUCAAUGUUUAAACUAGUGCAAUUGACACAAAACUGGCAAUUUUGACAAACAGUUGGUUCAUAUAAGAAAAAACUUUUCAUUUUUUAAUGUUAAAAAGUCUAUCCAAAGGCCAGAAAUACUGCCUUGUAUUAACACUGAGCAGAACAAUUGAACUCCACGUUAAAAUGGUCUGUAUGAUAACCUUCAGCUAAAAUUUAAAUCUGGCAUAUAGUCCUUUGCAAGUGCAGGAAUAUUAAAAUGGGAGUGGGAGUAGAGAGAGAUGCUUGAGGAACUGACAUAAGAGUGUUGCUUAUUUCAUAUUCUGUAGACUACAAUGCUCAGAUUACAGCAUUUUAAGAUUUUCACGGCUAGCUGCCUUCACAAAAGGCCCCAUUUGUAACCUAGAGAAGUGCUGCUUCAGCUGUGUUAUGUGAAACAAGGGUAUUGUCCGGUGCCUCGUCAAAUUAAGUUAAUCAGAAACAUUGUCUCAGUGGAUAUAUCCUAGGCCUUGAUUACUGUUUAGAAGUUGCAUUCUGACUUUGAGUCAGAUUUCAAUUGCUUGCUGAAGUCAGCAUCCGUGUAACUGUUGCCUAAUUGCAUUUUAAAAAAGAAAAGAAAAAGAAAAAGAAAAGCAAUGAUAUGGUUAUUUGCAGGUUUCUAGCCUUUGUGUGUUCUUACUUACUUCUACAAAUUGCUAAGCCAUUUAAUGAUAGGGAGGCAGUAAAGAAUAACUUAGAGGCAUUCAUUCUCAAAAUGCCUUUCUCAUCAUAUUUGCCACACAGCACCAUCCGCAGAUUCUGAAACCGUAUCCACUUGAGUUUAUAUUAUUAAAUCAGCAAGGGAGAAAGAAUGUUUCAUACCUAUGUUUUAUUGCUAACUUAUUUAAUGGCCUAUAAUUGCCUGGAUUAAGGGAGUGAAGUGCUCUCUGGAAGGGUCCAAGCCACAAAACUGGAAGUGAAGAUUCCUGUAAUGAAUGAAUCAUUUCAGGGGUUUCUCUUGGUAUCUGCAAAAAUGUGGUUAAAAUUUAAAAUCACAGUGAUGGGAUUUUGCACCUGGAACAAGUGGGAAGACUCAGAUUUGUGGGAUCUGCUUUGUUUUUUUACUGUCCAGAGUCAAACCAAAGUACAAUGGUACCUUGGUUUGCAACCGUUUUGGAUUACAACGACGUCAAAACUGGAAGUGUGUGUCCCUUUUUGGGGGGGAUUACAACCAAUUUUUGGGGGGAGGAGGCCCCAUUGGCGAAAGCACGCCUUGGGUUACAACCUUUUUUGGUUUACAACCAGACCUCUGGAACGGCUUAUGGUUGUAAACCAAGGUACCACUGUAGUGGGUUGGGACAGAACCAGGUGCUACUUCAGGGGAUGGCGCUACUUACAUAUUGCAUUCCAUGAGCAUAAGAUUGGAAUGAUCUGCAUAUAUAAAAUUAUGAACCAUCACCUACAGAUUUGAAAUCUAAUUUAAAGAGGGAAGGGGUGGAGCGGGGAAGAGCCGUUUGUUGGCAGGAACAUAGGAAACAGCCUUAUGCCAUUUGCCCAUCAAGCACAACGUUGACUCUUCCAACUCCCCUGGCAGCAGCUUUGCAGGAACACAGCAGCUUUGCAGAAACACAAGCAGAAGAGAGAUUGCCCAUCUGAGGCAUCAGAAUGCACUGCAACAUGUCACAGGAACGAGAUUCAGAAAACAAAAUUCAAAAGCAACAGCAACAUUGUAGCAGAUGACAAAAAUGGGUAGAAAUGGCUCAAUAAAGGUUCUCUUGAAAACCCCACACUUAGAGCACAACUUGCAUCCUGCUAGUAGAAUAGUGGUGGUUGCCAAUAUGCAGGUGAUUGGCAUGGAUGUAUUGUUCUCUCUUUUGUAAACUCAAAUGUGAGAAAUAACAAAGUGACAUUCGAUAAGUUAAAGGGCUGUAAAAAUAAGAAAUGCAUAUUUUUAUUCCCCCCCCUCUUUUCCACCACCACCUGGAAAACUCCCCACGGCUCCAAAAUUUCCAGAAAAGUUGUGUCUCUAGGUCAGCGGUUCUCAACCUGUGGGUCCCCAGAUGUUGUUGGACAACAACUCCCAUCAUCCCUGAGCUCUGGCCUUGCUAGCUAGGGGUGAUGGGAGUUGUAGUUCAACGACAUUUGGGGAUCCACAGGUUGAGAAAGGCUGCUCUAGGUGGUGUUUGAAGAAGGGAAAGGCCCCUCCAUCUGGUGGGAACUAAAUGGUGGUCUAGACUGUUGUUCUGCUUUCCCUCUACCCAUCCACUCAGAGCGAGAUGGUCCUUAUGGUGAUGGUUGGAGGAGGAAGUGACCAUCUCAGCUGGAACAAUGGAAAGCUGGAUGGAGAGGCACCUCAUUAGGCUGUUAUGUCUUCUCUUUCUCCUUCUUUUGGGGCAAGAUGACUCUUAGAUAGUCGUAUGGUGGUCCUAAGACUUGCUGUCCAUCGAGCAUUAACCUACAUUGCUAGUCUUCUGAUUUCAGCUAUUAAUUAAUUAUCUGAAUUGUGUGUUCUUUCUAGGGAUUGAUCUUAUACUAUGAUCUCAUUGAAUCUACAUUUGAGAAGAAAAAGCUGCCGAGCAAAAAAGUUGAUGGUUUAGACAAUUUUCAGAAGUGCUUUAUAAUUUUAAAAUUACCCAAGGGAAAAGUGGACUUUGGCAACUCUGUUAUAUCAGUUGCUUCUGCUGAGGAAGGAAAGAAGGACUGGAAAGCAAUUCGCGUGGAUCUUGUUGUAAGCCCCUUUGAACAAUAUGCAUUUGCACUCUUAGGAUGGAGUGGAUCUAGGGUAAGUAAGCUCCUUUCCUUAAUUUGAAACCUGAGCCGAAAUUCUGAUAUUUGCAGCAUAAUAGGAAGAUCCAUAUAUCUGAACAAUAUUUCAUUUUCUAAUUGUUUCCCAUUGUCCACAGUGGGGGUUAUUUAUUUUUAAAUGUGUAUCUCAUUCUUCUACCAAAGAGUUGAGAGUGCUCUUUUAUUUUCUGAGUAGUCUGAGAAAUAGUGACCUGACCAAGUUUUGUCAUUGAGCUUUUCAGUUUAUUGGGGAUUUGAACCCAGAUCACCCCGGUGCAGGUUCAGUUCUCUGUCCUUUACACAGUACUGGUUCCAUACUAGGUUGUGCUAGGUGUUAAGAAAUUGCUUAUAUUUUUAGAAAAUGCAGUUGUUAAAAAAUCAGUCCUAAUUUUAAAGUUAAUCACGAAUCUUUGGCACAUUGGGGAUUUGUGGAAUUUGAAAUAUUUCAGCAAAUGAUGAGCCAACUGGGACCAUUCUCUAGACAUUUCUUUUCCCUGAGAUUGUAGCUAACAUUUCCCAAACAUUCUCAAACAACCAUGAGAACUACAAAUGUACUUCUUUGAAAAGACAGCUGAGUAUUGUUAUCCUUUUAAAAAUGGAAUUUCUAGUUUCUAAGACCCCUUAAUGAAAGCACCAGAACUGGAAAACCCUAAUGUCUCCCUUUCCAUAUUGCAUAGUAUUCAUGCUUGUGACAGAGAACCUGAUAUGCCCCGUUACUGCUCCUUUCAAGAAAUAACAGAUAUUAAUGAGCCCCAUCAAACUCUAUGGGACUUAUUUCUGAACAGACAUGCACUGGAAUGCUAUAUAAGCCUGAAAACAAUGCUAUGUUCAGUGUGUUCCUUUGGCAGCAGCGUGAAUGCCUUUAGGCAGAUAGCUGCAGCCAAGCACUUUGCAAACUUCUGUGCUCACUGGAAAAGUGCAAACACUUAAGCUUUUUAGACUCAGACAAAUUGUGUGAGUCACAAGCAAAUGGAGUCCAGUAUGUGUUUAAAUUAAACUAUCUCUUCUUAUAAAACUAUAACAAUCGGCAAGGCAGUUAGUAUCAGACAAAGCUAAUGUGAUGUAGUAUUACAUGUCAAAAGACAGUCCCUCUGGGUGAGCAUCCAUUAUGGAGCUCGCAUGAACUGCAGGCUACAUUCAUUACAGAGAAGAGGGUAAUGUAUGAUCGCAAUUUCAUAUUUCUUAAUGUUAUCUGUACAGUAAUGGGAUCCUGACAGACUUCCUUGUAGACGGCGACUUUGCCUUCCCCAUUCUUUUAAUGCCGGCUCUAAAGGAUCAGUCUUACUCCAGUAUUUCAAAGUAGCCGAAAUUGAUGGAGAUCUGUUGAAUGCAUCAAUUUCAAGUCAGGGAAGUGUGUUGCAACACAAGCCUUUGGUAAAUCGUAUGCUGUGAAUGCAUUUCCCCCCCUUUACUGAAAUCGGAAAACACCAUUUCUUCUUAAAAGGUGUCAUUUCAGCGAGUUUGAAUUUGGAGAUUCAUUUUGGCUUAUUAUCAUAUCGUUGCGACUUUUCUGUCUGUGUAGCAAUUUGAACGUGACCUGCGGAGAUAUGCUACCCACGAAAAGAAAAUGAUGCUGGAUAAUCACGCGUUAUAUGAUAAAACCAAGGUAUUGUCUAUCUCUCUCCCCCCCCAUUUCAAAUGGCAUUGUUGAAUUCAUAAAGCUUCCCUUAUGUUGUGUGCUGUCUGUCUUGGCUCAACCCAGUCGUAUCAAACAGUGGCAUCCAAUUCUUUCAGUAAGAAUGUUAACUUCCAGAAAACUCUAAUGGCUGCCAAUAGACCUCUUAUUGCUAGGUUAAUUAAAGGUCAGUAAGCAAUUACUGUGAAAUAUUUCACAAGAGCAGCAGUAUGCAAAAAGUGCAAAUAAACUAUAUAUUUUUAUUUAUGUUUGCUGAUGCAAUGGCCACACUUCAGUGAUUUCGCAGCGUAAUAAACUGAGAUAUGAAUAAACCUCCUGCAUCCACAUGCAGAUGAUUCACUCAUCCCUUAGCCAAAGAGGGAAACAAGUCAGAAAGCUGCAGUUAACUAUAGUCUCCUGCUAUACCGAAACUUGGAAAUUAUGGAUAAUGGCUUCCAAAUAAACCAGGAUAUGAAGCCAUGGUUUAAAGUUGGCUGGAUAGCCUGGCUUGUUUGGAAGCCAUUAAGUGUUGUUCCCAGUUUUGGAUGCAAUGGGAAACCAUAGUUAACUAGAGUUUUCUGGCUUGUUUCACUGCUUCUACAAAGGGAGGGGCAACACAGCUAUGUGUGGGUACACAAAAAUCCUUCAUAUCUUGGCUACCUCUGAUGAAGUCUGAUCAUCCAAAUGAAACCAGCGACUGAUAGCUUUCUUUCUUUCAAAAGUUGGACCCGUGUCUGUUUUGCCACCCACUUCUAAAGCAUCAGUUUGAUUUCAUGUUGGGGAGUGAAGCUCCCCAUCAGGAAGUAAUCAUAGUUUGGAAAGUGAUUGCUUUGCCCAUCACGGAUAAAUUUCACUUAGCCAACCUAUGGAAACAUUUUCAUCUGAUUUAGCUAAAUGGAUUUGAAAACCAAAGCCUUGCCACUCAAACAUGUAGUUAGAUAAUAAUAGCUUUUGAAUAGAAGCUGGAGCCUGAGAGAAGAAAAGGCCCCCAUUCUCAUUUUCCUAGUUUCUUUAAUCCUCAAGAGAAUAUAUUAUAUGAGCUUACAUUGUUCUUGCAAACAGAGACUUAAGUAAUUAUACAAACCUCACACAAAGAAGGGAGAUGUACUCUCAUAAAAAUAGAGCAAAGCCUAGAGAAUAUUCUUGAAAGGCCAAUAGUGCAGUUUGGCUGUUGAAACACAGCUAGUCUGAGAACCAGAGGUAACAUGCUCUGAGGAAGAACAGAGCAUAACAGAACUUUCCUCUAUAACCAGACCUUUGGCCUUUAACUAUCUAUGACCAUUUAGAAGUUGGCAGGAUGUUUUUAAUGUGUUUCUUUUUCCUCUUGGUUUUAAUGUAUCUAUGUGAGGUCUUUUUGGUCUGGUUGGUUGGUUGGUUGUAAGUCACUUUGGAUUUCCCUGGGCAAAGUAAAAUGACUAACAAAUUCAGUGAAUAAUAGUGAUGGCAAUGAUGUUUUCUAUAAAGAUUCUAUAAAUGUUUACUUCAGAAGUCAGUCUCUCAUGAUAUUUACUCAUAGGAAAGUGUGCAUAGGGUUGCAGCCUUUCUCUAAUAUUAAUGAAAGUAGGCCACAUCUCACUUAAAACUUGAAAGAAGCUUGUAAGAGGUACAGUGGUACCUUGGUUUUCAAAUGUCAUCCGUUCUGGAAGACCAUUCGAGUUCUGAAAUGUUUGAAAACCGAAAACUCAAUAGCCAGCAGCUAGGUCACAGGAUCUUGCAUUCAGCGGAAGCCGCGUGGCAUGUUCAACUUCUGAGGUGUGUUCGAAAACCAAAGCAUUUACUUGCGGUUUUACAGCGUUCAAAAACCAAAAUAUUCGUCAACGGAGACGUUCGAAAACCGAGGUACCACUGUACUCAUUUGGGUUGCUCAUAACUUUAGAAGACAGGAUGUGUUUUGCAUCACAAUCUAACCUAGUAUCCUUUCAGGCCUCAUCUUGGCCCACAUUUUACGGAUGAAUCAGAGCAAAUGACAACCUAUGGAAAAUCCUAUUGCCAUUUGCUCCAAUUUAGCAGUAAAACGCAAGUUUUCCCAGGAAAAGAGCUGGGACAAAGGAAAACAAAAACCCACUCUUCAGACAUGGAGCUUUAAAGCUUGCACUGAUGCCUAGAAGGAAGUCUGGAUGAGCCCUCUAUAACAUCGACCAGGUAGAUUUUUCUGGGUUCAUGAGUAUGAAGGACAAGUAAUAGCUGACUAAACUGGAUGUCUAGCAGUGAGACAUUUAGGGAGAGCACUGUUCUUAUGUCUUCACAUAGAGAUUAUACCCUCCAUGCGCUGCCUCCAGAUACUGUAAAAUGUUUAUUUCCAUUCACAGUGCAAAAUUGUAUACUCUAAUUCCUUCUCUCUGUGAAGGGAGGUCGUUUGUUCCACUGCUGCUGCUAUCCAGUGUAACAUUUGUUUGCACCAGAUUACCAGUAGUUUCAUAGCUUUGGGGGCGGGGAGCAUUUACUUUCAACACUGUAGGACCCAAGGUUCUCCCCCCCCCCCAGUUAAAAGAAUCAUAGGUAGCAGAACUAGGACCUUGGGGAGUUGCUGGCUUCUUCUGUGUAAGAUAGAUUCAUAUAUGCCAUCUGAAACUGGUCCUCUGGCUUGUAACGUAUGAAUAUGGCCUGUAACUCUCCAAAAGGCUCUUUGGGUUCCAGGAGGUGUUUAUAUUGCUUAUCUACUAUGAAUAAAUAAAUAAAUAAACAAACAAAUACCCCUGCAUUUUUUAAAGGCAGUUGCCUUUUCGUAGAAACACAGAACAUUUUGUUUCAUACUUGCUUUUAUUACAAAGAAACUCUAGAAGUGGAUUUGCUUGCCAAGUUAAAGAGGGGCUUUUAAUGGUUCUUUGCAAAACUGGAUGCUCUAGUCUAGAGUUUGGCAGAUGCUCAGCUAAAAUUAUUUGGUGAUAACAGAGAGGCAGUCAGUCUUGAGAGAACAUCUUGAUGAAUUAUACAUGGUACAUCUGCAGUGUUUGCUUUAGAUGUCUGCAGUAAUGACUGGAUUAGCCAUAAAGUAAACAUAAAGAUUCCAAAUUUAUAAUAUUGAUUUCCAAUGUGAUUGGUGUUGUUCACAUAGUCAUUACUACAAUUAAACACUGAGUCAUUGUAAACAGAUGCACAUUCUUUCACUUACUAAGUGCUUCCCCAGCUUUUAUCUCUCUGGGCAGAAGAGCAAUUUUGCAUUCAACUCUGGGAAUUUGUUUUUCUCUGCACCUGGCCUGCUUUAGAAAUCAAGUGCUCAGAUAAUCUCAGCUCUUCCUCCCCAAAAAAGAAAAAAAAAAGAAUGACCAUGCAUUGUUUUGCAUAUUAAAGCUUUCUGCACAGCAAUCCAGUUGGUAACUUUAAUUGCUAGAGAUUCAUAAUUGAUAGGUCACUUUUACAUGGGCAAUGUACAAAUCCACUUAAAUCUGAAACUAAUUAAAUUACUUUGCACACAGAAUUCUUAGCUGUAGUGUUUUCGCUUAGGAUAAAAACAUAGAAAUCCCAUGUUCAGCACAAAAGGUUGUGAUAGAAGCACCUGUGAAACUGUGAAAAUGUUAACAACACAAAUCUAGAUAGAUAGAUAGAUAAAUUUUAUUGUCAUUGUCCGUAUAUACACAGUAUACACAACAACGAAAAUCAGACACCCACCCAAAGACCGGGUUCACAUACACAUUUGCACGUAUCUCCAACACUCUCAUCCUAUUCAGACAUAAUCUAUAAAAACAUGUCAUACUCCAGAAUGUAACAUAACCUAUUAAAGGCAUAACAUAACCUAAAAACCUGUCUCAUUCCUUCCUACUCCCUGCUUGCUAUUUCUUGCAACUGGCCCUGAGAUCAUUAUUUAGUGCAAUCAGAGCUCUUGGAUAGAAACUAUUCAGAAGGCGUGUGGUUCGUGUUUUCAUUGUCCUAUAUCUUCUGCCCGAAGGCAACAGUUCAAAGAAGUUGUGAGCAGGAUGGGUGGGAUCUCUCAGGAUAUUGUGUGACUUCUUCAAAGUGCGAGACAGUGAAGAUCUCAUCCAGGGUUGGUAGUUGGAGCCCAAUAACGUUCUGGGCAAUUUUAAUUAUUCUCUGUAAAGCUUUUUUAUCCGUUUCAGAGCUGCUCCCAUACCACGAUAAUAUACUAUAGGUUAAGACACUCUCGAUGGUACUGUGGGGUGCAAUCAAAUGUGUACAGGGAAUAGAGAAAGGGACUUAGCACACAUCCCUGAGGGGCUCCUGUGCUUAAUACUAGAGUAGAAGAAUAGUAAGGGCCCAUUCUCACUGUCUGCGGCCUAUCAGUCAGGAAAUUCCUUACCCACAGACAGAUCUUCUGAUGUAUACCCAAAUUGGUCAUUUUAAGAAAUAACCUGUCUGGCAGAAUUGUAUUGUGAAAUAAAACACAAAUCACUGAAUACCGGUCUUCGGAGUGCCGAGCCGCUGCAAGUGCUUGCGCCGCCAUCUUGGUGUUAUUGCCAACCUGUUAGCUGACAAAUCCACCAAUGUGGUGGGCAGUAUAACUUCUUAUAAGAGCCUCUGCUUCUGUUUUGUCUACUUGCCAUGUUUUCACUCCAGCCAAGUGAUUCUUUAACGCCAAUAAAACCAAAUCAGUUCACCUGGGGCUUGCAACAGGCUUUCACAUGUCACAGUGAGCCUUCAUUCCCUUUACAAGUCAGCCAGCUAUGACUGCCAUGGCUCAGAUAUUAUGGUGUUUGUGAUAUCAUUGAACCAUGGGGACACACAACUGACUGUAUUGGGGCAAUGGAUUGUGUGUUCUGAGGUCCACGAGCAACUUUUGUAUAAUUAAAGUUUGCUGCUGCGUGUUGAUACCAAGGGGAUUCUGAUAAAGAUUGGUUUAAAGAGCCUCAGAGCCUUUUGCUGUAAAGGGACAGACUUCUCUAAGCUGCUUAUAAAGUAGAAUAGCUAACUAAAACACUGCUUCAGAGUUACAGAAAAACAGUAGCUCUCAUAUGAAUACUGUAUCUUAAAAUGUUUUACCUAUGCUUUCCUUUAUCUACGUGCUAUGAAGCUCUGAGGUGCUAAUACUCUUGUCACAGUUGGCAUUUUGGGGUAAUUUAUCUGAAAGUACAUCUGAAAAAUGGUUAGAUAAUUUCAUCAUGAUCAUGGGCACAAUCCAGUGCAGUAUUUUGUACCCUUCUGAGUUCAACAGAAUUUAAGUGCAUAUAAAUGUCCACGGUUAGUAUCCCAUGAGUAUGACUGUGUCCUAUACCACAGACAUGUUGCCAUUGGUUUGCAGAGAAAGACAGCAACCGUCUUUAUCUUUGGUCCAUUUUUUGUCAAUUUGUUUACUUGUUUAUUGAUUUGUACAUGACCCUGGAAUCUACUAGGGUAAAAAGCAGUGCAUAAAUAUUUUGAAUAAACACAUCUUAAACUUUUCAUUCCUUCUCAUAGAACAGCCUUCUAUGUGGCAUCUACUGAUCCUACACUAGGGCUUCAUCUUUAAGAAAUAGCUAAAAACAUGCCCAUCAGAUGUUUGGUGAAGAAGCAGGAGCUGAAGCCAUGUGCUUUCCCUUCCAUUGGAAUUCCAGCAUUCUUUGAACAAUUGAAUAUGCACAACCCUGGCUUAUUGGCCUAGAAAGAGGAAAUGCAUGUCUGAUAUCUGUUUACAUGCACAAUUGUGUAUUGGUCUGGGAUAUGAUUGUGCAUGCCCUUGGAGCCUAGCUGGACUGGGCCAUGGAUUUUACACACAACUUUUACCAGACUUAGGAAAAGGUGACUCUCAUCAGAUAUAUUAGUUUAUAUGGGAUUUGGGGCACUAUUCUUCCCUGCAUAAACUCACAUGCAGAAGGAUACCUGUAUGCUUAUUUCUUCUCCCUCCAACUUUGCACAUGCGCAGUCAGCUGACCAGAGUUGCCUGGGGGAAUGAGAGGCCUACACAUACUCCCCAUAUUCCCAUUCAGUCAUCCACCUCUUCUAAACCAAGUUUCUCAUAACCAUCUGCUGCACUCUAUGUGCUGAGAGGGAGGAGCAAGGAGCUCUAUUGCAUUCUAUGGGAAUUCCUCUGCAGGCACCACAUCCUCCCAUAGGGAAAUACUAUGCCCAUGGGAUUAUAUAACAAUAUAAUAUAAAUAUGGUGAGCAUAUAAUCAUUCCAAAGGAACAGGGGAAUAAACCUGAUGUGCUUGCAAUAUUUUUUGCCAAGCAAUUUGUAAAUACUUGUUAUUUCCAACAUUUGCUUGAUAAAUUAGUUUUAUCUAAUAAGCACAUUAGAGGUGAUUUUAUUUCAUAGGAUAGAUAUCACAAAAAAAUCAUUUAUAGAAACAUAUAGGGCUUCAUUAAUUUAUGAUUCUAAAACUUGUCAAUGAUCAAAUGAAACUAGGGUACAUAAUUCUGGUUCAUAUUUGCUUCAAAGUGUAUUCAUGCUUAGACUGCUUAGAAUAAAUUCCACUGCAUAUUUUAAUACUGUUCCUCAUGAUUUUUCUCAAGGGCUUUGAGUCAGUGGCUUAUGUUCGGAAAACUCCUUGUUCAAUCAGAGUUUGUUAUAAUGUCAUUUCAAAGAGUGAUGGUUUUCCAUCUAAUUUAUUUGUCGUUAUAUUUGUAGCUGGAUUAAGGAUAGAUUAGAUCUUUAAAGCAUGCACUGUAAUGCGAAUAUUUCUACAACAAAAUGCCAGUUAAAUGUGGAAUUUACAUUCGUUGUAUAAUAUAAGGCCUAAGGCAUGUCAAAUUGUUUACCCCUGGAGUCUGUUUUAUCAAAGUGAACAUAUAUAAAUAUCUCAUGUACAAUACAGUGCAAAAUUGCCUCUUCUCUUCUCCCGUCCAACACAAAUUUCAUGCCGUUAUCUCAUUUGCCCUUUCAGACUUGACCCAGUUUGCACAUAACAAUAAGCCAAAUUUUAGCAAGUGUGCUGCUGCAUGGUGAGAAUAUUUUUGCCAUUUUGUUCUUCCUCUGGUCUUGGUCUGCUGCACUAUGGUUUGGCUCAGCAUUACAUCAGAACGUGGAUUUGUAGUUUGUCUUCCUCCAAACAAACCACAAGCUGUAACCAAGGUUUGUUCUUGGCUCACCAAAGUGGCUGAGGUUUUCUCACUGUACACCAGCACACUUGCUUGUUCACACUAAGCCACAGUUCAUGCUAAGCAGACUCAUUUUUUUCAACACGUUAAUCAUUUUGAAGAUCAGGAACUUAGUCCUAAAUCUGUCACAUCAUCCACUUAGCAAAUAAGCUUCAAUAAUUGGGUACAAUUUUUGCGCACACCAGCAGCCGGUAUAACUUCUGGGCAAAUAGCUAUGAAAUAGACGAAGGUAUGUAUGCUUUAAGAUGUCUUCUGAACAGGAAUCUUUUACUUUCUUCAUUAGUAAGUUAUUCAUACUGAUGUCAUUUAAUAAAUGAGUAUCAGUAAAGAUAAAUUUGAUAAAAAGUGAUACUGCAAUCCUCUUGGGAAGAAACGUAUUUCCUGGUUUUCUGUAUGGCACCAUGCACAUUGAUGUUAUGACCUCAUCAUUAUCAUUAUCAUCAUCAUCAUCAUCAUCAUCAUCAUCAUCUCAGGUACAGCAGCAACAAUAGUGUUUAGAGUUGCUACUCAAAUAUUUGUAUUCCAUCUAGCAUUAAAGAAGUUGGGUAGAGCUUUCUGCAAUCUGAUUUACAAACUUGCAUUAUGUUUAACUCAGCAUUGCAUCCAUUAAUUCACAUCCCAAGGUAUUAGUAAUGCCUUUGUGGUCUGAAUUUCUCGUUGUUGUUUUUUUAUGAUGUUCAGACUUCUAGAGGAAGAAGGUGCUGUUCUUCACAAAGCAGGGAGAUUUGCUUAAAAACUCUAGCUCUGUAUUAUUUCUGGUUUUCUGACACAAUUUUCAUGUAGUUCUCAGUUACAGAUUGCCAAUGGAAACCUUUAAAAUAUCUGUUUUUUUAAAAAGGGCUUGCUAAUCUAAAAGGCAUAAAAUAAAUGAUACAAGACAAAGCUAGCUUUUCAGCUAGAAUGUAUAAAGCAAGCAAGGGAUAGAGGUGGGAGAAGAGAAUAGGCAAGUUCCAUAAUAAGUGGUAAUCAAAUGAGUAGUCCUGAGCAGUAGCCAGACCAAUAUAUAUGACAUGGGGAUCCAAUCAAAUUAUGUUCCCACUCAGUUUUAUAGACAGAAGCACUAGAUCUGUCUUACUGGAUGUUGCAGCUGUUUAAUCUGUGUUGUAUCCUCUGCAAUUGAAUAAAAUGCGUAAUAAUUGGGGAAGUCUGUAGUUCCGCCUGAUAUUUCAAUUGAAGACUAAGUAUUGAUGUUGAUAUUUGUGCAGUGAAAUAUCUGAGAAGAACAUUUUCAUCUUGUUGGCUUAUGCUGUUGGGCCAACAUACCUUUGAGUCCAUGCCUAAUUUUUCACCCAUGAUAUUGCCUUGUCUAGAGAAUUCUCCCUCCCCCAACCCAGUGUGUCUCUGCCUCCUCAGUAGGAUAUUCCAUUCUGUGCUUUUAUUUAGGAUUAUUCAAUCCUGAGCGCUUUAGGAAGAUGCUGCCAAGUGCUGCAGACUCAUGGGAUUGGGGGACGUGUAAUUGAAAUCGAUAGGAACAAGAAAAUAAUCACUUAGAAGUGCUAUUUUGGGAUUUGUAGAAACGUGAAUGUCAAUAAGAUGAGCAUCCAGUUAUUUGUGCUGUAGUGUUUGUUUUGCUGACAUUUGAUCACUUAGUCCAUUCAAACUCAUUUCUGAUUUACCCAUCUUUGGGGGGAGUCAAAAGUGUAUGAACCAAACACAUCCCAUUUGAUUAAUUACUAAUUUUCUUUGGACAGCAAUAAAAGACUGCAUGUAACUCCUGAAAUAUCUCAAUGUUAAGAAUGGGGGAAACCUUCAAGAGUGUUUGGUGUUGGGGAGAUGUUUGGUGUUGCCUUUGCUGUUAAUUUAAUCUGCUCAAGGCUUCCCUAUCUUGCAUGAUAUAAUGUGGAACGGAAUCUCCCUUUACAGCAGAGUGGAUAGACAAAGGGGAUGAUUGAUAAUUGGUUAUGCCUCCUCCUCCUCCUCCCCCUUGUGAUGGAAAUGACAUUGGUUGGGAUCUCAAACGCAGGGGAGACCCCAGUUAGCAGUGGAAACAGUUUUGUGGCACAGUGCCAUGCUGUCUCGCCAAAUGCUAGCUCCAGCUACAGAGAAGCCAGUAGGAAAACACUUCAAUCUCCCAGGACAUUCAAUACAAGAUCUCAAAGCAACUGUUUUAUCACAAAAGAAUUUCAGAAACAGACUUGAAAGUUGCUGAAUUACAACUUAUCACUAAAUAGAAAACUAUGGAGAGACCUGGUCUUAAUAGAGAUAUUGGAUUCCUGUCUCGUUACAUAUGCUAAUCAUCUGCAUACUAUCCCUUGCUUUUUCCUGCAGUCGUUAACAGUCAGUCGUCAACAGGUUUACCAUACCCAUUGAGUCAAUCACCCAUCUCCUACCACCCUCCUGAGAAAAACCCCACCCCACCCUCCCACUAUAUAUAAGGGUCUGGUGACUUCUGUUUUGGUGUAUCUGAAGAAGUGUGCAUGCACACGAAAGCUUAUACCAAGAACAAACUUAGUUGGUCUCUAAGGUGCUACUGGACAAUUUUUAAAUUUUUUAAAAAUAUAUUUUGACUGCGUCAGAUCAACACGGUUACCUACCUGAAUCCAGAUACCUUGUAAUCAAUAACAUUGUGGCCUGGUUUAAGCCCCACAUACAUUUCAGCCUUAUUGUUACCCAACCUUUGACUCUGGAGCAGGUUAAUGUGCCCACCCCACAACUCUCAUAGUCCCUGACCAUUGGCCAUGCUACCUGGAAUCCAAAACAUCUGUGGAGCACCACUGGCUCCCCCUGCUCUAGGCACACACAACCACCCAUUCUUAUUAUAGAACUUCAGCUGAAAUCUUAUAUUCACUUACCUGGCAGUGAGCCCCAUUGAACUCAGUGGGACUUCUACUUUAAACUAAGCUUAGGGCUAUGAUGCAGGACAUGGGCUACAGAAUGGCAUUUGUCAACUUGGCUAUCUUUCUGAAGGCUUGUUUGCCAAGGUUGACUAAUUGGCCACACAGCUGAGGGGUUUAAUGAAAAAAAAAAACAGCUAUAAAAUUUACUUUUAAUACCAAAUUAUCUUUUAAUUCUUUGAGAUAAAUCCAGUGCUAUGGUGCUUUUCCAUUUUGCUAAAUGUUUGGAACUCUGCAAGUUCAUAAACCCAGGAAUAUUAAAUUCCAAAUGCAAUGUGUGUGUAUGGUUUUUUUUUUUAAUCAGUUCUAGUUUUGGGUAGAUGUUUCCUUUGUGAUGGCCUUUCCUGCCUGAACUUCCCUUUUUGGUGUGUGUGCGCCAUUUUUCAAUAUAUGUCUCUUCUGCUGUGUAAGAUUAAAUGCAUAAAAUAAUCUGUACUCUUUUCCGCAUCUGGCAUUGCUCAGAACUUCACUUAAGGACAUCAUUGUUUCAGGCUCAGCAUUCAAUUGGCAUUUGUAUUUUAAGGCUAUAUAUACCUGAAUCACACCUGCAUGUAUAUAUAUUCUGAGCCUGAGAAUGUAUUUAUUGAUUACAUUUCCCAUUCAAGGCAUUCUUUCAGAAGAAAAGAUUAGGAAUAUGAUCAGCCAAAAUUGAACAUUUUUAAUUUCAAUGGGUUUCAAAGUUUGACUGCAACUUUUUGAAGAGUUAAGUGCAUGUGAUCUUGGUUGGAUCAUGUUCCUAUCUUCAUUCUCUUACACUUCCCCCAUUAACUGUGACUCAUUAAACUAGUAAUUAAAGUAUAACAUAUAUACUUCUUAUAAUUUGCACACUAUCAUUAAUAAGUCUGUUGAAAGUGAAAUUAUAAUCCACAUAUAUAUGGGUCUAGUAAGGGGUGAUAGAGUUGUCUAACAUUUUCCAUGGAAGAAAUAAUUUGUGCUUUAUUGGAAUGUUUUAAAUAUUAUUGUUCACUCAUGGAAAAUUCUCCAAAAGGUGGGCUAUACUUUUAUUUAUUUAUUUGUUUAAAAGUCAAAAGGACUAUGCAGAUUCCUAAUGAGUAAGAAUAUAUGCCACUGCAUUUAUAUGAAUCACUGCUGUAAGGCUGAAUUUUCUCUGAGGCCCAAAAGCUACACUCAGUGGAAUUUUAGCUCAUAGGAACUAAGGCACCAGGUAAAUACAUCUUUCCAGACCGGAUUCCACCCCCACUGGAUUUUAUCCAGAUGUUGUUCAACAAUGUAGGAAACGCUAAGGAUGAUAGCCAUUGUAAGUGAAUGUACUGAAAUCAAUAGACUUCCUGUGGGAAUGACUUACCUGGAGAUGGUUGCUGAAUCCUUGAUUCCUUGGUAUCCUAAAAGAACGAGCAUGAAAGAAGCCUGAGUGGAGGCUGAUGCCAGUAGUGUAAGAGAAACCCUCCUGGAUCUGACCAAAAGCCCAUCUAGUCCAGCACCCUGUUUUCUCCUCUUCUUCACCCUGUGUCCUUUUUUUGUGUGCUUCAGAAUUUCAAGCCUGCUCUGCUCUGCUUGGUUUCACAGCCCAGGUGAUUAUUCUGUUUUCCUGGGCUCAUUUCCUCCAACCUUGGAUGCCUGCCUUGUUGGCUCUCUGGAUCCAAACCAUUCUGAGAGCUAAUUAACAAGCAUUGAGUUUAUUGCAUCUGACUAGUGACUUAAGCCUUGUUCUGAUACUACAUUGUACAUGUGGUUCUCCUGUUUUGGGAUAAUGCAGAUGUCAAUGGCUUUUUGCAUUUCCCCACAUAAAUUAGGAAGUGUCCACAGUUCUGCAUCGGAAUGACUUGAUAUGAAUGAAUCAGAAGUUUGGAUGGAGAACAUCAGAAAACGCAGAUGGAUUGGUGUUAAUGCUGCAAUACAUGCUGCCAAUUUUCAUGGUGCUAGGACUAAAAAAAAAAGCUCCUUUGAGAGUGUCUCUCAUUAUCGGGCACUUCAUCUACAUAAAACUGAAGUUCUUGUCUCAGAUAGAAAAUCCAUCCUAGCAAUUUCCAGCAAUGAACUGAUCGUGAUAAUUGCAUUUGUAACUUGAGAAAUGUGCAGUCUGAAUAUUGACUUUAAGACAAAUGCACAGUGGUUUGUAGCUUGAGGAAUAUGUGCAGCUUUAGGUGGCAAAAUAUGAAUCUGUACCACCCAACAGCAUGUAGAAUUUCAAAAGAAAAAUAUUUUAUAUUGAAAUGGACAAGAGGGCAGUUUGACUGCUCUGUGUGAAACUUUUCAUCUGUCUUUUGGUUAAUUUAGUUGAAAGUUCUUUUUCUGUCCCCAUCCUUUCUGAUUCUGCCCAUCUUUGCUGCCCACAGUACAUGUAAGCUCAGAGUAGGGUCUACUUGAAAUACAAUCAAUAAAAAAGGGACCCAAGUUGAACCCUGAAAAAGAGUGUUCCUUGUUCCACAGGCUUUUUGGGAUAACAAAAAAAUGGCUUUCAGUUACACGUAUUUCAUGUAAUAACUGUUGGCCUGUCAAGAAAAACCUCUAUGGACUGUGGCGAUGUUUCUGGGAUUGGCUGCACAAGUGUACUGAUACAUUCAAUAAAUAUCAGUGGGCUCUUGACUUUAUAGAACCUUUUGAGCUCUGGUACAUCUAUCUCCUUACAAGUGUAAAACUUUCUCUGGUGCCUGCCUUAUGAUGGCAUAUUUAACAUGGGCUAUUCCCCCACCUCUUAGACUGCUAUGAAUUUUGAGCAAAUGUAUCCAUUCAUGUGAUUUCAACCACAUAUCAUUGUUGGAAGCAGCAACAUUUCUUCGUGGGUUUGAUCAUAUUCUUGCUCCCCUGAUCCAAUUUAGGACCUGAUCAGACCCUUUGAAGAGGCCAUGGAGAUUUAGGGCCAAGCUGGAUCUGGGCUCCGAACCAAAUCAGGGGUUGGGAACAGUCUUUAGUUAGGCUUGAAAACCCUGGUUAAACAUGUGGUUGAGGGUGCAUGCAUGCAUCUCCCCCCUACCUCUUGCUCCCAGACAUAGCCCUCUCUUUGGCAGCCCUGGAUUGCUCCAGGUGUUCCUGAUCUGAUCCAGGGCCACCUCAGCCUGCUCCAGCCUAAUCCAAGCUCAACCAAAAUCACCUCAGUUUGGAUCAGGAUUUUCUUGUGCACAAAUCACUCAACUUGCUGGUUUUGCUUUAUGUUCUGCAAGCCGUUUGGGGGUCGCUUGUUACAUAAAAGUGGGGUACAAAUUAAUGUUCAUCCAUAACAAUAACAAGUUCCUAGCAGAGGCAAGAGUCAAACCAGAGACUUCCCAGUUUGUAGCUUGCUCUCUUAGACCCAUGCUGUGUCCUCUGAGAUGGUAACAAUAAUAUAUGGGCUCUAGGAGAGGGAGAGAGGAGAAACUGCAGGACCUCUCCCUCAGCUCUGCUGAAAGACCAGCAGCUUGAGGCUCCUCAUCUCCAUGGAAAUCUUUCCAUUUCAGCUGGCCAUGACAAGAACUCAGCAACUAAGAAAUAGCGCCUGAGUUUGCUUUGUUCCUCCUCUCCCAACCUCCCUUCCUUUUGUGUCAUGCCUUUAAGAUUUUAAGCCAGAGAGUGGGGGAGUCUUAUCUUAACAUUUGUAAGCCCCCCCUUUUUUUUGCCCGAGGAGCGUGAGAAAAAUGUUUAUGUUGUGUAUGUAAUAAAGACAACAAGCAUGAAGAUUUUUUUAAAAAUGGAUCAGGAUCUGGGAUUUGGCCCAAACAACCAUAGCAAGUACUCAUUGUUAUGAUGGGGGGAAGAUAGGAAGAGGAAGAUGAGGUCAGAACCAAGCUUGUCUGGCUUUUUCCUAGGCCUGUGAGGUAGUGCCUCUUUGUGUGCUCCACAGAGAAAGAGGCCUUAGACUCUCCUUUUAGCAGAAUUGGCUGUGUUUGGGGCAAGAGAAAUAUCCUUCCUCUUCUAGAACUGCCUCUACUGUCACUGCUGUCUUGCUCUUAGGGAGGCAAGCUAGCGGUAAUGGGAGAUGAAGACCAAACUCAACUGUAUGAAAGGGAGGCCUUCCUUUUCUUGGUGUGCACUUGCAUACCUCUUCCUGGCUGAUUUUUGCCCGGGAAGGCAAAUCCAGUGGUGAAGUUCCUUUGUGCAUAAAGUGUCUCUGUGCCUUCUACAAACAGAAUACCUUUUCCCAUUAUUAUCUGAACUACUCAUGGCUAUUGACUUUGCAAGACCCAGCCUUCAGAGCACAAUAGGCAGAUGAAACCACUUUGUUCCUUCAUCUUUAUUGUGAUUGACCCACCUGCAUGAAUCUUGAAGUGCUUUCAGGAAGAAAUGGUUUCAUUAUUGCCCUUUGUGCAGAGCCCUAUUGAAAAGGAAAUCAUAGAAUUCUAUGAUUUCCUUUUCAAUAAGGCUGUGCACAAAGGGCAAUAUUUGGGUUCAGAUUUGUAACAUUAGUGCUAGGAAGGAUCCCCGUGCUCUGCUCCAGCUGUCACCUCUCCCUCUCCCAUUGAGAUCCCAGUUUCUGCUGUCACCUUAUCACUUUCUGUAUUCAAAGUGGCACCACUUAAACUUGUGAGUGAGGAGGGCUUGGGUGAGAAAAGCAGGUGGAGACAAGGGGGAGGAAGUUGGGACAACAGGUGAGGGACAGAGAGGGGGUGAGAGAUUGGACUGAAUGUGCACAUUUUCUAAUUUCAAUCUUUCUUAAAGCUGUGCACAGCACUUAACGUUUAACUUACAGAGCCAGAUUGUUCAGGGCAAUUUAAUUUUAUGGAGUACCUUCUAGGAGCCAUUUACAAGAAGCUCAAAGACUUGUUUAGAGAUGCAGAAGAAUGGAAUGUCCAUCAAAACAUUUUAUAUCUCAGAGUGAAAUCACAGCACAAGGUCGUGUAAGCCAUGCCUAAAUGUUGAUGCGCAUUUCACGAGACGUCAAACACGUGAAGCGUGUUAUCAGGUCAUCCUUUGCUUCGGGGCUCCCAGGUUGCAUGUUGGAGAGACACCUUUUCCCUUUAAAACUUCUACUUCAUUGGGAGACUUGGGCACAUUCUCAAUCCUGCAUUCUGUUCUCCUCCUCGAUCCUAUGUAAUGCAACUGUCCCGAUAUAUUAUGGUUGGGGUAGGUAAUAGGUAUGGGUAGGAGAAUUUGUGGCUGCCUUAUGUCUCAAUUUAGCAGUGAUUUAAAGCUCCUGGUCGAAAGAGCACUGGAUGUUAUAUUUAGAUUAUAUGGAAAAAAAUAUAAUAACAAGAAAAUUAUCAUAACUGGAUGAACAAAUACUCAGCAGUAUAUGCUACAACAUGAGACAAUGUAAGCUAAUGAGAAUAAUGUAGAAGAACAAGAAAACACAGUUAAAACCAUAGUAGAUAGGAAACCAAGGAAAGAGUGGAAGGGAAGUAAAAGUAAAGAUAUAUAGGAUUUAAGCAGCUUGGAGGAAUAUAUAUAUGUUACUAUUAUUAUUACAUGUUUAUGUUAUAUAUUUAUGUUAUCGUGCUUCUUUUCGGUUUGUGCAUGAAUGUAACAGAGUAUGUGUUGAUGGCGAGAUAUAACAGAAAAGCAAAUAAAAAAUAUUUGGGGGAUGGUUCUGGUAGAAUAGCAAGAUCAGAACCAGUGGGAACAAAAAGUAGAAAUCCUACAGCUCUGGGUUAUAAAUGUAUUUAACUGAAUAUAUUUAUAGCUCACCUUCCCAGCCAGUAUGCCAUUCAUUCACAACCUAGUUAAUGAAGGGCACUUUGGAAAAAGUGCUCAGCAAAGAUAAUUUGUGAAUUUAAGAUUUCUCUUGUAUGUCAAAUCAUUUUGGAAAAGCUACAUUUGCAAUAUUAAUAGAACAAAGCCAAAACAAGUUAUGAGUUAAAAGGUGGUUUUGAAAUCUGAUCCUGGUGCACUAACAAAGAUUCAUUGAUUAAAAUGUUAACGAAGAUCAUUCACUUCACGCUUCACAUGUCUUAUUGAUAAUUGAAACCAGAAUGAGAAAUACAGCAUUGCAAUUCAUAGACAGAAGUCAUUUGCAAAACAGCCAUUUUGUAUUAAGUGUAGUUAAUGGUCAUGUUAGCAACCAUAAAUGUCAUAUUUAUAUUCAUUGAAAUAAUUGCUCAGUUAAGAUAGGGAGUGAGUUCCUGCAGACACAAAUAAUUGAUCCUGAGUUACAAAAAUAUCAUUACAAGCAUAAAGAAAAGCGAAGCCUCUGUAUUUUUGCGUUUCCGCACACUCUAUGAAAAGUUAGUUCAUUUGUCGGUCCAGAAAAGGAUAGCCCUUCAUUAAGAACAUGAUGAUGAAUUUUCUGGUUCUUUCUGAUGAGAUCAAGAUCAGUAGUAUCUCUGUGAUUCUCUACCCAGUUCCUUGGGAAUCACUGCACUGAAUUUGAUGGGAUUUACUUCUGAGUAAGGGACACGGGUGGCGCUGUGGGUUAAACCACAGAGCCUAGGAUUUGCCGAUCAGAAGGUUGGCGGUUUGAAUCCCCACGACGGGGUGAGCUGCCCACCUAGCAGUUCGAAAGCAUGUCAAAGUGCAAGUAGAUAAAUAGGUACCGCUCUGGCAGGAAGGUAAACGGUGUUUCCGUGCACUGCUCUGGUUCACCAGAAGCAGCUUAGUCAUGCUGGCCACGGAAGCUGUAUGCCGGCUCCCUCGGCCAAUAAAGCAAGAUGAGUGCCGCAACCCCAGAGUCGGCCACGACUGGACCUAACAGUCAGGGGUCCCUUUACCUUUACUUACUUCUGAGUAGACAUUUUAUAGGGUUGGAUUAUAAAAUGGCUAAGAAUGUUAUUUCAAAUAGAAUUGUGUGUUUUUUGUUUUCAAAAAUUAUUACCUUCCCAAGGCUUAUGCUGCUCUCUUUUUCAUUUUUACAGAAAAUUUUCCUGAAAGCUGCAAGUGAGGAAGAAAUUUUUGCACAUCUUGGUUUGGAUUACAUUGAACCAUGGGAAAGAAACGCAUAG